CAGAAGGUGGGUGGAUAGGGACUGCCACGGAGAAGGGGAGGGGAAGAGGCUCAAGGAGGAGCCAAAAAGAUGUCACCUAGCCAGGUGUAGCUCAUCACACUGUGGUCCCACACUGUCUCUCUGCUGGACUGCUGUCAGCUCCAACAUGGUGCUUGGGAGCCCUAAAUACUUAACAUGACCCCCAUGGGAUCAACACUCGGGACACAUGGGGAUUCUACUGGCAACCUGGAUUUAUCUGCCGGGUGUACUCACCCACGUUCUACUACUCCUGCUCCUGGGAUUAAGCUCUGGGCAGGACUCUCAGAAGGAAGAUAUCUGUGUACUCAUCGAAUCCAAUAUGGUAAGCACAUUACUUAUCUACUUAGACAAUAAACAAUAUAUAUAUUUAUUUUAUUUUAAUUUUUUAUGUUUUGCGCUUAGAAUCUUUGUAGCAAUGCCUCACCCCCUUUCAUUGAAGUGGUUAAAUCUAGACAAGUUGCCAGUUUUUCCCAGUACGUACUGGAAGUAUGUAAGUUAUGUGUAGUAGUUGUUUCUGUUGUGACAUUUCUUGAUUCGUUUUGUAUAGCUGUGUUGCUGAUUGCAUUACUUGCAAACAAUGAUGGAACUCGAAAUGUGUCAGUGUAAGACAUUAGAAUUAGGGACUACUGCUGUUUUAACUGUUUUCUUUGGUUAAUUUUGAGUUAAAUAUUUGACUUUAAUGAACAUAAAAAAAAUCUAAAUAAUUCAUAAAGUUUAAAAAAGUUCACAUUUUCUAAGAACUGCCAAACACCUGAUCAGUGCCCUCAGCAAAGUGUAUUUAUUUACACAGUGAUUCCAAAGAUAAGGGGGAAAAAUGUUAGUUGCCAAUUUCUUAAAAACAGGUCAAGAAUUCUGUUAUAUUACCUCCAUCGCAUAUUUUACGUGAAAGGGGUGUAGCCAAAAUAAACAAUGUAAACCAAGACUGGAUAAAAGCUAGAUCUCCGGAACUGCAACUCCCACGAAGCUCUGCCAGCCAUAUAGAGUGGCAAAGCAUCAUUUAAGUUGAAGUUCCAAAACAUUUUGUGAUCUAUCUUUUGCCCACCCCUGGUGUAUAGUAUGCACAUUAUAGAUGUUUUUGCUGAUUAUAGUACAAUUUUAUAAAAAAAUAAAUGCAUCCCUCUCAAAAUGAAAUUAACCAAGGUGAAUGAAGAAAAGAAAACAAUUUUAAGAAGAUUUUAAUCCAGAUUACAAAAAAAAAUAAAAAAAAAAAUUGUAUCUUCAAUUUAGUUAUAGUCUUAUUUGUCAAUACUCCUUAUGUCCAACAAUUUGCCAAUAUUGUUUAGAUAAGGAAUGAACAACCCUAUAAAUUAACUUCUAAAGUAUGUUUUUUUUAAUAUAUAUAAUUCUUCACAAAUGUCAUGAAGUUUAUGUGCAUCUCCUUGUUGCUGUAUCCACCAUCCCCUUACUGUUCACACAGAAAUAUCACAAGAAAAUAAUUUAAUAAAAAAACAAAACCAAAUUUAAAAUUUAAUUGCCACACAGUCUUGGUUUAUUAGAUAAGAAUUACCUUGAACUAUCACUAGCUAAUAAUAGUCGGACUUCUGCUACACCUAUAUAUUACAUUUUCACAUCCACUCCCUAUACUACUCACAAAUAUUUCUGUUGCACCUAUCAACUAGCUCGCCUACAACUACUAUCACUACAUACUAUACAACACUUGUUUGAAUGCUACUCCCACUAUCUGCUAACAAAUUCUCAACCAGUACUGUCAAUACCACUAUCUCACAUCUACACCUAAAAGGACUAUAUCCACUAAUAUCCCCAACAUCAACUUCUCCGUAACUGCUACUCCAAUUAUACACUAAUAUCCCCACUGUUCAAUAUUCAUUGACUGCAACUCCCACUAUUCCCUAAUAUUCCCAUUGUCCUUUCCUCCCUGAUACCAAUUGCCACUGCUUUACUAAUCCCAAAAAGAAUGGCUAUUAUUUCAUAAUUUAAAAAUAGUUAAUGUAUAUUCAUAUUAAUCAAGUCUGUUUUGUAGAGUAUUACAGACCAAUGUUAGAAUAUACUGUUAGAAUACUGAUCCAAAACUAAUUUUUGGAUUUUGCAGAACCCCUAUAUACAAGGUUUCAAUGUUUUAAAGUCUUUAGAUAUAGAGUUUCUAAAAUACAGCACAUCUUCUUAGCAUAAUAUCACAUGGCGAUAUAAAGAUUAACAGACAUUUGCAUCAGGUUUUUUUAAGCUUGCUAUAAAAUGUUCCACUGCUUUCCUGACAGUUUAUUGGGUGUGAGAAUUAGGAGCUAAACUAGGUAUGAAAGUAUUUAAUGCAGGGUAAGGGGUAGAACCCUUGAAUAGCCACUAAGGUAAAUUCACUAAUAAUAGGGUAAUGUAAUACUCUUGUGAGGCUCCUAAAGGCUUUUUACAAUAUAUAAAUACAACCACUGCUAAUUAUGUUUGUUUUUUAAUGGUUUUACACUGUUACAGUUACAAACCUGUCAACUAGCGAAAAGUCCCUGAAAUUCAACUCUUAUGUUGUAUUCGUGCCUUAUGCUUUAUGUCACUUAUAUUUCUAUAAAAAAUGCAAGAUAACUUAAAGGGACACUAUAGUCACCUGAACAACUUUAGCUUAAUGAAGCAGUUUUGGUGUAUAGAACAUGCCCCUGCAGCCUCACUGCUCAAUCCUCUGCCAUUUAGGAGUUAAAUCCCUUUGUUUAUGAACCCUAGUCACACCUACCUGCAUGUGACUUGCACAGCCUUCCAUAAACACUUCCUGUAAAGAGAGCCCUAUUUAGGCUUUCUUUAUUGCAAGUUCUGUUUAAUUAAGAUUUUCUUAUCCCCUGCUAUGUUAAUAGCUUGCUAGACCCUGCAAGAGCCUCCUGUAUGUGAUUAAAGUUCAAUUUAGAGAUUGAGAUAGAAUUAUUUAAGGUAAAUUACAACUGUUUGAAAGUGAAACCAGCUUUUUUUUUUCAUACAGGCUCUGUCAAUCAUAGCCAGGGGAGGUGUGGCUAGGGCUGCAUAAACAGAAACAAAAUGAUUUAACUCCUAAAUGACAGUGAAUUGAGCAGUGAAAUUGCAGGGGAAUGAUCUAUACCAGGGGUAGGCAACCUACGGCACUAGUGCCAUGCACAGCACUCAAGGUGUCUUUGAACGGCACUCAAGGCUGCUAGAGCCAAACCCACUCUGGCCUAUCAGGAGUCCCAGUAAAACUUCAGAUAUUUGCUAAUACGAAGAGGUGAUAAAGGACAAUCCUCAAUUUGUGCAUUGUAGCACUAGGAGGAAGUGAUCUCAGAUCACUUCCUCCCAGCACUUGUGAAUGCGAAUCCACACUGUAGUAGAGCAGCCCUCGACAGCUAUCGCAGCUCCUGUUCUUGACCUGUACCUGGCCAGCCUGGUCCCCACUGGAACAGAAAUGCAGAAUAACCCUCCCCUCAUACAAAUAAUAUGAACAGCCCACACACACACACACAACACACAAUCCCCACAAAUGCAACACCACUAACAAUCCACAUGCAUGCACAAAACCCCACAUGCAGCCUCUCACAUGCAAUACCCCAAACAGCCCCCACACACUACCAAACACACAAUGUGAUAUAUCCAUCCACACACAAUUCCACAAGCAGCUCUCAUACACAGCCCACAUUCAUAUGUAUCAUACAUGAUACCAUAAACUACUCCUGAACAUAUACAAUAUAAUAGCUCAUAUACGCACAAAUACAACGAUACAAAGCAAUUACAGUAAAAAUAACACAAGCAGAAUACGGCAGCAUACACACCUCAAUUUUAAAAAAUAGGAUCGGCACGCUACGGCACAUCACAAUCCUAUAUCGGCACAGUGCUGGUAAAAGGUUGCCUACCCCUGAUCUAUACACUAAAACUGCUUUAUUUAGCUAAAGUAAUUUAGGUGACUAUAGUGUUCUUUUAAUCAGUCUAAAACCAGUAUGACUCACAAAACUCUUUGCCAAGGUUACUGCCUGAAGGACCUUUUUCUGGGUCAGAACCAGUGCCAUGCUUUUGGGACUCGGAAGGUUGUAGUGAUACGGUUCUUGGUUCUAGGUCUUUUUGUAUCACAAUCCAUGACUUUCUAAAAACUGUGUUUAAAACAGUUCACCGCUGCUAUGGGUGCCUACUGAAAUGCAGGAUAAGUUUGAGAUAUGAUGCUCACCUGUGCUCAUUUGCAAGUCCAGCAGAACAUUCUGGGAGAAUUGAGAAAACAUAAUUUCUUGGGAUUGCUGUUCCCAAGACAGACUUGUCUUAACUCCUGACUUUUGAUAUGUAGAUGAUGUACAUCAGUACAAUUUGAAUUUCCAUGAAUCAGUGUAGAGUUUUAUCAUGUUUUAAUCUCACCACAACUUAUGCAUAGCUCUUUAUUUUUAUUCUGUGAAAUUGUCAGAUUCUGUGUUUACCUAUGUCACAUAUAUUCAAACCAAGAUCAAUCUGGACUUAAAGUUUCAGGUGUUUAGCUUCCAGCCAGGCCACACGUUACUCGCCACUGCAACCUUGUAAGGUCCAUGGUAACACACCAAAAGGGUGAAUUUCUACUUGCCCAUGACUACAUUUUCAAUUGCUAAUAUCUACACUAAUAUUUCUUACAACGUCUUGAAGAUGUAUUGCCUAACAUUUUUUAAGAUUUAUUGCUUCUUUACCCCUGUGUUGGGGAUCCAAAAACAGACUCCCUUGUAAUUUUAAAUGGUCUCAAGUAGUUAGAAUAGGCACAUUAUAUUAUAUACCACGGGUGCCUUAAAUGUAGAUCCCCAGAUGUUGUACAACUACAACUCCCUUGAUGCUUUGCAUACCUUUAGAAUGACAAAGCAUUGUGGAAGCUGUAGUUUUAAAACAUCUGGGGAUCUACCUUUUGGGCACUCCUGUUAUAUACAAAGUGUGAGAAGAUGCACACAAUAAGUUGGUUAUCAGGAGUUAUGUAUAAAAGUGUUGUAUUAUGAAAAGUGGUCUAAAGUAUCUAAAAUUGGGGCAAUCACCCAAUUGAAACCAGUUGAAACCAGUGGAACCAGCAGCCACAAUCCAUUCCAUGAUAUUGAUUCUAAUUAAAUAAUACUUGGAAAAUAGGUUACCAAGUUAACUGUAAUACCAAAUGCAGUUUGGGAUUAGCACUAUGGAAGACAAUAGCAGUUUGGCGAGCACAAUGUCAAUGUAUUGAUGACUGACAUCAGGUCAUCUGAGCUAUGAAAGGUGCACAUUUAUUACCAUGGCAAGGCUGAAUGAAGUUUCUGUGUCACUGUACUAAUGCAGUCAGUCCGGUUUUGCACAUGUUUGUGCACUUAGGUGAUGCUAUAAUUAGCUAUUUGGAAAUUGGUAGUAUAUAGCUAUGGAGCUUAUUCACAAAACUCUAAAUAGCAGCAUUAUAAAAUCCAAAUGGCAACUUUGAGGCUGAAGAAGCUGAUCUGGAUUUUUUUUUUUCAAAAUCACUUAUAAUUACAGUUCUGCUAUUUUACAUGAUGUUGGCAUUUGGAUUUUAUUUAUUUAUUUUUUUUAAAUUCUUUAUUUUUGUAGUGCAGAAGCUGAUAACAUAUUGUUGCAAGGUACCCCAACAGCACUCCUCCAACGCAUACUAGACAUUUGAAACGUAGAGGUACAUACAAAAUCAAGCACAAUUUUUAUACUUAGAGAUAACGGAGGUAAUAAACAGUAGAGGAUUUUAUGUUAUAUUAACAAGCUUAAACCUUUAAGUUAUGGAUGCUGGUAUACUGUAGUAGAAGUCUUACACUAUAGACAGUACAAUCACCAUCAGAGCCUGAACUGGCCUUCAAGAGUUAUCUACGUUAAGUGUUGCAGUACUUAUGACUGACUGGCUUAUAUAUGAUAAUGACAACUUGACUGUGUUUUUCUUGUGAUCAACAUUAACAAUAGGCCCAAAAGCGGCGGGCAUGUACAUUCUGAAUUCCAAUAAUAGCUGUUGUGGCUUAUAAUGCACAUGACUUGGCCCUUUAAGUUAGCUUUUACGCAUUAGUGACAGAUCUAGUGGUUCUUAGGGCCACAUCCAUGUACUUUUUUAAAUUAUACAACAUUGCUCAGAUCUAUGUACAGUAAAAGUAUAAUGCAUGUUUGAGUGGGACGUACAUUUAUCUUCCAGACUAAGGCGUGCAUUACUAUAUUACAGAUAUGUUUUUUAGAAGGGCAUAGCUUAUGCUGGUCGACGUUAUAUGGGGGGGGGCUGGCUGGCAUUAUGACAGUGUCCCUUUGUAACGAGGUUACUGGGCUCCUGUCAGAUCUGAGUAAGUCAAACAUUUAAGCUUAGCUAGUGCUCCCUCAUAGAGUGACAUGUUAAUUAGCAUAGGCUGUACUUAUGUGGGUAGCUAAGGAAACACAUAAUUAUUAAAGGUUUGUUAAGUUUAAUGCGAUGAGGCUUAGGCCUGACGUGACAUUAGCGCAGCUGACUUUAGUUUUAAUUAAGAGUAUAGUGACUAGCUCCCUUACACUGCAUCACACUUCUUAUAUUCAUUUAUAACAUUAAACAUUCCGCAUAUGUGUGGAUGAUGUGUCCAGCGGUAGCAUCGGUCUGGGUUAACAGGGGCUGUUAGAGUUGGUCCUUGUGAGAAGUGGGCAAUAGGUCCCUAAUAUACGUAAGGUCAGCCAUUGCCCUGGUUCGGAGGAGGCAGGAGGUCUGGUAAUGACACAAAGAUGGAGUGUAAAAUUGAGUGGUGAAGUCACUCAAAGUGAUGCUCCUGCAAGUUGUAAGAGACAUACCAUGCUCUUGAGAGGCCGGGGGAAGGUGAGGGUGUCCUGGGGUGAUGCAGUCAUCAAUGUCGUUGAUCCAAGCUGGAUCUCUUUGAGACCUAGGUGGUCAGGAGGUGGGAAAAACUGCAGUGGGCCGCAUUUACAGGGUGGGGAGGUUCAUUGUGAACAGUUCUUGGUUUUAUAGGAAUUCUUCGGCUGGUUGGUCGGGCAAGGGUAGGGUGCUUCGGGUGGUCCAUGUAGCAUUGUAAUCAUUGCCGUAACCGUCGGAUGUGUGUUGCUAAAAUUAAAUCAUGGGCUCUUCGGCUUUGCUUAAGUGGUGACCGAGGCGUAUGUGACCGGUGUGUUGUUUCGUGGUACAAAGGGAGGGUUGUUCUCUGGGUCCCAGCUGUGAGCCGGGGUGGUGGGGGCUUGGUGGUCCGCUUGGGAGAGAGAGUCCUUCGGUAUGCCCAAGGCCUGUAAAAGAUCCGCAGCAUCCUGUGGGCCGUGGAUUUGGUGAGUUGUUUCUCCCUGCUGCACGAGGAGUGUGUGGGAUGACCUCCAGCGGUAUAAUAUUUUGUGCCUUUGGAGUGUGGCAGUGAGUGGUCUGAGCGAUCUACGCCACGCCAGAGUUCAGUUUGAGAGGGUCAUUGUAAAAUGUCAGCUUUGUGUUCUCAAAUUGUAUAGGAGUUCUUCCCCGGAGGGCGGUGGUGAUCGAUGCUUUGUCUGAUCUAUUUUUGAAGGUAAGGAUAGUGUUCCUUGUGGCCGCGUCUGGGGCCCUGGCAGGUUUCGGGAUCCGGAAUAUAUCAGUGGGAGUGAUGGGCUUAGUGUGGCCUGGGGGCAGUAUAAUGGUCAGCAGGCGCCUGAUGGUGUCCGGCAGCUCUGUCUCUGGUAGCCCCUCCGGGAUCCCCCUGACCUUUAUGUUAUGUAUCCUUUUGGCGUCCUCCUGGGCGUCUAGGCGCCGUUCAAGCAUCAUAUUUUUGCGGCUCAACUCUUGUACGUCUCUCUGCAAUGUGGUGAUGGUGCGCUGAUUUUCUUGAGAGGAGUCUUCCAGCACAGCAAUUUGGCCCAUGAGGCCCUGCAGCCUUCCCCUUAAUGCUGUGACAUCCGCAAGGAUGUUUUUCUGUAAGUCUGCUAAUAGGGUUUUUAACACCCCUGUGGUUACCAGGUCUGCAUCAGGAUCAGACCUUGUUUUGCCUGGUUGUGUCCUUGGUGUUGGGUCAGGGGCUCGGAAGUAUUCCUCCUCAGCUCCCUCUGAGCAGUCGUCCGAGAAGUCCGUGCAGCCUCCGUGGAGCGCCGCCAUAUUGGCCUCACCGCGUGCUUGCCGCCACAUAUCCCCUAUUGUUAGUCCUGGGGCUGGUUUGUCCGGCAUCGGUUUUUUAUUUUUGCGUCCCAUCGUGCUUGAGGGGUUCCUGUGUGUGGUCGUUGUUAAAAGGGGUGAUGUAGGCUGUAAUUAAGCUUGAUUUCUCCGGUUUUAACACGGAGCUCCAGGGUUGUGAGUCCGCUCGUCUCGGCUGUCAGGCUCCGCCCACUGGCAUUUGGAUUUUAAUAUGCUAUAGUUUGGAGUUAGCGAAUAGUUCUGUAUGCCUGAUGCAUCUAGAUGUGAUAUAAUUCUGAUGAUAUUGUGGGUUAUUUGUGAAGAGCAAUUCUGAGACUGAAAUGGUUUAUUUACUAAAGUAAUAUUUCAAACUGAAUUCAAAAUAAAUUUAAGUCCACAGUAGCCAAUGUGAAAGCACAGCUAUUUCUCACCUUAGUGUAUAAUUAAGGCUGGGUUGGCUCUCACUUUUGUAAAUAACUGUAAAUUGUAAAAACUGUGCAAAUACCUUAAAAAACUAAUUAAUGUCCCUGGUUUCUAUUGGAUUGUUCAUCACUUUGCAUUUUGUACAGUUUUGCAAAGGAUUGGGCUAAUUUACUAACGCCAUAUUAAUGAAAAAGUUGAUGCAAGAGGCAACUUUACUUUAUGCUACACAUUUCAUGUCAAAUGUUACUAACAGUUGGGUAAUUCCGAAUGCAGCUACAAUAACUGACUUUGACCUUUUUUUGUGUGUGUGUGUUUGUAUUGUGUUACCACAAUAAGGAAAAAGAAGUGCUUGUUUUUUUAACAGACCAUUAACAUGUAUUUUAUGGCGACAAUGAGUUUAUCAAAUUGGUUGAUAAACUUAUCUUUGUACACACAAAUCAGCAUCACUCCGUGUUUGUCCUUGUUUUUGUCCUUUUUACAUACGUGCUGAGCAAGACGUGACCUAUUUGUUGGAGCAGUAAAUUUUAGACUUGUGCGCUAAUGUUAAAUAAGGCAAAUUCCGGACCGAAUUAAAGAGAUUACAAGGCAUUUGAUUUGUUUGUACCAGCUGAAACACAAUUGUGCACAAGUCUCGUAAAUUCCUGGAAAAGCUAUCCUCAUUUCCAAGAUUUGGCAAUUAUAGUUCUUUUUCUCCCACAAUACUCUUACGUAAAAUACAUCCUUCUAGGUAGAUUUCCACUUUCAUUGUAGAUUUGUUUUGUACAUUGUAAUUGUCAUAACUGUCUUAAUAGCUAAUGUUUGGCAAACCUCUGAAACUUGUACUGUGAAGGAUGUUGUAAAACUUGAGGAGAAAUUAAAACAUCAAAAAAAUGCUGCAUUUUUAAACGGUUACUUCAAGCAACAUCACCACUUCAGUGUUUUGAAGUGGUCAUGGUACUUGGAGUUGGUAUGUGCAAUGUUUCACCUUGAAAUUCUGCACAUACUAAGAUAUAUUUAGAUUGCUUCCGGAGGUGUAAGUUCACCUUCAGGAGUGUCAUCAUCCAGCCUGCAGCAUGAGUUCCAGGCUGGCUAAUGUCAAUUAUGUGCAUAUUCCUUUUACUGAGGGUCAUUCAUUGGCUGACAUCGUUCACCUGACACUCUCAACCAAUGAAAAACUGUUAGGACCGGCAUCUGGCUUCUGCGUGACACCGAGCUUCAGAAGAGACUCAGCGUCCAGUGGGACUCAGAUAAGAAGCAAUCCGUUGGUUAGGGAAGGCAGGGUAUCCAUAGCAUCAUUACAACUACUGGUGGGACUAACCCUUUUUGAUGCCCGAGACAAGCAUCUGCUUUCGGGCCUCCUGUCCCAUGUCAGCUCUCCAAGCAAUUUUUUCCACAAUUGCCUUAUCUUUGUCUCCCUCCAUGCCUCUGCUAGUUAAUCUAUCCGUUCAUGCUGGGUGCCUCUACCUAAAUUUAACUAAUUCCCUGUAACCCAGGUACUUCACCUUCAGUUAAAAUAACAUCUAUCCCUUUUCCCUUUGUAUAAUCUUAUUUCUAUCCUCCACACAUUUUAUCUGUAUGCCAUUCGCCCUGUACUAUACGCUUGUUGUAUGUUAGUGCCUCUCUAUCCUUCUAUUCUAUUGAAGCCAGUGUGUUUCAGAAAGAUUGCAACAAUACUUAAUAUUUAUUCUGUAAUAGACGUACCCUUUAAAAUAAAGAUGCCUGGCUUUUGCCAAAUUAAAACUCAGUGUAUGCGGAUUUCAUGCUAAUAUGCAGUUAGAAUGUUUAUAUGUUAAUGACAUCUUGGAAACCUGCACUCUCAAAAAUACCAGCAGAACCUGGAAAAUACCUCCAUAGAGUAUUUAAGUGUUGCUGUUUUGUUAAGCAAUAAGUAGUGAAGGGGACAUUAUAGAAACACUAAGGUUUGGUUGUGGUAAAUUGGUUUUAGACAGACAUACAAUGUUACAUAAAUUACAAGGAUUACUUGGAAACUUUUAACUUUCUAAGUAAAGAGGAAACUACACGUCCUAGAUUUUUUGUUUGGUUGUUUUCUAAGCAAUUUUGAAAAAUUAUUGCAGAAAAGCUAAAGACUGUAUAGGGCACAGAGAGUCAACGUUUUAAGAAUUACCAGCUAAAAUAAUCACUGUUAAAUCUGUUAAACUGACCAGGUCAUUCACUGGCUGAGAGCACUGGGGGUUGAUAAACAAAAGAGCCAUAGUAGCUGUUAUAACCAAUUACCAACAUAUUCUAAAACAAAACCGCUGGGGUUGAAUCACCAAACUUUGAAUUAUGAACAGAUUACCAAAUGAGUCACGUUAAAAACAUUGUAAAACUUGGUGUAUAUUUACCCCUUUUUACUAUGUUAACCUAACUGUAAUUAAUUGCAUAAUGAAUCAAAUGUGAAAAACAUUUCUCAUGAGAAAUAGCAAAAUUUUUGUCCACUCAGAGUUAAUACUUACAGUAUUCAUGCAUAGUCCAAGUAAUUAUAUUAUAAUGAAAUUUAAUGAGAGCCUCUUGGCCGGUUUGCUUAGCAUUUAUCAAGUUUGUUUCAUGUUACAAUUAGAUGAUGAACCACCAGAAUAGAGAUUGAAGGCACAGUGCUGGGUUGGGUUUGAAACAUUAUGGCCAUGUCAUUAGCUUAACUCCACAUAUUUGUUAAAUCUUGAUAAUUUAAUUUUUUUGUAGCCUACAGGAUUUGAAAGUAUGCAUUUUCUGUUAAAUUAAUUGUUCAUGCAUUAAAAAAAGUAUAUGAAUUUUAUAUUAAUAUAGUAAAGGGACUUUAUCCCUCAAAACACUAAGGUGUCAAUUAAAUUGUUUUAAGGGGGCAGAGUCCCUUUAAUUCUUCUUUUACAAAGGUGUUAAAGUAUGUAUACAAUAUUUAUUGUCAUGAAACACUUUUUACAUAUGAUGCAAAAUACCACUGAAGCUUCUUUUUGUUAUUAAAUAUUCCUAAAAUGCUAUCAGAGUUCCAAUGAUGACAAUGUGUGUGGGCCUAAUGUCCACAUAGAAUAAAUGCAAUGGUUGUUUGAGAAAUUGUAAUACCCUUUUCCGUAAUCUUACAAACUAACUAUUUCAAUGCAUAAAUAAAAACAUUUAAGGCUACUAGAAUUCAUUAUAUAACUGUUUAGCCCCUUCACUACCAUACCCCGAGAUUGUGUAUACACAAUUUUUCAUUUGUAUUGGCUCUGUGCUCUCUUGUAACUGGGCAGGAGCAGCAGGUCUGCACCUCUGCCAGGUCCAGAUCAACUCCAGUGCUCCCACCCAGUCAAAGACCAGAAGGGAACAUUAACAAAGGCUUGCACCUAGCCAUAGGUGCAGACAUGCAGCACAACCCUACAGACCACAAUGGAUACACAAGCAAUCCCACUAUAUCACAAGGGACCCCAUCUGGACACCAGUGGUCAUUGACCCACUCCCUGCCUAUGAGGUAAGCAGGGAGGAUGGCAACAAUAAAAUAUGGAUACAUUAUACUUUGUAAGGAGGACACAUAAACACACACCCCACAUACUUUGUGUGGAGGACACAUUCACCCCUGCGACCGGGUUCCCGCCAUCAUUUGCGGCACCGGCCCACGGGGCAAACCGCCAGGGCCGCAUGUUACGGUGCCCAUCGGGUGGCCCAUGCUGUCAGGGCCAACCGAAGGAGAUGGAUUUUCAGAGGGCCCGGUCAGCACUGGGCACUUUAACAGCAUGACCGGGCCCCCUGUGAUGAGAUCAUUACAUCAUAAACCUGUACAGACUGGGCAAAGCAAGGACAAACAUUGCACAUGACGAAGAGAAUUAAUAACAUUGUUUAUUUAGUUGUUUUUCUGUAUGCUUUAGCAAUGAUUGAAAGCUAAGAUGGAGGCACCCAGCUGCAGGAUAAAAAGGGGUGACUGUCCUUAUCUAAAGGAUACAUCAAACAUGUAUUCCUGACCCUAUAGGGUUAAAACCACCAUCUGGCCACCCUGGCCCUCUCUUGCCUCCCUAAAUGUAGUAAAAUCUUACUUGUAUUCAAGUCUGGAGCUGCAUGAUUUGUCCCUGUUUCCUUUUGACUUGCCCACUGCCUGUUGACACCAGCAGAAGUGGUAGCCUGGUCCAAUCACAAUGUUUUCCCAAGGGAUUGGCUGAGACUGACAAAGAGGCAGAUCAGGGGCAGAGCCAGCACAAUUCAAACACAGCCUUGGCCAAUCAGCAUCUUCUUAUAGAGAUGAAUUGAAUAAAUUCAUCUCUAUGAGGAAAGUUCAGUGUCUGCAUGCAGAGGGUGGAGACACUGAAUGUUUGGAUGCAUUUUAGGCAGCCAUGACCCAGGAAGGAUCUCUAACAGCCAUCUAAGGAGUGGCCAGUGAAGUUAUCUGAAGGUAAUGAUUCUAUUCACCAGAACAAAUAUAAUAAGCUGUAGUUGUUCUGGUGACUAUAGUCACCCUUUAAUUUUAUUUUUAACAACUCACACAUACAUAUUGUGUUAAAUAUAGGGAUAAGUAAAUAUAGUAUUAAAAUUUAUGGGAAGUGACAGUUCCUCUUUAGUAAAGGGAAAAUGAGGGACAGUAACGUAUUACAAGUCCUUUUUAUCAGCCAAGAGAAAUUCUGUGGCACAAUAUUGAAUUUGGAGCAGUAACAAUAGAAACACAUUGAAUGUUUCUGCUAAUUGCUCCAGAUUUUGUACUUUGCCCUACAUUCGCUCAGGUUACAUUUUGAAAUAUUAUGAUUGUGUGUUUAGCUAUAAGUAUGCAAAUACUAGUUACUCAUAUGGGUGUGUUCUGCUAUUUCCAAAAUAUGUUUAAUUAUAGCAUUAUAUAAUUAAUUACAUGAAACAAGUUGUGUUUUUACACUUUAAAUUAAACUAACUUGAAAAUGUCAGGUGUGGUUGUUAUAGUGACAGGAAUACAACUGGUCCCCCCAGUGUAAGGAGUCAAACCAUUUUAGAACAGUUUGAUUUCUUGCCAGGUGUCUGCUCCCACCUCUAUUACAGCUCAAUGAGAGACAUAUGCUCCCUGCCUCCACUACUUCUUUGUGAGAGAUGGAAGCUCUCUGUCUGGGCUAAGCCCAGAAGUGCAAGGAUAUGCUCUCAGCCAAUUAACUAGCUUAGGUCAGGGGAGCAAAUUAAAGCUCCUAGCUGGAGCUUGUGGCUCUCAGACCAGCAUGGUGGUGGGUAGCGGCCCCUGUGGAAUACAGGUAAAAAGUCAAAGUUCUAAAAUGGUUUGUCUCAAAAUAGGGAGGAGAGGGGAGGUAGAGGUCAGUGCUCUGGCAUUGACUAUGGAGCUUGGACUGGUCCCUUAACACCACACAGCAGACUACUUUAAGGACCUGACCUCGAUCCAAGGAAACCUCCAUGUGUUAGUAGUCCCAGUUUGAGAACGGUUUGACAACUUACGUUUGGCCCGCUAGUUGCAAGCUUCCACCUCCUCUGGUGCUGGUCCAUCCUUGUAGGAGUUUUCAUUAACUCCCCUGCGCUAUGCGAUGCCAUGCAGGAUUAACUUUCACUGAGACUGUAACCUGACCACUGUCAGCCAAAGAGCACCUCCCUGCACCACCAGGCUUAGCUCAGGGCAGGAGCUUCUGGCUGCACAGGAGGAGGUGACCAGUGCCAGCUGGGCCAAGUUAAGUUAUCAAACCAUUCUCAAGCAGUUUGAAUGCACACCCAGGGAGGGAGCCAGGGCAUUUGUGGCACCCUAACCACUACAUUGCUCUGCUUAAUGUUAAACCCUAAUACCUAAGCGCUUUAUGUACCCCAUACAUUAACGGCAAGUUCUGCUUUCAGUCACCAAAGCAAAUCUUAUAAAGCACUUUAGUUAAACAUGCUGCCAAUUGUUUAGGAUUCUGCAGCAAAGACCCAGUAUAAGGUCCUGUCCCAGUUUUGUUACAAUCUGCUAUACGAUUUCUGGAGUUGGGGGAAACUAUCCAUUUAAAGCGAACAAGCAAGAAAAGUAAACCAAAGCUGCUCAUAGAGAAAAGGUGAACAAAAUUGUCUUUUAUGGAUUAAAAUUAAAAAUGACUCUGGUGAUUUUACAUAUAAGCCAAAAAAAAAAAAACACCUUCCCUAACACCAAAAGAGGAUUCAAAUAAAUAAUCACCAUACAUGUUGUGUGCUUCAUACACUUACUCAUAAUGAGCCCAGAAAAAAAGGGAAAUUAAAGAUCUCAAGACAGCGGUCAUAUAAUUAGAAAUCUGCUGCACAUAACCCUAAAAAAACCAUGAUAAGUUGGCUUCAUUUUAGUAAUACAGAAAUGAAGCAAUGAUUUUUUAUUUUUUUUAUAACACCACAUGCCGCAAAGAAAAAAUGUGAUUUAAAGGAACAAGAAACAAAAUACCAGACAAUCUAGAUGCAUUAAGAUAGAAAUUACGUCAAACAUUACUAUUUCUAGGCAAGCAAGCAUGGCUGACACUGUCCUUUUUUUCACGUACAGCUUGUUUCGCUGAUGUGCUUAUUUAACUCCCAGUAGAAGUUAUGGGUUAAUUGUACUGACAUCAGUACCUGCGUAACUGGCAUUUUCUUUAAUAAUUUGCUUCUGUCGUACAUGCAUAUUUCACUCAAGCAUUCCUCCCAUGAUGCCAUACAUGUGUGCAUGCGUGCUCCCUGAGCUAUGCAUAGGGAAUCAUACAAUCCCCAAGAUUUACAAUGGUUGCCAGACGUUCCUUGACUGACUGGUGUAUAGUAUACAUUCAUAUUAAACCCACAUUGUGGCAUACCCACAUUGUGUCAGUUCCUCUUCAAGUGAAACACUUGAACUUCCUGUUGCUUCAAAACACACACAUCACAAAGAGACAAAUAAAAAACCAUGGAUUAAGAGGAAUACAUUUUAUUUCAGAUAAAUGACAGAUUUCAUAAAACAAUACAUUUUGUUGGGCAAAUUCCCCUUGUGGUAGAGUAUGAAACUUGCCACUUCCUAAGCUACCAGGAAGUAAAAGGACCUCUGUCUGAUUGACAGCCAGGGGUGUAACAAUGUUAAAGGACCACUAUAGUGCCAGGACCACUAAGUUGGAGGAAGGGGUUAAAAUCUUACCUUUCUCCAGCGCCGGGCUCUCUCGGCGCUGGGGACUCUCCUCCUCCUUUGGACGUCAUCGGCUGAAUGCGCAUGCAUGGCAAGAGCCGCGCGCAUUCAGUCAGUCCAUAGGACAGCAUUAUCAAUGCUUUCCUAUGGACGCUGGCUUCUUCUCACUGUGAAAUUCAGACAGCCACUAGAGGCUGGAUUAACCCAUAUGUAAACAUAGCAGUUUCUUUGAAACUGCUAUGUUUACAGCAGGAAGGGUUAACCCUAGAGGGACCUGGCACCCAGACCACUUCAUUAAGCUGAAGUGGUCUGGGUGCCUAUAGUGGUCCUUUAAUUUAUGAAAGUACCAAUUUCUACUGAAAUUGCACUUUUUGUAAAAUGUAUAAGAAAGGACACGCACUUUACACAUAAAGAAAGCUUAAAUCAGUUUGGGAUAUCACAACUCCCAGUAUUUAUUUAUUUAGCAAGUGUUUUAACAUAAAGAAUACAUAGAUAUAUCUCAUUUUCAAGGGUGUCCUGGAACGGGCAAACAAUACAGUAUUGUUUCAAGGUUACAUACUUAAUAUACAGUACAAAGAACAAAGAUAACCAUUUGUAUAGGCCUUAGCAAUUCAAAUCUUAAACUACUAGAUUGGCCUAAAAGUAAGUGGCGUGUAUUUUGUUCGUUUUUUUCUUAUUGACAUUUUGUCCAGAGCAUGGAGUCUGUGUGUGUAAGAAUGCAAGAGUGUGUUUGAGUGAAGGUUUAGUGAAUUGCAGGGGAGUUUGUGUAAAGUGUCAUUGUGUAUGGAGGUCAUUGUGUGGGUGUAUUUGCCCAUUACCUUCCAAUGUCACUAAUACCCUUUUUUCUCAAGUCAUGUCACGUUCGGGGUUGCAGGAAUGGGUCCAAUUACAUGUCACUCGUUCUUUAUCUAAAUGUAUCUGGUCACUGUCCCCCAUCCUCUAUGACUGCCCCACUUCCUGUGUGAGUGUCUCUCUUCCUCUAAUUUUCACUACCCCAUAUACUCUAACUGCCCUCCUUCUUUCCAGACAAUACUUGUCCCUAUUAUUUAUGGGGGCUUUUGUGUGUGGUAUUCGUUGUCUUGAUUUCCAAUCGAUCUUUUCGAGAUGUUGAGUGGAAAUUUUGAGCCAUGCAUUAGUAAUUAUUGCAUUUUUGGUUUGAUUGGGAUUGAGCGAUAGGACCCUUUUCAAAGACUGCGGGCCUGUGGACACGUUGAUGUUGUCUAGUUUGUUAUUCAAUAUUUGUAGAUUUCAGUAUACAAUAUUGCUACCAAUAAACUGACUCAUCAUAAUGUCCCUUCAAGAUGAGCAGGCCAGAUAAGAAAAGUUAACACAGUAAUAUGUAAAAACAAGAAAGGAGGUUAGCGCUAAUAAUAAAAAGGUGGAUGGGCAGCGGCCUAGCAGAGGGUAACCCUCUAUAGUAAGAAUGGAAAACAACAACAACAGUAAUGCAAGUCUGUGCCAAAAUGUAUCAAUGUGGACUACAAAUAGUAAAAAGACAUAUAAAUAAAACUUAUAAAAGUAAAAUAAAAUAAAAUAUCGAAAAUAGUCCAAUUUUUUUUUAGAAGUUGCACUGUGGCAAUACAUGUCUUAUAAGGUGCUUUUGGUGAUGGGGUCUCUUCUCUGUUUAUAGCAGUCCAGUUGGUCUUGUGAUAUGGAAGACACAAGAUAAGAGACCGAUCGUAUAGAGUGUAAGGGUCAAUAUAUGUGAGAUAAAGAUAUAAAUAUUCCACUCACAUUUAAAUGAGCUAUAGCCAGCUCAGGUAUAACAGGCAUACAGCGGAACAAUCCCCGCUUAUGGGAUAUAUGGAUGAUUGUCCUCCGGAGGGAAUGGUGUCCAACUCUCAGGAAAAGGGAUAUAUAAAAACAACUAAUAGUGCUCCCUGUUUCACACGGUGUAAAAGUUGUUUAAAUAAAUAAAAAUGUACUUACAAGUGUAGUGCAGGCCAACUGCACUAAGGUAACAGCGUUGGUGGUAUGAUCCCCACCUCGGAUAGGCUUGUAAGCACGUGGUAAAAUCAAUUAGAUGCCAGGUGAAAAUAAAUAAAAUAGUGUGUAAAAAGAUAGUUGGCACAGAUAGUAACCAAAAAAUCUUCUUUAAUUAUAUAAAAUACACAAUUAAGAAAACCAUUCACGCGUUUCGCCACUAGGGCUUUUUCAAAAUGGGAUAACAUUAAAAACCUGGCUGAUAGGAGUAUAUAUAGGUACAUAAUAAGUUAAACAUUGGCGCCAAAAAAACAUCAUUUAUCACUAUGAUCCCUGAGACCAAUCCCUCUCCCCCUCAUUCUCCAACCCCUACAGAAGAACCAAUAUGUAUUAACACCAAUCUUAAAUCCAAAUCCACAUUUUAUCCUUACCAUUUUAAAUCAGCUCCGCUCCUCAUGUUUGAAAAGUCAGUACUAAGGGAUUUUAACAAAAUUAGUUAUAAUAAAUACGACACUCAAAAUCUUAACACAUCAGAACAACUAGCUGUAAAACAAUUCCAAGAAGAUAAAGACAUUGUUAUCAAACCAGCAGACAAAGGGGGAGGUCUAGUCAUCCAAUCAAGCACUAUUUAUAUUGAAGAAGCAUAUAAACAACUAAAUGAUAUUGCAAUAUACGAAAAACUAUCAAUAGACCCAACAUCCUCAAUACAAGAAAAAUUAACCACUUUUUUAAAAAAGGGACUAGACGAAAAUAUUUUAAAUAAACAUGAACAUGAUUAUCUAUUCAUUAAAGAACCCAAAAUUCCGGUAAUUUAUUUUCUUCUGAAAAUACAUAAAGACGCUGAACACCCCCCAGGAAGACACAUAGUGUCAGGGAUUAAUUCCACUGUAUGCAAUUUAUCUCGAUACAUUGACACUUUACUUCAACCAUCAGUGAAGCUUAUGAAUUCCUAUCUGAAAGACUCCAUGACACUAUUAAGGUUUUUAAAUGGAUUUUAUUGGCAACCAGAUUUUAUGCUAGUAACAUGUGACGUCACCUCUCUAUAUACCAUAAUCCCCCACCAGCUUGGUUGUCGAGCUGUUAAAACCAUUCUGUCAAAAGAAAAGAGAAUUCCUGAUAUUCAGAUUGAUUUUUAUCGUGGAGGGUAUCAAUAUCAUUUUAAAUAACAAUUAUUUCUGGUUCUUUGAUUCUUUUUACCUCCAAAAGAGAGGGACAGCUAUGGGGACCAGGUUUGCCAACCUCUUCAUAGUAGACUGGGAAUCCAGUGCCGUCUGGGGGGGCAUGCCUGGGGGCAUAGCCUGGUCUCCUAUUUUAGAUAUAUUGACGACUUGUUUUUUAUAUGGAAGGGCUCUGAGAAUUCCCUCAACUCUUUUAUAACACACCUCAACAUUAAUAACAGGGGCAUCGUUUUAUCUUGUGAAUAUAGUAAAGACACAAUCACCUUUUUAGACUUAAAUAUUUUUAUUAAAGAUGGGGCAGUUCAUACAAAAACAUUUUUUUUUAAAAGUAUGCACCAAUACAGCAAUAGACCAGACCAGCUGACAUUAUAAGCCCUGGCUUGAGAGUGCCCCUAAGAGCCAAUUCUUACGCAUACACAGAAACUGCUCUCACAUUGACGAUUUUAACAAACAAUCAUUGUUUUAAAAAAAAACAGUUCACGGAAAAAAAUUAUUUACCAACACAAUUGUACUAAUAAUACUAUAGAGACAGUGAGAAAUAAACCAAGAGAAAAUCUUUUAACCUACAAAGACAAACACACCUCAGAUGCUCCUACUCUUCCCAUAAUUUUUAACUAUAACAACAAAAGUGGUUUUAUUAAAAAAAAAUCAACAAACAUUGGCACCUUUUAAGAUAAGAUGACAUUCUUAAAGAAAUCUUACCAACAAAACCAAAAAUUGUUUUCAGAGGUGCACCUUAUUUUAGAUCCAUUUUAACCAAAAACUACACUAGAGAAACCAAGCAAAGCACUAACCAUACUUUUUUAGAAGGAGCAAAAGGUUUUUACAAAUGCAAGCGCUGCAUUGUUUGUAGAAGUACUGACCCCUCUACUCAAUCUAAGGUCACCAGUGUUAAAUCAAAUAGAACUAAUAAAAGUUACACUAUUAGAGAUUUUAUCGGAUGCAACACAAAAAAUGUAAUCUACCUAUUGGAGUGCCCAUGUUGCCUCCAAUAGGUAAGUAUGAUCACAAGGUGCCUAAAGACAAGAUUAGGAGAACACUGCAGGAAUAUUAAAAACGGAUACCAAAACCAUUCCGUAUCUAAGCACUUUAUCAACCAUAACCAAGACCCAAAACUCCUUAAAUACAUUGGAAUCAAAAAAUGUAAGGUUCCUUGGAGAGGUGGAAACAUAAAAAAUAUUUUAGGCAGAUCUGAAAUGGAGUGGGUCUUUAACCUGCAGACCCUAGCUCCCCAAGGUCUAAAUGUAGAUUUCGAUCUGUAUAAUUUCUUAUAAUAAUUAAUAAUAAAAAAAAAAAAAAAAAGCAAUUGUUAUAAGGGUUUUAUAUAAGUGUUCAUAAGCCUGUAUAAAUAUUUAAAACAAUAUUUUAAGUUAUUAAUAUUUCACUCCAGCUGCUAUAGGUUUUUGGUCACAUAAUUUUAACCAUUUAUAAUAUGUCUCAUGUAUUUAUUAUAUGCCCUUGUAUUAAUUAUAUAUACUGUUUAUGCUGUCAUCUUGGGGCAAUCUUAUUCAUAGUUGUUACCUACGGCAUUAUAGUCUAGAAUACCCGCAAUAGGACCACAUUAUGUCAACCUCUGUAUAUACACCAUUAUAAUGCUUUCUAUAUAUUCACAAAUUUAAAAACUAAUCUUUACUUAAAACCCUAUUCCCUAUCUCCUAACAUCUUAUCUACAAGUAUAUACUCUAGAGGUAUGGGUCAAUUUCCUACGACAUACUUUGAUUGAUUUUUCAAAAGGCUGACACUUUCCCUUUAAAUAUAUGUCCCUAACUAUACUUUUAACUAUCUUCUUUACUUUUAUAUGUCAGUAUAUAUUAUAUAUAAAAAAUAGUAUGUAUGACGACAGUGUUCUAGAUAAUUUACUGCAAACCAAUUAGUUUGAAUGACUAUCUGUUCCUGUCCAAAUUAAAGAUAAUAAAGUUGCGUGCACGCAGAAGUAAAUUCACACUGAGACACAAGGUUCAGGGUAAUGAAAGAACUUCAGAGAAGUUUAAUGGCUUCUGACAGAAAAUGGGUGCGCAGACCCUUAUAAAGGCAUUAUUACAUCAUUGAAGAAAAUCAAGAUAUAGACAAAUAGACAUUGUUAAUUGGCUUAGGUGCUAAGAUGUUAGUAAAAUGCCCUCCCCAUUCUUAGGUCACUAUCUACGUAAUUUCUUAACUCCUACAGGUUUUAGCGCCAUUUUGUUAAAAUGAGGAGCUCACUCGACGGGAGGGGCCUUUUGGCAGCUAUCCAUUUGGAGUGUAGCUGGCACUUGUUAGUUUCUCAAGGUUAGGUUUCAAGGCUUUUAGUAAAUACACAUUUUAUCAAAGCUAUUUCUUGCUGACAUGCAAAUUCUAUGUUCUAUAGACAAAGCUUCCUUGUAAAACUAUGGGGGCCUCUUAGAGGUAUAGCAAGAGGAUUUAAAGGGGCCUUACAGAUUUAUAGAGGCCUAAUAAUUCUACAACAGUCCCCCCUAAAAUGUUAUUUGCUAAAAGACAAAACUUUAUUUGUUAGUAUCAGAAGAAGUAUUAGCCCAAAGACACAGAAACCCCAUGACCGCUGACUUAGUGUUAAUGCAAAGUGCAAGUCUAUCCCUCUCUUGACCCUAACAGGCUGCAGCACAUCCGUCAGUACGGUUCAGGAACACUCUUCACUCCGCUGGUAACCCAUAGUGGCUUAUCCACUACUUCUCCGUACGGCAGUCUACCCAUAAAGACGGACGCUGUCCCUGUACUGUCCCUUCCUAGACUUUCUGCACUUCAUCAGUAUAAGGGAGAGUUUGUAGCGGAAUACAGGGUGAGAUGAGGUCUUGAUCAUCGAUUGUCAGAUGAGUGAAGGUUGGUGUUGCUUGGUCUACAGUUUUCUGCAGGAAUUUCCUUAGGCAUGGGAGGACACAACAAAUGAGAAGAGCGAGAAUAAAAAAGAAAAAUUAGUAAGGCAAUACCAAUCUGGACUAAAGCUCUCUGCCAACCAGUCAUCCAACCAAACCAUUUUUCCCAGGGAUCAGUAACUCCAGAGUUUCUCUUUAACUCUUCAGAGAGUCUAUUUAAUUUAGCUAUGGCCAGAGUGACUUUACCAUUAGGACCUGUGUUUUCUGGAAUGUAAGUGCAACAAGUCAUAGUGUCGGGAAGUAUUUUACAGACCCCCCUUUUUCGGCUAAGAUCAUGUCUAAGGCCAGUCUGUUCUGGAAGGUCAUUUGGGAUGUGGCCUGUAAUUGCUCGGCCAAGCCCUGGAGGGCAUCCCUGGUGUAGUUCACGAAGCGCUGUUGGUUGUAAUAGAUAUAAUUAAUCCAAUUAAGGUUUUUGUUGGCAGUGACUAUGGUAAAAAGUGAUUCAAAACCUGCAGCUACUUCAUCUCUAGCUUUAAAUUCAUUAGGCACCCCCCUAGGCACCCCAAUGGCAUCUAUGUAAAUGUGGGGGUCAAAACUGCCUUUUACUGGGGUUUCGCGCCUUACUCUGGCUGAUGUAUGUGGAGGGUCGUAUGUGUCAUGAUGAUUAUCAGAAAUAAUAUGAAUGGGCAUGAUAACUUUGGCCAGGGUACACUCACCCCACCACUCAGUUUCCAGCCUAGAUCUUAACUGUAGAUCCCCACAUAACCAGUAAAUAUCCCCCAAUGACCUGGUAUGGUGUUGCAACAGGCGUAUAGGAACAGUUCUGUAAGUGGCGCAAUAACCUUUAGAAAAGUUACCCAUGAAUUUACCAAUCCCGUCAUACACGGCAUAACAAGUGUAAUUACCUCUAUAGAUUGUGAUUCCAUCUGGUGGCUUAACAUUGUCAACUAAGAGAGGGUAUUCUGCCGUCCAUGCCAUGCAGAGGGACCUAUUAAAGUCAUAUUGGUAGGCAAAAAGGCUUAAGAAGCAAUCUUCUAUCUCUAAAGGGAGAAUUAGGGGGACGGUGCCAAGGUGGGGUCGGGCACCGCCACAUACAUAACAUGCUGUUUUAUUAUGUUUGUUGGCAUUAUACCUCAUCCAUUCUAACCACAAAUUAAUGUCAUUGAAUCCAGUUUCAGCGGCCAUGGUAUCUUCAAAAGUGGGGUUAGCGAUGGCCAUCAUAUCUUUAAAGGACUGGAUAUGUGGUUUUAGCGGAUUUGGGACCAUAUGAUCAGCCCCUUGCCACUCUGGAGAGUGGUACAUAUCUCUGAGGUAGAAAUGACCUAAUUUGUUGUAGGAACCUUUCUUCCAAUACAUUCCCAUUACAUAUCGGUCUGCAUCCUCGGGGCCAGGAUGUUCAAUAUUUAACAUUAAUUUCAUAGGGGUACUUCCUCCAGGCUUUCUUAAAGUCAUUCUUUGAAGGAGGGAUCUACCCUGAUUGUCUAUCUUAGAUAAAGCACUUUUGGGUUUAUAACCCCAGGCAGGCCCAGUAUUCCAUCCCGCAGCCCCCCAGUAGUUACAGUCAUAACCCCAUUGUUCAUCUACUACACAAACGUAAGGGUCUUUUGCUUGUGGUAUAUCUUUAUAAAUGGCUUGAAUCUGUGACUUAGGGAAUGGGCACUCUACAAUAUCACAGUAAUCAAAAGUGAAUGUAGCCACAUGGGUACAUGAUGAAUUAUACCAGAAAGUGUACCCACUAGCAUCUUUGGUGAUGGCCACCUGCUGGGCUUUAAGGAGGCCAACUAAGGAGAUAAUGUACCAGAGGCACAUGGUUGCAUAGAGUUAGCUUCCUCUGGGGCAGGUGUCUUCUUGCAAUGGGAAGCGUGGAUCCAGUUAGGCCUUCCGGCCAAUUUGACAGAGGUAGGGGAGAUCAGGAGAACUUGGAACGGUCCGUCAAAUCUUGGUUCCAGGGUGUGUUUUCGCACAAAUUUCUUGACCAGAACCCAGUCACCGGGGAGCAGACUGUGGUUGCCUGUGUCAGAAUCAGGAUCUGGAAUUGAAGAGAAAACUUGGGCAUGGAUUUUGUUCAAAGCAUUUGCGAGUUCAGUUACAUAAUCUACUAAAACAUCAGUUUGAAGUUGCAGUUGUUGGGGAAAAUAGAAACCUAGCCUAGGUGCAGUCCCAAAUAGAAUCUCGUAUGGGGACAAUGAGGUAGUAUUUUUGUACAAGAGCAUUCAUUAGAUCUUUUGAUAAAUGUGCAGGUCUGUGUGCCCAUUGUACGACUGCUGGGUACAAAUUCUUAGGGAGGCAGAAAUUGAGGUUGUUGGAGUACACUCCAUCCUUCAGAACUGCCCCUUUCUGUUUCCACUUCUGUAUUUCUUCAGGGGCAACUGUAGCCUGUUGUUCCCGCAGGAUUUUCAGGUCAGUUGGAAGAGUCUGCAGAGUAAAUAUGGGAGUUUCUUCAUUUCCGGACACUCUUCUUCCCACUUCCUGUGGUUUUCUUGCAGCUUGUUUUGCAGCCUGAUCAGCUAGAUGGUUGCCCUUUGCUUCAUCUGAGUCCAACUUCCCAUGUGCCUUUACCUUCAGAAUGGCCACUUCUUCUGGGAGUAGGAGGGCGUCCAUCAGCUCCUUGAUUGCGGAACCGUGCUUGAUUGGUGUACCGGCGGUAGUAAGAAAUCCUCUUGUUUUCCAAAUUAAUCCGAAGUCGUGAGCCACGCCCAGUGCAUAUCUUGAAUCCGUGUAGAUAUUGGCGCGCUUUCCUUCAGAGAUCUUGCAUGCUGAAGUCAGGGCUUGCAAUUCAGCUUCUUGUGCAGACAUAGUUGAUGGUAAAGAUGAUGAUUUGACAAUUUCAUCUGUUGUGGUUACGGCAUAUCCUGUAUGGUAUCUUCCUUCUUCAUCAGCAUAUCUUGAGCCGUCCACAAACAGGGUGAGAUCGGGAUCUACCAAUGGGUCUUCAUGCACAGUUGGUAGAUGUGUUGUUUCCAUUUUCAUCUGUUCAAAACAGUCAUGAGGUGUAUUUGGGUCGUAGUCAUUUACUAUGGUUAAAUCUUGGAACUCAUUUUCCAGGAAAUGAUGUGGCCAUGCUUUUAGGUGGUCAGUUGUUGGAUAUUUGACAACACCAUUUUCCUGUAGCUGUGAUUCGUCCAUAGUGGCCCAUGCUUUUGCCAUAGGCCCAAGAUCAUUCCAUGAUAUUGUUUUCAACUUGGUCACAGGGACAUGUGGAAUGGCAGUGUCCCAAUGACGGUACAAAUGCUUGAGUUCCGGAGGUAGAUGAAUCAAGACCAUACUGUUGCCUUCAGAAUCACAGUAGAAGUCUUGUGCAGUGAGUUUUACUUCGACCAGAUUAUAGAGUUCAUCUUCAUAGCAGGGUUCAGGAGUGAUGUUUGGUUUGUACCACAUGGUACAGAAGGCAUAUCCUGCUCCGUCAUGAAGGAGUGCUUGUCCAUCAUGAAAGGAUAGGUUGGGAUGCAUUUCCUUCUUGAUGGUGCCAGUGAGAAGAAAAACAUAAGUUUCGUCCAUGAUGAAUCCGUAGUAUACACCCCCCUCAGGGAGUGGCAGAAGAGUGGACGGAUUGAGAACUUGACAUCUUUGGAGGGUAAUGUUGUCAGGCAACAAAAGAUGACAUUGAAGGCGAAGAUGCCUAGCAGGAGUAACAUGCUUAAGUUGGACCUGGUUGACUAUGGCAGAAAUGUCAUGAGGGGCCAAGACAACCAGGGGGUGGCCAAGGACAAGAUCCCCAGUUCUUUCAAUGAGCUCUCUGGCAGCAAAGACGGCCCGAAGGCAAGAGGGACGUCCUCUGGCCACAAUAUCCAGUUGGCAGGAGAAAAAUCCAAUAGGCCUUUGGCGGCCUCCAGGACCAUGAGCCUGAGUGAGUACUCCUGUUGCAUGGCCUUGUCUUUCAGAAACAAACAAUUUGAAGGGUUUGGUAUAGUCUGGUAGGCCAAGAGCAGGAGCAGAAGCAAUAGCACGUUUGAGAGAACAGAAGUUGUCAAGGGCUUCUGUGGACAAGCAAAAUGGGUCUGACUUGAGAGCAUCAUAAAGAGGUUGCAUAAGGAGCGAGGCUUCUGGGAUCCAUGCUCGGCAAUAGGAAAUGAGGCCUAGGAAGGCGUGUAGUGACUUUGAGAUCCUUGGAGGUGGAAUGUCCAGUACUGCUCUAACUCGGUCACGAGUGAGAUGUCUGGUUCCCUGAGACAGACAAUGGCCAAGGAAGAUAACAGUAGAUUGGCAAUAUUGCAGCUUGGGACGUGAAGCUUUACAUCCUUGUUCUGCUAGGUAGCAAAGAAGAUUAAUUGAGCAUUGUUCUGUUGUGGGUAGAUCAUCUCCACAGUAAAAUGGGAAGGGAACAAAGAACUGUAGUGUCUUUUCGUGGCAAAGGCGUAUUUAAUGAACCUGGCCGUCUGCAGUGAGGGUGAUGGAUGCUUGGAGGCAGGAUAGGACAUCAGCACCAACACAAGAGACAUCGGUGUCAGGCAGGAACGAUGAGUCAGGCAGGUCUUGUUCUCUAGGAACACUGCGGGAUGCACCUGUGUUAACCAGGAAACCAGGAAAGCAGUAGGGUGACCUUCAAUAGGUAAAGUUACAGUGGCUAGUGGCCCCCCUUGUUCCCUGUAGACACUGCCAUGGCAGGGGCAUUAAGCAUCAGCGGGUUUGCUCUCCUCUGUAUGGGCUGUGUUACUGACUCAAACCCCUUUCUAUGUCAUUAGCCAUAGCUUUUUUGCAGUCUGAAUAUGUCUAUCAUUAUAAAUAAUGGUUAAUAGUAAGUUAAGUAAAGUUCCUAUAUGUCUUUGGAUAAAACAUUAACUAUUGCGGUACUAUCAUUUAUAUUAAUUAGACUAUAACAAUUAUACCACCCUGUAACUAAGUAAACAACCAGUAGUGGCUGGGUUAAUAAAACAUGCCACAAACCCUUCUAAUGCUAAACCAUCAUUUAAAGUAAAGGAUGUUACUGUAAACAUACGAUCUGUAACUAGCAAGAUUCGAUUAAGCAAAGAUACAAUGUUUAAAAUAACUUGCAUUAUUUGGCUAUUUCCCUUGUUGCAAGAUUAAUCUGGAUAAUCAGCUGUUAUGCUCUUAUAUUCGUGUCCAACAGAUUUCAUAUGUAGGUCACACCACAUUUGCAAAUUACAUUUUAGCAACCUUCUUUUUUUUUUUUAUAUCACGGACAAAUUGUUGAUACAGGGAAACAAAUGGCAUGAUUGUUUUAGUAAUUAUCUAAAUGGGACGAGCAUAAUAGGGGUAGGCCUCAUGAUGGAGGCAGCCAUGACAGGGGCGGGGAAGGAAAUGACAGCAAGGGAGGAAGUGAGAGGGGUGACGUCCAUGAUAUGUGUGGGAAAGGAAGACAGGAGGUGUGGGCAUGGUAAGGGCGGAAGUGACGUUACUUUAGAAGCAACCGUGACUGUAGAUAGGUCUGUACUAGGCGCCAUCUUUAGGGUGGUGGCUGACGCGCUUUCAACAAUACACUAUAUUAUAGCUAUUAAAAUAAGUCAGAGAAGCAACAUUCUGUUCUGCAAAAUGAAAUACUAAACUAUGAACAGACCUGGCAGGUUAAAUAAGACAGUUGAGAACAUUAUGCAUUUAACAGCCCAUACAGCUGUUUCUAGAAACAUGUACUUUAAAAUAACUUUAAAAUAAUAAAAUGAUGCAAAAUAAACUCGCGGAAUUCAACCAAAUUCCCUUAUCUUCCUCAAACCAUUAAUCACUUUCCUCCUCUUAUACUGACUUAACAACAUCGCAUAUUCCCUCUACACCUUCCUAAAUCCCGUAUUCAACACUGAAUGCAAUCUUGUGAGCUCGUCACUCCCACAAUCCUCAGUACCUUAUACUCUUAUCAGUAGCUUCUGAAUAACUCUACAGAACACCGAAGAGACAGACCUAAAUCGCAAGCAUGUCACCACCCCCCUCCGCCCCCUCCCCCCCCCGCGUCUCACAGAAGCGAGGGGAGGGGGGGGUGUUUUAGCAGAGGGGGAUUUGAGUGGAACAAGAGAGAGACUGCCUGCCAGCACGAAUUUAACCAUGUCAACGCUGUACAGUAACAAGACAGAAGGACAAUUACAUUACAAAAGACCAAAAACACAACAUUUCAUUUAAACCCCCACCCUCUACCAGGGUAAUGGCUAACACAAAAUACAAAAACCCCACAGCGUUUUAAGAUUGGGGUGGGAUGGUGACCAUGGUCAGCUACAUUUCGGUCAUUACUGACAGGAUGAUGGAAGUGGUCACCUCCUGGACAGGGCACUGGCUGGGAUAACUUCCCAGUAACACAAUUAUUAUGAUAUACAUACAAUCUUAAACCUUUGUGAUCAAUAUCUUCCUCAACCUAUCCCUUUUGCUGAAUAGCUCUUGCUACUCGGUACCAGGCUUCUGCUGUACAAACCAAAUCUUGGUCCGACAGCUUCCCUUUCUUCUGUCAGUAACUUACGCCAGCUCUCUGGCUACAAUCUGCCGCACAGAGGUACGGUAAUUCCACAUACUUUAGCAAUCUUACUCACUUUCUUAACCAUCUCUUCUCCUUCUCUGUCUUCCACUAGAUCACAUGCUAACCAACCCUUACUGGGUUUAUCUAACUUCUGUCCCAUCCUCCCUAUACAAGGCGUCCCAGAUAUAGAGAGAGAAAGGAACAGAACGUCUACCGUGCUCGACUGCUACUUUAAGAGCAAGCUCUUUAAGUACGUCUUCCCAAAACGUAGACUAGUCACUGAUUCCGCCUACCCGUGGUAGCCGCGGAUUGGAGCGUGGCGAGAAGUGUGUGACCAAUCACUUCUCUCAACAAAGAGAAAGAGAAAUAGGAGGGGAAAGUGUAAAUAGUACAGUGAGUAAGAUAGAAGUAAACACAGGAAUCUGUGUGACAGACAAUUAAGACAAUAACAUUUCAGUCUAAAUACAGUGCAUGCAUCACAGUUCAAAUAAGUUCAACAGUGUUAUCCCUUGCCUUUACUCGUGUGGCCAAAAGCCACCUCCCUCAACCUCGUAGUGUCCCUGUUGCGGACCCACCCGCAAGUCUCACUACCAGCAGCCACAGGAAACAGCAACAGCUUCCAACCCGAAUCCUGUAUAGCCUAAAGAAUUGGAAUCUUACCUGCCUCAGCGCUUGAGACUGGAAUUUUACCAAGAAGAAGUGUCUGAUGAGGCUAGCUAAGCGGUCAAAAUGACACUCUGGGGAUCCCCAGGAAGCAGUGAGUCUACUGCCCUCCACAGAUCCCCCCUACUCUUUUUCCUUACAGCCACAGCCACGUGGCUCCUAAAAGAGUUAAACAGGCAAUAGAGGACCCCCAGGAAAACUUCCACAGGUCCACCCCCCUUUUUCCUUACUACCACAGGUAUGUGGUACCUAAAAGGGGUUAAACAGGCACUUACACUCCCCGGGUACUAAGUUAAACACAUACCAAUACAAACACACCCAGGCAACAGAUAGUCAACAUGCAGGUAAACUAGGUAUCAUUAACAAUACAAAGACUCUGGGCAAGUUAUUACCUGACUUUGAUGUCCUCUCGGCAGCAGUCACAGACACUGGGACAGGUCAAUCACAGGGGCAGGAACAUACCGGCUAGGUGCUGCAGCAAUCUCUACCGUGUAUUCAGAGGUGAUCAGGCUCUUUUCCUUCCCCCAGGAUUCAGCCCCCCCAGCGUCUUCUUGGACAGCUGCCCAGACUGGACAUAGCCCAGAGCCCCACGUUGAAAGCCAAUUGUUGUAGAUAAUUUACUGCAAACCAAUUAGUUUGAAUGACUAUCUGUUCCUGUCCAAAUUAAAGAUAAUAAAGUUGCGUGCACGCAGAAGUAAAUUCACACUGAGACACAAGGUUCAGGGUAAUGAAAGAACUUCAGAGAAGUUUAAUGGCUUCUGACAGAAAAUGGGUGCGCAGACCCUUAUAAAGGCAUUAUUACAUCAUUGAAGAAAAUCAAGAUAUAGACAAAUAGACAUUGUUAAUUGGCUUAGGUGCUAAGAUGUUAGUAAAAUGCCCUCCCCAUUCUUAGGUCACUAUCUACGUAAUUUCUUAACUCCUACAGGUUUUAGCGCCAUUUUGUUAAAAUGAGGAGCUCACUCGACGGGAGGGGCCUUUUGGCAGCUAUCCAUUUGGAGUGUAGCUGGCACGGUUAGUUUCUCAAGGUUAGGUUUCAAGGCUUUUAGUAAAUACACAUUUUAUCAAAGCUAUUUCUUGCUGACAUGCAAAUUCUAUGUUCUAUAGACAAAGCUUCCUUGUAAAACUAUGGGGGGCCUCCUAGAGGUAUAGCAAGAGGAUUUAAAGGGGCCUUACAGAUUUAUAGAGGCCUAAUAAUUCUACAACAACAGUUAAUAUGGCUACUACCAUCUCUCUGCCCACUCUUAUUUCUUAACAUCCUCCCCCAAUUUAUUAUAUAUGCUGCUUUUCAUAAAAUAGAGCCCUGCCCCUUAAUAUGUGCAUACCGCCCAUUAUAAUGGCGGUCACACAUGCUGAUGUAUUCAGCACUACAUGUUCCAUGAGGCAAAGUGCCCAUCAUAGCCACUAAAUAAAGCCCGCCGCUCACCACGUGCGCACCACCCACCAGAGCGGUGGCCGCACUUGCUGAUUCACUCAGCACUACAUAUCCCAAGCGGCAAUGUGCCGCGAACCACAUGACCACUUCUGGUCUAGCGAACCUCAUUCCCCAUAAUGCUGCGAGCUAUAUCGCUCGCUUCACGCUUCCACUAAUGAAUGCGCCGGUCACGUGACUCGCGCACUACAUUUCCCAACAUGCAAAGCAUGUUUCACGCAAGUCACGUGACGCGCUCAAACUAAACAUUCCUAAGUUUAUAGACCUCGUUUUUAAACAAUUUUAAAGGCAUGAGACCCUAUAAAAUGUUACUUUUAAUGUAAACCUUUUUAUUUUCACUUACAAUAUAUGUGAUAUACAACUCUGAUUCUAUUGGCUAUUGAUAAAUGACGUUUUUUGGCGCCAAAUUUUUAACUUAUUAUGUACCUAUAUAUACUCCUAUCAGCCAGGUUUUUAAUAUUAUCCCAUUUUGAAAAAGCCCUAGUGGCGAAACGCGUAAAUAGUUUUAAUAAUUGUGUAUUUUAUAUAAUUAAAGAAGAUUUUUUGGUUACUAUCUGUGCCAACUAUCUUUUUACACACUAUUUUAUUUAUUUUCACCUGGCAUCUAAUUGAUUUUACCACGUGCUUACAAGCCUAUCCGAGGUGGGGAUCAUACCACCAACGCUGUUACCAUAGUGCAGUUGGCCUGCACUACACUUGUAAGUACAUUUUUAUUUAUUUAAACAACUUUUACACCGUGUGAAACAGGGAGCACUAUUAGUUGUUUUUAUAUAUCCCUUUUCCUGAGAGUUGGACACCAUUCCCUCCGGAGGACAAUCAUCCAUAUAUCCCAUAAGCGGGGAUUGUUCCACUGUAUGCCUGUAAUACCUGAGCUGGCUAUAGCUCAUUUAACCCCUUAAGGACUGGACCUUUUUUGCGAUGUUGUACAUUUGCGACCAGGCAUAUUUUUACACUUUUGUGGUGUUUGUGUUUGGCUUUCUCAUUUACUGUUCCCAUACAAAUUAUAUAUUGUUUUUUUUCAGGACAAAAGGGGCUUUCUUUACAUACCAUUAUUUAUAUAAACGCAUGUAUUUUAAUUUAAAAAAAAUAAAAAAAUAUGAUGAAAAAUUGAAAAAAAUACAUGUUUUUUUACUUUUACUUGAAAAAUCUUUUACUCAUCUACAAAAGCGAAUGAAAAAAACUGCUAAAUAGAUUCAAAAUCUUGUCCUGAGUUUAAAAAUACCCAGUGUUUACGUGCUUUUUUGCUUUUUUUUGCAUGUUAUAGGGCUAUAGGUACAAGUAGGAUAUUGUGGUUUCAAAACAUACAUUUUUAAAAUUUAUCAAUAGUGACAUUGUAACACUAUUAUCUGUCAUAAAUCUCUAAAUAACACCCCACAUGUACAUAUAUUUUUUAAAGUAGACAACCCAGGGUAUUCAAUAUGGGGUAUGUCCAGUCUUUUUUAGUAGCCACUUAGUCGAAAACACUGGCCAAAGUAAGCAUUCAUAUUUGUUUGUGUGUGAAAAAAGUAAAAAAACUAAAUUGAACGCUAAUUUUGGCCAGUGUUUGUGACCAAGUGGUUACUAAAAAAAGACUGGACAUACCCCAUUUGCAAUACCUUGGGUUGUCUUCUUUUGCAAAUGGUAUGCCAUCAUGGGGUAAUUCUCAUUCCUGGGCUACCAUACGCUCUCAAAGGCAACGUAACCAACCUGGCCAUUUUUAAUGUAAAAAUAUUUGACCCAUAUAUUUGACCUUGUAACUUUCAAAAAUGCUAUAAAACCUGUACAUGGGGGGUACUGUUUUACUCGGGAGACAUCGCUGAACACAAAUAUUAGUGCUUAAAAACUGGAAAACGUAUCACAACAAUUAUAUCAUCAGUAAAAGUGCUGUUUGUGUGUGAAAAAUGCAAAAAAAGUCAUUUUCACUGACAAUAUCAUCGCUGUGAUAUGUUUUACUGUUUUGAAUCACUAAUAUUUGUGUUCAGCGAAGUCUCCCGUGUAAAACAGUACCCCCCAUGUACAGGUUUUAGGGUGUCGUAGAACGUUACAGGGUAAAAUACAGUGCUAGCAAAUUAAAUUCUCUGGAAUUUCGGCCUGGGUUGGCAGGCAGGUCCUCAAAUUGCAAUCAAUAAAAUUACUGAAUUAUGUAAAAAUAUUACAUAAAUACGCACGUAGAAUUUAAAUAUAUAUGCAUAUUUAUAUAUUUGAAGUCUAAGUGUAUAUUUAUAUAAUUAUUUAUGUAAUUUUGUAUAUGGACAUAUGUAUAUUUCGUAUUAUUUUUAUUUAUUUAUAUAUACAUAGAUAUAUAUACAAAUUCAUUCUAAGUGUAUUUUGAUAUAACUAUAUAUAUAUUAAUUUUAAAAUACAGUUAGAAUAAAAUUUCAUAUAGAUAUAUAAUUUUUUUAAAUUUUUUUAUUAUUAUUUAAAAAAAAAUAUUUAAUUUAAAUUACUUAUUAUUUAUAUUUUAUAAUAAUAUAUAUAUAUACAAUAUAUAUAGUUAUUAUAUAUUAUAUAUAUACGUGUGUAAUUUAAUUAUAAGUGUAUUUUUAUAUUAAUAUAAGUACAUAUUAAUAUAAAAAUACACUUAGUAUGACAUUAUAUAUAUAUGAUAUAUAGACAUAUUAUAUAUAUAUAUAUAAUAUAUGUCUAUAUAUCAUAUAUACACAUAUAUAAUUAUUAUUAUUUUUUUUUAUUAACACUAACUUUAUUUUUAUUUUUGAUUUUACACUAGCAGGGAGACUGCCUGUCAGCACAGGCAGUCCCCCUGCAGGCAGACACAUGGACACCUAUUGUGACCAUGUGAUCGCUGUGGUAAGCGAUCACAUGGCCACAGGGGUCCUAAUUCAGUGUGGGGAGACUGUCUGGGCUGCAGGCAGUCUCCCCACAACCGGAGCCAUGCUGAUCGCCGCCGGGGGAACGACGGCGAUCAGGUAAGUACCUCUGACCGUUAGGACGGUUCAGGACCGUCAUCGGUCGGCAAUGGGAAAAUGCCGAUGACGGUCCUGAACCGUCUUCGGUCGCGAAGGGGUUAAAUGUGAGUGUAAUAUUUAUAUCAUUAUCUCACAUAUAUUGACCCUUACACUCUAUACGAUUGGUCUCUUAUCUUGUGUCUUCCAUAUCGCGAGACCAACUGGACUACUAUAAACAGAGAAGAGACCCCAUGACCAAAAGCACCUUAUAAGACAUCUAUUGACACAGUGCAACUUCUAAAAUCUUUUUGGACUAUUUUCGAUAUUUUAUUUUAUUUUACUUUUAUAAGUUUUAUUUAUAUGUCUUUUUACUAUUUGUAGUCCACAUUGAUACAUUUUGGCGCAGCCUUGCAUUACUGUUGUUGUUGUUUUCAACACAGUAAUAUGUACCUAUACAGGUAUAUUACUGAUGUGCUAGUAAAACACUUACAUUUAUAGCCUUUUUUUGAAAGUGCCGUCUACAUGUAAUAGAAACCAAACUCUAUUGCUUCCUUGUAGCAGAGCUUUGGUUAUUUAUGUAUCACCAAAUAGAUGAGUUUUACAAAAUUCAGGAAUAAAAUGUGUUUGUCCCAAAAGUGCAGUUUGGAUAUUUAUUAAAUUAAUUUUGAAUAUCAACCCAGAAUACUAAUAUUUGCUUGAGACAAAUCAUCCUCUACUAAAUUAUAAUAAUAAUAAAUAAAAAAAAUUCCCAAAUGUUCAAAUUCCAUCUGUAGGCAUCCUUUUGGUCCAAAAUUGAUAGAUUUGGAAACAAACUGUGGGAUUUCAAAAAUGAAACAAAAACAUAUUUGCCUUGUUGUACAUGUUUCUAAGAGGGAUUUCCGAAUUCUGCUCAGUGUUUGCAAAACCCCAUUGGAGACAUUUAGAUAUUGUUUUUUUAUGACUUUAAAACAAUUCUACUUCAUCUUGUGCAGUUUGUGUGUUUCUUUGUUGUUGUUUUAUUAAACCCUUUUUUUGCUGUAUCAGCAUCAAGUGCAACGUUGUGCUGGUAGAAUCUUGCAUCCAAAGCAAAUUAAAGGAGAAACAUUAUGGCUUUGGAAAUUACACCACUGAAUAAAUAGAAUUGACCUAUAUCAGCAUUAUACUUUAUCUGCCACCCCUUUCCCCUUUUACCUUUAAAAUAAGUCUAAAAUUAUUAUUAUUAUUAUUAUUAUUAUUAUUAUCAUUGUUUUUAUAUAUACAAUAUACCUGGAAUUUAGGACAAGCUCCUGGUGUGUCUUUCCAUGCUUCUAAGUGACACUAGGGCAGUUUUGCGAGGCCCAAUCAAAGACUUCUCAUAGAGAAACCUUAGAUUGGACUUUUAAGCCAGUUCAGAGCACACAAAGGAGGGAGUAGGGAGCCAGAGAGGGAGGACAGUGUGAAUAUUAAAAAAAAUAGAAAGUAAUACAGGCUGUAGAAGUGGAAAGGAAGGGAGGGAGGUAUGAGCCAGAAGAUUAUUAUGUCUGUUGCCAAUGACAAACAUAAAAUAUGCACAGAAUUGACAAUAGGCAGCCUGUGCAGAAAUGCUGCACAUACAGACUCCUACCACCAUGACCAUUUCAAAUCACCAAAGUGGACAUGGUGGUUGGAGUAACCCUUUAAAUAUUUAGCAACUUACAAUCCAGUUCAGUCCAGGCACAACCAGGGCACACAUUACACAUAAAGUGAAGAAAUAAAAACGUUAUUUAAUUUCUCCUCUUUUCUGUAUGUUUUUUUUUAUACUUAUGGCCAGCUAAGAUGGAGGCUCCCAGUUGCAGGAUAAAGAAGUAUGGAUUUCUUCAUUUAGUUAAAUUUUUUUCUUCCUGCUUUACAAAUAUUUGGCCUAAGUGAAUGGAAUAUUAAAAAUCCUGGGAAAUGACAGUGCCCUUCUAAGUCAUAUGGUUUCCUGCAAUAAUCCUGAGAAUAAAAUCAGGGUAACAUUAUACCAUAUUAUGUGAAUAGGGCAGUAGAGCUGCUGUAUAUGAAAAAGGUUGUUUCUACUUACGUUAACUGCACACCUCAACCAUAUCACUCCGUCAGCACUUUCAAUAGAGGAAAUGUCAAUAGAAUGCGACACUUCCUUUUUAAACUGUUUGUUGACUUUCUCAGUCACUUGAAAUUUCCUCUUGCAAAAUUAAAAAUGUUUAAUUGUACAGUGCUUUAAAAGUAAAAUAUAUAUAUAUAUAUAUAUAUAUAUAUUUUUUUUUUUUAUAUAUAUAUAUAUAUUUGUAUACUGUCAAGCUGUUUCCUGCAUUGUCUUUGCCUUAUUACAUUUCAUUUAUUUAUUUUUGGCAAACGGGAAGAUUUUAAAAAGUUGCAUAAAUAUUGUUAAAAAAAAAACGUCUGAAAUAUGGAACCGUUCUUAGCAUGAUAUUAAUUAGGAAGAAUAUUUGGUUACAGACAGUGAAUCGUUUUAAUGCUUGCAACAACCACCCUUCAUCUGCAUGUUGGAUCCGGACAUCGUUUUAACCAGGUUCUCUGUGUAGGAGAGAGAUACAAGGAAACGUUUAAUGUGGCAUAUGUGAAUGCGGGGUGGAAUGUUAAUAGGAUAAUUAGCCUGGCACGCUUGUGUUAGCACUCACCCAAUUGUAUUACAAGAUCACUGUGUAAGUGGUUGGCACCAACAGAGGUAGAUUUAGUAUGUUAUAAAAUGUGAUUACAGUUUAGUUGUAUUGUGGCUGGACUUUUUUUUCUUUUUCAUUACAUGUUGGUAAUGUGCAGUAAUAUACAGUAACUCAAAAAAGUAAAAUAAAGUUUUAUUAUGCAUUAUAAAUAUCUUUCUCAAAGUUAUAAGUCUGUAAAAAUGCUGACGGAAAUAUACAUUAUUAAGGAACUAAAAUAUUUGCAUGUUUGAGGCAUAGUUAUACACAAAGAGCAAUCAGGAACAUCCUCUGUUUAAAUGGUGAUUGCCUCACACCUAUCAUGUCUACCAUUUGUUGUUCCAGGUUUGUCAAUAAACCUGGGAAAUAUACUGUUCUGUAGGGCUCAGACUACUGUUUAAAAGACCAAAGAGCUCCCAUUCUGAGAUGUCCCAUUGCUUUAACAAAUAGGACAAGCUUGUAGGUUGACUCAAUCAGGGUUAAUACCCUUCUUGAAGGGAACUUAUUGCCCUAUAAUGUGCAAAAAAAAAAAGCUAAGAACAUGUUAACAUUGGGUAUUUCUAAACUCAGGACAAAAGUUAGAAACUAUUUAGCAUGGGUGUUUUUUGGCGGUUGUAGACGUUCAACAGAUUUUGGGGGUCAAAGUUAGAAAAAGUUUUUUUUGUUUUACAUUUUUUUUUAAUAUUUUAUACAUUUUUUUAUAAAUUAUAUGAUAUGAUGAAAAUAAUGGUAUCUUUAGAAAGACCAUUUAAUGGCAAGAAAAAUGUUAUAUAAUAUGUGUGGGUACAGUAAAUUAGUAAGAGGAAAAUUACAGCUAAACACAAACACCGCUGAAAUGUAAAAACAGUUGAAAAUUGAAACACGGUCUGGUCACUAAGGGGUUAAACAACUUAGAAUGUCGAUGUAGCAUUAACUAGAUAUGCAGAAUAGAUAACGGUUCAGGCCUGAACCGUUAUUUAUUCUGCAUAUCUUGGAAGGGAGGCCUGACCAGCCUUGGUUUCAGAGCACCUGGGUUACUCGGUGAGUGCGGUAUCCAGUAUGUCUCUACUAAUGUAGCAUUAACUGACUUGUCUCGUAUUGAAUAAACAGGCCAUCUGUACCCCAUAUUAGCGACUGACAAUAUGAACACCCAGCCUGCCUGGCAAAGCAGAGCAAUCAUUGGUCAGGAAAAAGACCUAUUCCAGACUAAGCAUUACUUAAAAUAGCAGGAGUGGCUGUUGUCCUUCAAAUACAGUCUGAAUUUAUUGUGUAAUUUUUGUUAUGAAGAAAGACUUGAAACAUUGCAUCCAUCUCAUAGUAGAUAUGACAACAGUAAUUAAAAUAUACAGUUAAAUAAUAAAUUAUAUGUAAAAUAAUAGGCCGUAAGCCUCAAACUAGCAAAAACAGAAAUGUUUAAAACAUUGAAAACGAGUAAAGUAAAAAGGGAAAACAACCAGAGACCCUAACCCCCAUACACAAUACAUAAACAAAAAUCAGCUAGUUUGUCAAAAAUUCAUUUGUGAAAUGGUACUUGCUGUACAAUAAGCGGGGAGGCAUAUAACUGAGUAUGCAGAUUCAUAUUAUAAUUUAUUGUAUAAUAGUAUAUGAGGCACCAACACAAACACCUAGCUCUUAAUCUGUUCAUUCACAGAACUGUACAAAAGGCAAGAGGUCAGCUAAUGAGGAGGACAGGACCCCCAUCACUGGGAAUGCCCAUAAUGGGUGGGCCUACCCAGAAUAGGGGUGGACCUGCCUGGAAAAGUGGCAGGCCCAUCCACUGAAGUACAAUAUUAUAAAAUAAAUGGUAUAAAGAUAGUUGCCUUUAAAAAUAGGCCAGAUGCAUUUUUUUAGAUGCCUAGGGUGUUGAGGUGGUAAAGCAUGGCAUUUUGAAAUUAAGAAGGGCUGAUAGGCUGAACUUCACCGACUAUUGUUUUGUUUUGUUUUAUCUAAUCAACAUGUUAAUUAUAUACAGUUUAGUUUUGUUAACCAAACUUAAUUUAGAAUCAAGCUCUCUUGCUAAUUCUUACCAAAGCAUGUCAUUUCUCCUUUUACUGUGUUUGAAUUUUCCCUGCCCCAUUGUUUAUAUUGGUGUGAAACAGUUUAGCAAUAAACAGAUGUCACAAGGAGAUAAAAUAAUUACCUCUUUUUACCUCUGAAGAUGUUCAGUCACAGGGAAAGAUAAUGUGAAAUAUUCUUUGUUGAGAGGCAACAAGAAAAAUGCCAAUAUCGUCUUCUGCCUAUUCCAAGAAUUUAGCAUUCCAGCAUAAUUUUCUAUCAUAUAAGGAGUAGUAGCUCUGAUUCAGGGGUCGUGACUACGACCGAUGAAUGAGUGCUAUAGAGUCCUGAAAUUACUCUCCCAAGAAAGGGAAUAACCCUCAAUAAGAAGACUUAAAACAAAAAGAAGGACCACAAGAGUCCUAAAUAGGAGAGUAAUGUGAAGAGGGGAAUAGGGGUCCCUACCUUUUAAUGAUUCUAAAGAUACACACAACAGGACAGGUGGGAAGAGGUAUAGCAAAAGAGAGUCCUCCAGACUAGACACAGGGAACAGUUACUAAAAAACUGCCUGCUAGACAUUUAGCAGGCAGUUUUUUAGUAACUGUUCCCUGUGUCUAGUCUGGAGGACUCUCUUUUGCUAUACCUCUUCCCACCUGUCCUGUUGUGUGUAUCUUUAGAAUCAUUAAAAGGUAGGGACCCCUAUUCCCCUCUUCACAUUACUCUCCUAUUUAGGACUCUUGUGGUCCUUCUUUUUGUUUUAAUUUUCUAUCAUACCCUGCUAUUGAUUUCCUAUUUGUUGGUGUUUCAUACAAAGUUCUAAAUUCUCGUUUAUUUUACAAAAUAAACCAGAUCGAUACAGACAGUGCAUCCAGAAAGUACACUUGACUUGUACUACUAUCAUUUUGGAGUUAUGUUAACAUGAAUCUAGCUGUGAAGCAGGCCAGAUGUCUCCAAACAGUGGCUUGAUCUUGACAAUUGUUUACAUUGGUCCACUUGUCUGCAAUAUCAUGGUAGAGCGCAUCUCUCUGGUCUAUUUGUUCUCUGGCACACCCUUCUAUCUCACAUCUUAUCUGUGCUAGCAACACCUCUGUUUUUGGUUUAUCACAAUCCCCUCUUCUUUCCUGGUGUGCGUGGCCUUAUACCUCUCAUGCCGAUUGGAAACUCUUAUCUUAAACUCCAGGGUGUGACACGGAAUCCAGAAAUCAUACCCGUGGAACACGUAGUACAACCCAGAAAAAUAACGCUACUCCUGCAUUAGCCAUAUUUUCAGAUGUGCCACUUUUUAAAGCCCUACAGGUGGCAAAUCCAGUGAUAUAUACUGAAUUUGAGAUAUUCUACAUUAGUCCCAAACCUGCCUAUAGGAAUCACUCUGUAUUUUGUGCUCUGGUACGUGAAGCAACAACAAAACGAUUUCCGUCGGAUUUGGACCAGGUAAUUAAGAUAUGGAAUGGAAGACGAUGUUCACUCAGUAUACUUCCUCAAUACAUUCAGCAAUGCAACUAGUUAAUUAUAAAUUACUGAGCAGAUGGCACCUUUCUCCUCAGGCUCUACAUUGCAUAUUUCCUGAUACAUCCAAACACCACAGCUCACAUUUGGUGUUUUUUUCCCCUAAAAUCCAACCUUACUAUUGCAUCUAUUGCAUCUCUGCUGAACUUUAUCAGUAACAUUCCAGUACCCUGUUCCCCAAAGACCUUCCUGUUUCAUUAUACCACAACCCCUACGAAACAGUACACAAAAUCCAUGGAGCCCCACUUACUAAACUCAGCCGAGGCGCUAAUUACCUCUCACUGGAGGUCAACUGUAACACUCUCCCUGAAGGAAUGGAUAGAUAAAUAAAGAAGAUAAAUAAGGUAUAAGGGUGAUGGAGGAGAUGAGAUACAAUAUGGGUAACUCUUUUAAUACUUAUGCUAUCACAAAAAUAUUUGGCCCGGGCAUUUUCUAGUCAGAGAGGCCCACUGGUAAGGGGUGGAGCCAGAGAGGGUGUGUGUGGUGUUAUCACCAAUGAAAAUCUCAUCCCCACAAAGUGAGCAUGUGUGACAAAACUAUAUACUUUGUUCCCCAACUUACUUUCCCUGCAUUCAGUAGAUAAAUCUACCGAACACCGACCACCCCCUGACUCAUUAAGUUCAAAGAAACCACAGACUAAAGUGCUCUCCCUGUGUGGCCGCCAUUUGUAUAACCGAACAACUUGUGCUGAAGAAAACAGCGGCCAUAUUAUCGCACAAAAGCAGGACUUGUUCGUCGGGUGUCUGGAGCUCUAAGUCAGACACUAGAUCUCGCGAACACCAAACUUCACGAAAGCCUGCUUAUUUCCACGACAAGCCAGGAUAGCGCUGUUUGGUAGGUUUGUUCGCAUGAACAAGGUGAACAAACACUACCUAUGAUCCAGGGAAAGCGUUCGUCUUUGUUUUGGAACUCCCAAAAUUGACCCACCGCUACCUCUGAUUCUAUGGAACUAAUUUGGGCAGGCGCCUCAUGUGCGGCCGAUCAAAUCUUUCCCCCGGUGGCGAUUUGGCUUUGUUUGUGGGAUCUGAGUGGUAUUUGGACAACUUUGGUGCUCAGAUCAAGGCUAUCUAGGGAUAUAAAAUUUGUGGGGGUCUAUGUGUAUUACGUGUCAUGCUAAAAUUUUAUGUUUUAUGCUUAGUCAUGCUAAUGCCUGGGAGAUAAUGAGUUUUAGGCAGAGUACACUAAAUUAUCUCCCAGUCACAGAGGCUCCGGGGUGUGUUAUGUGAGUGUUCUGGGCGUAUGGUGGGAGUGUUCUACUAUGGCUUUGCGUAAGACCCCCUACUGGGGGUCUUUGUAUAAAAGUAGGCCAUAAUAAAACAUUUCUGUUGUAACCUUCAUCAAGUCUCGACUGAUGUUUGGGUAUGUUACCGACCAACCACUGGAUUUACUCUUAUGCACAACUUGGAUUUUGGGAAUGGACGAAACAGCACUCCAUGCGAACAGUCUAUAAAGUCCAUGGAAUUUCAGGAGCAUACGAACAAACAGGUAUACGAAAUACGAGGCGUUCGUUACAGCAUGUUAGUUUAAUCCCCUUCCAAAGGCCAUGCGCAGAGCUCUGCUAAAGAGUUCUUGCAUGGUUAAAAAGCCCUGUGUAAUGCGCAGUGCUGUGUUUGCUUGGGAUGUACUCUGUGUGUCAGGGAUGUUAAGUGUGUAAGUGUAGGUGGUGCAGUGUGUGUCUGUAGUGGUCUAGUGUGUUCCUAAGGAACUAAGGAAUCUAUAGUGUGUAUAUAGGAUGUAUUAUGUGUGUCAGGGACGUCCUGUAUGUGUCAAGGAUGUACUUUGUGUGUCAGAGAUGUAGUGUGUGUGUGGGGGGGUGGGAGGAGUGCAGUGUCUCUAAAGGGGAUACAGUUUGUGUUUUUGAUCGGUGCAGUGUAUGUGAAUGUGUUGGGUCAUGUACUGUAUGUGUGUGAGGUUGUAAUUGUAAUUAAAUAUGUAUAAAUAUCUUUGUUUAAAAAAAAAAAAAAAAGAAGUAAUUAUGAAUUGAAAAAAUAAGUUUAAUAUUCCCCGCUCCCUUCUUUUUACCUUUAGGCAGGGAAGGGUGGUACUCAAUGCCCUGGUGGUCCAGUGGUGUCUGGAGUCUCAAGACCUGCACCUCUACCGGUUGCAGGCCGAAAUACCUGUUAUUGCGAACUCCAGCACUGUUCUUUGUCAUAGCUUUGCUGUGGUAACUCACAGUAAUGCUCCGAACGGCCAAUCUCCCCCACCAGACGUGAAUAUAAGAUUGCUUAGCGCCCACUCUCCCCUGCCAUCCUCGGCCCAUGGCCAUCGUGGCCCACCUGGCAUUUGCCCGCUUUGCAUGAUGGCCAGUCCAGGCCUGGCUAAGAUAGAUGGCAUUCAUACAUAGACUUUGCUAGGUGGAAUCUGUCACCAUUUCAAGUACUUACUCCAAAUGUUAUGACCCAAAUAAGUACAUUUAUUUCCAGAUAUUAGAGUCAUUUAAAUGUGCAAUGAAAGAGUUAAACUAUUGAACUGUUUAAAUUUCCCUAGUAUGUUUUCCAGAGUAGAUAUUUACCUUCCUAGUGCCGUCAUUCAUAUUUCCUUGUAUUUUACGACUUACAUUCGAAGUUGUGUAAGAGGUUGGCAUUCAGUGAAUACACAUAUUGUCACUUCUAUUUGACCCUCAGUGCUCUGGAUAUAAUAUGUAGAUACAAUGAAAGAAUGAAAGUGUUAUUCACUAAAUGAAACAUUCAAAGUCGAUUCAAAGUUAAUUUAAAAUUUAUAUUUAUAAUAUUUUCAAUAUUAUGGGCACCAAAACAACUUUAGCUUAAUGAAGCAGUUUUGGUAUACAAUCAUGCCCCUUCAGUCUGAUUGCACAAUUAUCUGCCAUUUAGUAGUCAAAUCACUUUUGCUUUUGUUUAUGCAGCCCUAGUCACAUCUCUCCUGACACAGCCUGCACAAAAAAAAUGUUUAUUUUCAAUCAGAUUUUAGCUUUAGAAUUUGUUAUAUGCUGCUCUGUAAAUUGAACUUUUGUCACAUAUAGGAGGCUCUGGCAUAGUCUAGAAGGCUAUUAACAGAGCAGGAGAUAAAACAAUUCUAAAUUAAACAGAAUGUGCAAUAAAGAAAUUCUAAAAAUUAGAUCUCUCUUUACAGGAAGUGACAGGAAGUCACAUGCAGGGAGGUGUGACUAGGGCUGUAUAUACAAAGUUAUUUAAGAAAAAGGACAGAUAGAGUUGCUGUCAUCCUCUGGUAAGAGACAGCGUGUAAGAAGCCCCUGACACGCGCGUUUCACCCGACCUGGCUCAUCAGAGGGGAACCAGUCAAAGUAAAAUACCGGGUUUAAAAAGGAAAGAGUUGAUGUUCAACUCUAUCUGUCCUUUUUCUUAUUUAGAUCACAUUUAAGCAUGGGAAGACUUAGGUGCCCUUGAAGGCACGGGGGAGAGUUGGCAGUGUGGAGUUUAUUUAGUCUUUUUUAGUACCCUCUAUAUUAUCGCAACCAUUAACUAUACUGCAUUUGCAUGGGAAUAUUUAGGUGCCCUUGAAGGCACGGGGGCGAGCUGUUAGCGUGGAGUUUACCAUAAUUAUUAUUUUUCUUGUUAUCACUACUUCUACUGCUAUAGUCUUAGGUGUAGGCUACAGGGCUUAUUAGUUGAGUAUAGCCUGUACCUGCUACUUUCUAAUCAAGCUCUUUCUAUUAGAAUCUCAGCACGCUAUUAGAUUGCCUACUAUCAGCAUUGUUAAUAAUUACGGCACAGACCAUCAGACGCGGUAGCCAUUAUUUCAGCAGUCUCUAUAGUAUUUGGCUUAGUCACCACUAUCAAUAUCCAUUACUCAUAUGUCAAUUACUAUAUGCCAGGACUUAUAGUCCACACAUUGCCUACGGUUGGCAGUACACUUUGGUGGCAAUAAUUAAUUUACCUCUGAAACUUCUAACAGUAUCCAGCAUUUAUACGCUUGUAGUCCAUACUGUUAUAUAUGCAGGACUGCAUUACCACCGAUAGAUAUUACCUUUGUUACCUUUAAAAUUCAACAACCAUAUGUUAGGACCUGCAGCCUUUAUACCGAUAGCUGCUGACAGUUUUUUCGAGCUAUAAGUAUUUAUACGCUCGUAGUUUAUACUGUCAUAUUAGCAGGAUCGGCUCAACUUACCAUAAUUAUAUGUCUAGACCUAUAGUCUGUAUAUCGCUAGUUUAGCUCUAAGCAGAGGUAUUCUUUGAGACCUUUGGAAGUAUCUAGCAAUCAAAUGCUUGCACUACACGCCACCCAUACUUAUCUUGCUAAUUUAGACUAUUCUUCUGUACUCCAUUUACUACCCCAUCACUACUAUGCCUAUCAUUAGCUAAUGUUUUCCCAUUAGCACAGACGUGUGCUGUUGCUUAUUACUCUUAUACUCUUUAGGACAUUAGAGUUAACCUUGCAGAUUAUUACACUGCUCCAAUAUAUUUAUUUAUUGAUACAUUCAUCGAAUUAUUUUGAGACUCAUUGAUACAAAUAUCUUAUAUCAUUUUAUCAUAUUGAGACUUAUUGAUACAUAUAUCCUAUAUCAUUUUAUCAUAUUGAGACUUAUUAAAACAUAUAUCCUAAAUCAUUUUAUCACAUUGAGACUUAUUGAUACAUGUAUCCUAAGUAAAUCAGUACUGUGUCUCACCAAUAUAUGUAUCACAACAGCAUUUCUUAUUUAUUUACUUUUUUGUUUUAUUUUCUCACUCUGUAUUUUGGUUUAGCACUUUUGGGUUAUUGUUAUUUUUAUUAUACUAUUUAGUAUUCAAUAAAUUCUUUUUUGUUUUUUGACCUUUGGUCUUUUUAAUUCGUACUUCAGAUUCUCAUACAUUUUUUGGUUAUUAUGUAGCACAGGCACACGUUGCUUCCUCCCAAUACCUUUUUGGUACACUAUUCUCAGGUUUACUGACACAAAAAUACAGUCCCCUGUCUACAAUUUUUUUUUUUUUGUUCUAACAUUACAUUGUGGCUGCCAAUUAACAAGCAAAUCAGCUAAAUUGAUAUCUCAGAUUUACAGGGUUAUUCACUAAAUUGAGAAUUUAAGGUGGGUGAAUUUCAUAUUGAAAGGGACACUGUAGGCACCUAGACCACUUCAGCUCAUUGAAGUGGUCUGGGUGAUGUGUCACCUUUGCACUCACUGCUGCAAUGUAAAACAUUGCAGUUCCAGCAAAACAUUGUUUACAUUACAUUGCCUGCCCUCAGUGGCUGUCUACCAGGAUUUGGUUUUCCCGCCGGCUGAUUUGGGCGGGUGAGGAGCGUUGGCAGAGCCUGACCCAGCACCGAGGGAUAUUGACCCUGUAUUCAGGUAAGUGACUAAAGAGGUUUUUACUCCUUCAGUGCCGUGCCAGGAAAACGGCUUUGUUUUCCUGGCACUAUAGGAUCCCUUUAAGGUCAAAAUAGCCAAAAUUCAGCUGUUCUUUCAGUUUGAAAACUCUGGGCUUAAAUUUAAAAUUCACUUUGAAUUAAUUUUCAAUUCUCACUUUUAAAAAGCGUAACUAUUUUGAGUGUGCUGUUUUGCAAGGUGUGUGUAGUAGGAGUAAGGAGAUUAUUUUAAAGUAAAGUUAAAUGUAAUUUGUUAAAGCUGUUACUAGAACAAACAAAAGAUAAUUGAUGUUUGAUGUGAAUACAAUAAAAAAAAAAUAAAGGAACAAUUUCUUAAUGCACAACUGUGUCUGUUCCAUGUGACAUACCAUCAAACGCAUAUUGUUUGCUAUCCAGGAAAUACUAUGAAGCGAGUCAUGGAAAAUACCAAAGCUAUAAUAUUAAAUACAAAAGGGAUAUUUCUUUAUUAUAUUACUAAAAAGGAAAAAUUGUCAUCUUCAGACUAAGAGUUCUCUAACUAAAUAUAGACUGGGAUUACUGUCACUUUGUAUGUUUUCUAAUCAAGUAAAAUUUUUGGUUAAGUAUAAUUUUUUGGGGCCAGUUUAUUGUAGUUCUGUCACUUUUCUGAGUCUUUUCUUAUUUUAAACAGGGAAGGGGAAUUUUACAACGUUCUGCAGUCCUCCAAACUGUGUAUAGCCCCUGAUUUUGCGGUCCUGAGAGCACUAGGACUAUGCAGAGAGAGCUACAGAAGUGUUCUCUGAGUGAUCUGCCCUGAGAAGGGCUAGCUAAGAGCCUUGGUUGACAUCCCUUGUAUGAACUGGUCUGCCCGUUUUCCAUACCGGCACUCCUAUUUUGGGCUUUAGCCGGGAUUUAUAGUAGGUCACUGGCAUACCGUUGAAGGCUGCCUGCACACUGUCCGAUUGCAUACCUCGCAAUGUUACUGCCCUAGUUAUGUGUAUACUACCACAUUAAAUGUCGCAAAGGAUUGUACUGUCAAAAUAACAUACAGUCUAUAAAUCUAUACUAUUCCAGACAGCAUAGCAUAUUGAUACUGUAUCAACCAAUUUAGAAAAAAAAGACUAGUAUAAUAAGACUCAUAUUUUUGCAUUAAAAAAUGUACAGUUAAUGUUUAGUAUAAACCUCUUUAGUGUCUAGUAAAACCCAACUUUGUAAAACUCAUAUACACUGCUAAACCCUGUAAUUAAACCUUUAUUACGACAACAAUCUUCCCACACCCUCCUAGGCGUAUGCAGUAUUUUAUUUCACUGCAUACUUUUUACUAACUUACUAGCUGUAGAGCGCAAACAUGAUAUAACAAUAGUGAGAAAAAAAAAAAAGUACAGUGUGAUUUAAAAAAAGAAAGAAAGUUCUCUGAAUCUUAGUAUCAGUCCCCUCGGAGCUGUAUUGUGUUGAAUGCCCACAGGCUGGCAUGUAGGCUUGUAGGAUUAAUAUUACUCAUUUUGGCCAAAUAAAUUGAUGACAAUAGCUUACAUAAUAAUCACUACCACUGAUAACUUGAAAGUGCGAAUAAAUAAUUGUGUUUGUAUAAAGUUACAAUCAUUUUUAUUUAAAUUGUAAACAAUAAAAAAAUUGUCUUAUUUCACAUGACUUUUCUAAAUAAAAUGUUUCUGUUUUUUUCCCCCCAGAACUACAGCAUACAAAGUGAGUACAAAUUAAUUUGCAUACCUCUCUGUCUUACUCUGUUUUUAAAUAAAUACGUAAUUUCAUGUUUAACUAGUUCACCUCUGGGAUGAACUUCUGAAAGGUUUUGUAAAGCCCAUCUGAUUCCCAAAGUGAAAAAAUAUAGCCCACUUUUAUUGUGACGUUUCUCGUUUUUAUCUCUCUAGAGAUCAACAGUUUUUAUUUUCCCAACCUUUGUUACCUUCGUUACUCAUUAUGGUAUAAUUUCACGGUGGAUUGAUAGUGUCAGUUUAGAUGAGUUGUAAUAGGUUCACCAUAAUAUUUACCCAGUAUUACAAAAACAGCGGCAUGUGAGAUGGGUGUUCUAGAUAUUUCAUCCUUGAUAGUUGAUAGCGAAUAUGUUUUUCUGUGUACUGCAGUGUUAAAUGAGGCUGUAUUUAUUAAACAAACAAUACAAAUUAAAAACCAAAAACAAUGUUCAAAGCAAUUUUGAUAGAACAACAGUCAGUUUUCCCAAACUCAGAUAAUUUCCUACGGUUUUAGGGAGUAUCCAUAUUGAUGCUUGAUGAAAGACAAAGCAGGUUAGUCCUCAGCGAUCAGUAACACAGAGAGCUUAAGAGAUCCUGAUUGGUUUUUAAUAACGGUUUUAAUACAAAAAGAUAGGGAGGAAUACGGAAUUACUUAACGCAUUUCACACAAAGAAGAGUGCCGAUUUAUAGGUAGGCACUCUUGCUAGAGUGCACCAUUUUAAAGCUGUCAUCGUAUUAUAUAAUUGUAUAAAAAUAAAAUAUCACAGGUUGGGUUUGUAUUAUUUUGUAAGGCAUACCUAUAAGGAAAAAUACCUUUUUCAGUGCAUCUCCUAGCUUAGCAAUUUUGUAAGGAACACUCCAAGCAUUAUAACCUCUAGAGCACACUGUAGUGGUUAUGGUGUCAGGAGUGCCCCUGGAGUCUCCUCCACGCUAAGUAGUCAAACCAUUUUAGAAUGGUUGACUUCUUUCCUGGGGUCCACCGGACACUGCUUGUUGCCUCCUCUACCAUGCCAGAGCUAGAAGCUCUUUGUCUGACCCAAGACCAGCUUUGAAGGGUUCAGUUCAUUAGAGAGUGAUCUACUGAUGCUCUCAGCCAAUGAGCUAACCGUAAGGCAGGAGGCAGAAACUUUUGGUUCUCUGGCUGAGGUAGUGAAGGCAGGGACAUUAUUACAAUAUUUUCAGUAAUAUUAAGAAUAUUGACAGUUUUCCUUUAAUCACUCCAUCCUUAUGCUAGAUCCCAUCUGGGAUGAGAUGUGCUUUAUUACCAUAGCCAUAAUUAGUGACAGCUGGAGGAAGAGACAAAAUCUGACAUUAGUAGUUCUGCCUUUUGUCACGUGGAGGAUUUUACCAUAAAACAAAGUAGUUCCUACUUGUCUUAUGAUAUAUUUUGAUUAAUGAAAUUCCAACGCAGUUUUUAUAAGCAUUUCAUAAAGAUUUAAACUUUACAAAAAGCUAAAAAUUAGAGGGUGAUGGGGCAACAGAGAUGCUUUAAUAGCUGAUUUUUUUGUUUUGUUCUAAUAAAGUUACCAGAAAGUUUUUAGGUUCUCUACUUAGAUAGAUGACAAUUGAAAGUGGUCGGCUUUCUCUAUAAAUGUUGCUUUGGCAAUUAGUGAACUCCCCUGUGAAGAAAAAAAAUUAUUUUACAAAAACCCAGGUUAGUGAAUAAUCCUGAAAUAAUUCAGAACUUGAGAGAACCAUACAUUUUAGUGGUGGUCCAAACCAUUUGCCUUUGGUCUAAACCCAUCCUGGGUAAUCCCACUUUAUGGAUGGUCUUAGCCCAUCGCGAUGGCCACCUUCUCACUGUCACCUUAGCAAAUCUCCACGUGUUUCAAAUCAGGCAUCAAAAUGUUGUUCUCCAUACACGAAGUCGAAUCAGGAAACUAAUUCUUCUGAAGAUGACUAAAUUACUACGCACGUGAUAUAUUUCUACACAAUCUUAUUUUACUGUGUUUCUUCUGCAGAUGUUACCGUUAACAUGGAUGAACCUAAAAACUCACUGCCAACAGAAGCCAUCAAUGUCUCCACCUUCAAUUUAAACAAACCCCUGUUGCACAUCAACAAAAAAUGUCUCCAGAUUAAUGUUAGGCUGAACACCUCAGGUACUGAGCAAGAAUGUUUUUAAAAAUAUGAACACGUCUUUAAAAAAAGAAACCAAAAUAAACACCUGCAAAUAUUUCAGAUGGUCAGAGAGGGACACUUUCAUUUUGGGGUUUGUGGUUGAAGGUGUCCAAGAGCAGGAGUAUUAUAUCACAUUUUGGGUGAAUUCAUGACCUGAUAGUUUCAUGACGUACUGAACUCUUCAUGUAAAAUAAAAAUGUAGUUUAAAACAAGACCAAGAUUCAUCUUUAUUCAAACAGAUAAAUUUGCACAGAGCACUUUUGGUUUAUAGAUUCUUUUUUACUCAAGCUAAUUUCUAAACACAUUUAUUGUAGUUUUACAGGGAGGUUAUUAUGAAUCGUAUUGCUGCAAAUUAUAGGCGUUGUUGGUGGGGGGCUUUCGUGGCACAGCGGUCAGCUAAUUCUCUCAGCCAAUGAUUGAUGAGUGUUGCUACUUCUGGCCUCUGCAGCUCUGAAUAAAGGAUACAUAGAAAGGCAGGUAUAUGCAGGGCCGGCGCCACCGUUAGGCAAAAUAGGAAUUUGCCUAGGUCGCCUGCCUGCUGGGGGCCACAGCGCUGGGCGAGUUGCUCUUGAGCCGUCUUCCCCCCCCCCACAGCACCGGAUUGAUCCUCCAGGUGCCCGAAGGUGGGGGCGCCCAGAGGAGCCCUGUCACAGUGGGCCCAGGAGGUGGCCAUUCUGGCCACCUUAGGGCACCCCUGAUGCUGUCCUUUUUCAAUAUGGCAGAGCAGGCACCUGCUUACCUUGAUUGCAGGUGCCUGCUCUGCCAUGAAAUGCCAGAGGAGAGGGGGAAGGAGAAGGCAGGCGGCGAGGGAGGCGGCUCUUACAGCUUCUCACUCCUCCCUCGUGCGCCCUCUGUGAUGCCGGAAUAUGAUGUCAUUCCAGCCUUGGCAAACUAAACAGCACGCUAGAGAAGUGAGAAGCUGCCCCACACUGGACCCCAGGGAGGUAGGGAGGCUGAAUUUGCCUAAGAAAAAUUAAAUUGUGUGAGUCUGUGUGUUAGUGAGUGUGUCAGUGAGUGUGUCUGUGUGUAUGUCUGUGUGUGUGUGUAUGUGUCUGCCAGAGAGUGUUUGUGUCUGUGUCUGUCAGAGAGUGUCUUCAUCUGUGCUAGACUAAUUAAUUAAAUUCACCAAAUGCAUUGAAUACAUAAUUUAUCACAGCGAUAAAUUAUGUAUUCAAUGUAUGUAUUAGGCAGUAUGUGUGUAUGGAUGCAUGUAUUGGCAGUGUGUGUGUAUGGAUGUACGCAUUAAGCAGUAUGUGUGUAGGGAUGCAUGUAUUAGGCAGUGUGUGUGUAUGGAUGUAGGUAUUAGGUAGUGUGUGUGUAUUGAUGUAGGUAUUAGGCAGUAUGUGUGUAUGGAUGUAGAUAUUAGGCAGUAUGUGUGUAUGGAUGUAGGCAGUGUGUGUGUAUGGAUGUAGGUAUUAGGCAGUAUAUGUGUGUUAGACAGACCUAACUAAAAAACCACAUGGCAAAAUUUAGGCCAAAAUAGCUGAUCUAGAAGAAUUCUCCAAUCCGGCUACAGUCACAGUUCCGCUGUUUUUGCUUAAACUUUGCAAUUUGGUUUUCAACUCACUGCAAUUCAGAGUUUAGUGAAUAAACCUCUGUGAGAUUUUAUUUGCUUUCAUGAGGGGGCAGCAAAAUGGAUCUUUGCCUAUGGCGGCAGAAAUCCUUGCACCGUCCCUGGUUAUAUGCCAUGACAUAUUCCCAGCUCUCCACUAUUGUCAUAGAGCUUUCUAUGGGAGUCCUUUCUUCUAAAACCUAGCAAUGCUCCUGCUGUGAAACUCUAUAUACACUCAUGCACACCAACAAUGUGCAGCUAUUAGAAAAUAGGGAUGUGAGGACAGAAAGCAGGGACAGAGUGAUUUGACCACAAAACAUUGACUGCCUCCCUAAAGAGGGAGACACUUGAGAGAUAUGAACACCACAAUAAUAGUAAUAUGAAUAUAUGCAAAAUAACAGAUACAAUUAAAAACAUGUUUCAGGAACAAUUGUCUCACAUUGUCUAAACUCAUCUUUGAUUUGAGUCCUGAUGUCCCAUAGGUAGGUCCAGAGCCCCAUGUCAGGGUAUGCACAGAGACAAAUUUUGUUGCAAAGAAAAAAUGCUUAAGUAGUUGAUGAGGUUUUUUUCUAAAUACUUUUAAACUGAACCCAAUAGGUAUAUGCUCUGACGUCAUGAAACAUUCUUUACAUGCUAUAAAAUUUUGCAAUACCGUUCCAAAACUUUGCUUUAAUUAACUUCAAAAAGGCCACUCGUCCAAACUGAACUGUAUACUAUAUACAGGUGAUACUCGAAAAAUUAGAAUAUUGUGCAAAAGUUCAUUUAUUUCAGUAAUGCAACGUAAAAGGGGUAACUAAUAUAUGAGAUAGACGCAUUACAUGCAAAGCAAGAUAGUUCAAGCCGUAAUUUGUCAUAAGUGCGAUGAUUAUGGCUUACAGGUCAUGAAAACCCCAAAUCCACAAUCUCAGUAAAUUAGAAUAUUACAUACAAUCAAUAAAACAAGGAGUGUACAUAGAACAAUAUCAUACCUCUGAAAAGUAUAAGCAUGCAUAUGGACUCAGUACUUGGUUUGGGCCCCCUUUGCAGCAAUUACUGCCUCAAUGCUGCGUGGCAUGGAAGCUACCAGCCUGUGGCACUGCUGAGUGUUAUGGAAAACCAGGAUGCUUCAAUAGCGGCCUCCCGCUCUUCUGCAUUGUUCGGUCUCAUGUCUCUCAUCUUUCUCUUGGCAAUGCCCCAUAGAUACUCUAUGGGGUUCAGGUCAGGUGAGUUUGCUGACCAAUCAAGCACAGUAAUCCCACGGUCAUUGAACCCGGCUUUGGUGCUUUUGGCAGUGUGGGCAGGUACCAAGUCCUGCUGGAAAAUUAAGUCAGCAUCCCCAUAAAGCUCGUCUGUGGAAGGAAGCAUGAAGUGCUCCAAAGUCUCCUGGUAGACGGCUGCGUUGACCCUGGACUUAAUGAAGCACAGUGGACCAACACCAGCAGAUGACAUGGCUUCCCAAAUCAUCACAGACUGUGGAAACUUCACACUGGACUUCAAGCAUCUUGCAGUGUGUGCCUCUCCAGACUCUGGGUCCUUCCUAGGUUUCCAAAUGAGAUGCAAAAGUUGCUCUCAUCAGAAAAGAGGACUUUGGACCACUGAGCAACAUACCAGAUCUGUUUUUCUUUAGCCCAAGUAAGAUGCUUCUGAUGUUGUUUGUUGUUUAGGAGCGGCUUGACAAGAGGAAUACGACAUCUGAAGCCCAUGUCCAUGAUCUGUUUGUGUGUGGUGGCUCUUGAUGCACUGACUCCAGCCUCAGUCCACUCCUUGUGAAAGUCCCCAACACUUUUGAAUGGCUUUUUCCUGACAAUCCUCUCCAGGCUGCGGUCAUCCCUGCUGCUUGUGCACCUUUUUCUUCCACACUUUCCCCUUCCACAUAACUUUCUAUUAAUGUGCUUUGAUACAGCACUUUGGGAACAUCCAACUUCCUUCGCAAUUACCUUUUGAGGCUUUCCCUCCUUAUGGAGGGUUUUCUGCACAACUGUCAGGUCAGCAGUCUUCUCCAUGAUUGUGAUUCCUACUGAAUCAGAGAGAACAUUUAAAGGCUCAGAAACCUUUUGCAGGUGUUAUGGCUUACUUAGCUGAUUAGAGUGGGACACUGUGAGCCUAGAAUAUUGCACCUUUUCACAAUAUUCUAAUUUACUGGUAUUGUGGAUUUGGGGUUUUCAUGAGCUGUAAGCCAUAAUCAUCGCUCUUAUGACAAAUCACGGCUUGAACUAUCUUGCUUUGCAUGUAAUAUGUCUAUCUCAUAUAUUAGUUUCCACUUUUACGUUGCAUUAAUGAAAUAAAUGAACUUUUGUACGAUAUUCUAAUUUUUCGAGUAUCACCUGUAUUUUACUAUAUUACCAUAUUAGUGACACAAAACCCAAAGCCUUUCCGGCAAUGCUACUGAAUGCUGCCAAAUUGUUAACCCCACUCCACAAAUGACACUUCCUCCAUGGUACAGGUUAUUUGAGCAAAAUAUUAACUGGUGUAAAAUCUGAUCUUACCAACAAAGAAUGUGGUAUUAACAUAUUCUUAACUAAAAUUCAUAGUCACUAGACUUGCACACACAAUAACUACUGAAAUAUCACUCCCAUAAUCCUCUGUUCAAUAACAGCUGAGUGGUUACAGUUCAUUACCUUCUCUAAACGUAUUCUCUAAGUUAUGGUUAGUUAGGCUAUGACUGGAGUAAUACUCUAAAAAUUAACAUAUCAAUGAGGAAAAUGAAAGCCGGAAUUAAAAUACUGUCAGAGAAAGAGCCAGAGGUAAUUAUGUCAGGGAUUCUUUGACAAAGGGUAAACAAUGAUGAAACAUUUUAAUUAAGUUUGUUCUUGUGUCACUUUUCUGUUGAUCCAAGGCCUGUGUACCUUGCUUCUUGGCGGUUAAUCUUAAUGUAAAAUAAAUUAUGACAUUAAUUUCCUCAUGAACCUUUAUUAAAGAGUAAAAUUACUCAACCGUGCUGCUUAAGGAGCGCUCUGAGCACCAUAACUACAACAUGCGGAUGUAGUGGUUAUGAGGCUUUUAAGCUGCGUACACGAUCUGCGGUUCUUGGUCAAACUGCUUUCCAGUUUGACUAAACCCAUGAGUUUUUUUGACUUCCGUAGAGCAUUUGUCUACUCAUCUACACUUUCACUUUAGCAAUAUUAAUUUUAUGCAUACAUGUAUGUCAUUGUUUGGCUGAGUGUGUUGGUUAAACUCUCUCAGUUAUUAAAUAACAUCCAAAUAUACCUGAAAUUAAUACUGACUGUCACGGUUUACCUUAGUUGAGAGUCCGGUAGGCAGAGUUUUGUGCUCACCCUUGCAUAUAAACACAGCCCACGGUAACCUGAUCAGAAGCUACCUGGGCUGUAAAUCUGUGCACGGGGGCUUAGGCAGGAACAGUAACUGGGUACGAGGAAACAGACAAGGGCAAAUCCAGAAGAGUAGUCAGACACGGUUCCAAAAGUCAGGGCAGGCAGCGAACAGGCAAUAACGAAUAAUCCAAACAGAAAGGGUCACAAGCCAAGUCAGUCGUAGGAAACAGGAUAUAAGAAACAACGAACUGACAAUGUUCUCAGGGAGGGGCAGUGUUUUAUGCCCAGCUAAUGAGUGAACUGCCUCAAGUGAACUUAGAUGGACAAGUACGAGCCACCGGUAAUGUCCAGGCCCCUAGUGCUGCAGGCAAUGUCAGGAAAACAAGGUUAGAACCAAAGUUCAGAAGUGGCUCAGAGGCAGGAACUCACACUUAGGAUGCAGAAGGCUCCAGGUUUAAAUCCCCUGUUAAGCACUUCUGGGGUGACCACACCUGGCUGUCUGGAUGGCACAGUGAGAACUGUGACACUGACAAUGUGAGAUGACCAGAAUAGGUAUCUCAGCCACUUCCUAGUCUUCCUUGUCUCUCUAUACAACCCGAUAGCACCAUAACCCUACACACAUCAACAAAAAAGUGUCUUCUACUGGCUUCUUAAUUCUUCAGGACCUUUCAAAACUGUAGUUCACCAGCAGCUUCUCUAUGUUCUGUAUUCAUGAUAUAGCUCCUGCUAUGUCAUACGCAAUCACAUAAUUUGAUUUCAACAACACUUAUGUGCGUCUGCAUAAUUAACUUAUGCUUACGUAUCCUUUCUUGAUCUGUUGCUUGCUACCGUCUGCAUUUAAUCUGCCAUCUCCUUUUUUAAAACAACUACCUGAUAUUUAAAGGGAGACCACUGGGUAACUGUAUCUUUUCAUUUUGAAAAUGGAGUGAUACUGUGGUGCAUGUAUGUUUUGUUUUUUUUCUGUUUCAGCAAAAGACCAUUGCUUUUUUGUAUCUGUCGUCAUGAAAAAUUAGAAAGAAAUAAAGCAGGAUGAUUUUUGCAUGACGUUCUCACAAAUGCUCUCCUACACCCGGAACACGUUUUUUUAAGAUUUUUCAAUUAAGUUUGAAUUAUCAUGAAUUCAAUAGAACACUCUAAGCCACCUAGCCACUACAGCUUGCCGGAGCUGUGUUAAGAAUGGUUUGUUUUAACUGAUAGAAUUGGAACUAAUUGAUACCUUCAUAUGCGUCGGAUAUUGCUGUGGCUUUUUAUUGCUGUGGAGCUCUGCCAUAUACUCAUAUGUCCCAUACCUUACUGUGAGGUAUAUUGCUCUGCAGCUCAGUGAUGAUCACAUAUGUACACAAUGCACGUUAUUGUACCAUCUAAAGCUUAGUUGUAUGAAAAAAGAGAGGAAGCAAAUUAAGGGAAAUAACGCUAAAACAACGUUGUAGAUGUAAAAGCAGGAUUAUACAUCAAUUAUUCAGACUUUUACUGACAGAGCAUAUAGUUGCAGGAGAGGACUUUAAUUAAAUUGAACAAUAAUCACACAUAGGAUGCUCCUGAAGGCUGUAGCAGGUUAUUAACUGAGCAGUAGAUAAGACAUUCUAGAUUAGACAAAUUGAGCAAUUCAACAACCCAGAAUAUAUAGAUUACUUUACAGGAAGUGUUUAGGAAGGCUGAGCAAGUCACAUGCAGGGAGGUGUGGCUCUAGGUGUUAAAACACAAUGAUAUAACGGUAAAACAGCAGAGAAUUGAGCAGUGAGACAGCAGUGGUAUUAUCUAUACACCAAAACUGCUCCAUUAAUCAAUUAAGUUAAUGCUGGUACCUAUAAUGUCCCUUAAGCUAGCCUAUUGCAUAAACGCCAACUCAAUUUUUUCUGCCUAUUCAGAGACAUCAGGAAGUGUUUUGAUAUAACUCACUAUAUAUUUAUUUUUCUGGCUACAUUACACGUCCCCAAGAAGCUGUUGUGAUAGAAAUAAAUGAACAGUUUCUCUGUAAAGGCACUGUCUGGCCAUUGAUGUCAGUCAUGUACACAUCACACAUUCACAACAAAGCAAUUAACUGGCAGCAACCCAUAGACCAACAAUUGGCGAACCAGAUUCACAAUAUAGUGCAUGUCCAUUCAGGCCUAUGCAAUGCUGUCAACUCCAGGUCUGUGCAGCCUUACAGAGGUCAUCUAAGGGCAAUAACCACUACAGCCUUUCACACUACACUGCUAGCUGCAUGCCAGUGUAUAUAUAAGAGUAAUCAGAACGAUAUUCGGCUAUUACGUCUAGGACACUGUAACCUUUAUAAUGUCAUGUAGUGUUUAUCCAAAAUGUCAUUUCAGAUGUACCAUCCCUCAGGUUUAAGAAAGAUCCCCAGGCUUUGUUCACAGUGUUGUGUCAUUUUUAUGUGACACAUUGUCUUAUUUCUACUUUUUAUUGUGUACACCUUCUGGGAACUUGGGGUGUUGUCAGAUGCAUUCUGCACAUACCAAAAGUACUUCACUUCACUUCAUUUCAGCGUGAUGUGUGAACAAUGUACUGGUCUGUUGCACCCAAAAAAACAGACAAGUGCAGGUCUUGUGUUACUGGUAGUUAGUUGCACAUUUAUUUUAUAAACACAUUUUUGUUCCACAUUAUGGGUUGCUGAAUAUCUAUUUAUUUUUUAUGUUUUUCAUUAUUUUUUUCAUUAUUUAUUUUUUAACAACUUGUCUCUGAGUCUGUUUGUUUUCAAAAUCAGUGGCACAUAUUCCAGGAGGUAGGGUGACACUUUGCAUGUUCUAUGCAACAGAGGAGAAAUAGCAUAACUAUUGCUAACUGUGUCUAUGGAGACUUCUCUUCACUGAAGGAUUGACCUGCCUCUUGUGCAAUGGGAAACUAACAUUUUGAUCAUAGACUUCCCCUGUGCAGGGCCGGCGCGUCCAUAAGGCGGCACAGGCGGCCGCCUUAGGGCGCACCGGCUCUGGGGGCGCAAAAUUCCGGUGACCGGCAGGAGGGAAGUGCUCCCUCCUGCCAGGUCACCUCCUGGAUCCCCGGCGCGGCGUGCGGCUGAAUUGGAUUCCGAGGUGGCGAGGGAGCUCUGAUCUCUCUGAUGUGCUCCCUCGCAGGCUGUUUACUGAUGACGUCAUAUUCCGGCUCCCGCGGCAUCAGUAAACAGCCUGCGAGGGAGCGCAUCAGAGAGAUCGGAGCUCUCUCGCCACCUCGGGAUCCAAUUCAGUCGCACGCCUCCCAGCAGCCCCACUGGACCACCAAUGAGAGACCCACGCCAGCUCUCCAGGUAGGGAGGCUGGGUGGGAAAUUUAAAUUUAAUUUAGAUUAUUAAUUACUGUGAGUGUGUCUGUGAGUUUGUGUGUGUCUGUCAGUGUGUGUGUGUGUGUGCAUGUGAGUGUGUGUGUCUGUCAGUGUGUGUGUCUGUCAGUGUGUGUGUGUGUGCAUGUGAGUGUGUGUGUCUGUCAGUGUCUGUGAGUACGUGUGUCUGUCAGUGUCUGUGAGUUUGUGUGUGUGUGUCAGUGUGUCUGUCAGUGUUUGUGUGUCUGUCAGUGUGCGUGUGAGUGUCUGUCAAUGAAUGAGUGUGUCAGAUAAGUGAGUCUGGCUGUCAGAGAUGUCUGUGUGUUUGUCAUUGAGCGUGUGUGACUGUUUAUACACCCCUGACUGUAGCGUGGCCAAGCGGAGUGUACCGUGGUACAGAAACUUCUGUUUCCUGUACCUGACAGGACUGACAGGAAAAGCUCACUGUACCAGGAUUCGCUCCACUCAGCCACGCUACAAGAAAGGUAGGAGGCACACCAGGAAGGGGAGGGGACCACUAUGGGGGUGGGUGGCACACCAAGGGACAGGGAGAGGAGGGGAGAGAUACCCUAAGGUACAGGAAAAGGAGGGAGGGGGGAGAGGAACACUAAGUGACAGGGAACAGAGGGGGGAGGGGAGAGGAACACUAAGGGAAAGGAACACUGAGGAACAGGAAAAGGAGGAGAGAGGGGAGAGGAACAGUAAGGGUCAGAGAAGGGAGGGGACCAUUAAGGGACAGGGAGAGGGGCUGGAUGUGAAAGAAACACACACCGGUGUUUGAGAAGGAAAGAGACACAAAGGGGCUGGGAGAAAAGGAGUCACACAAAGGGGCUGGGAGGAGUAAGACACAAAAUGUGGGAGGAUGUAAGAGUCAUACAAAGAGGAUAGAUAGGAGACACACAAAGGCAAAAGGAGUCAGAUAUUUAAAAGACGGGAUAAGAAACACAAAAGGGAGGUUAAGAGGCACAUGGGUGAAGAUGUUUUUUGGGGGGGGGGGCGAAAAAUGCAUCUUCGCCUAUGUACCCAAAAUUCUUUGCACCGGCCCUGAGUAAGGGUCAGAGAAGGGAGGGGACCAUUAAGGGACAGGGAGAGGGGCUGGAUGUGAAAGAAACACACACCGGUGUUUGAGAAGGAAAGAGACACAAAGGGGCUGGGAGAAAAGGAGUCACACAAAGGGGCUGGGAGGAGUAAGACACAAAAUGUGGGAGGAUGUAAGAGUCAUACAAAGAGGAUAGAUAGGAGACACACAAAGGCAAAAGGAGUCAGAUAUUUAAAAGACGGGAUAAGAAACACAAAAGGGAGGUUAAGAGGCACAUGGGUGAAGAUGUUUUUUGGGGGGGGGGGCGAAAAAUGCAUCUUCGCCUAUGUACCCAAAAUUCUUUGCACCGGCCCUGCCCCUGUGGGUGAGAUCAGUUGAUAGGAUCAGUCAAAUAUGCAGGUAGGUAGCAGAAGUUCCCUUUUGAGUGGCACAAGUGAGUUAAAACUUACUUGUUCUCAGUCUUCUCAUAAAUUAUUUUUUGGAACAUAGAAGAUUAAUAUAGCUUCAAGAAUAUGAACCAAGAUGUACCGUAAUUCAUAUUACAGCUUAAAGAGACAGUAACCAUUUAAAAAUGUAUUUUUAUAAAGCUUUCAUUACCUGAUUUUUAAGAACUUCUCCCUGUGUGCAAUUUUAUGUUACAAUCAUUAGACAUGUGCAAUUCGUUUUGGUCUGAAUGUGAAUUCAGACGAAUUUCGGGCAAUUCGGACAUUUAGGUACUUCCGAAGUGCCGAAUUGCCGAGACUCUGAAAUUACCAAAUUUCCGAAGUGCUGAAGUUCCGAAGUUGCCGAAGUUCCGAAGUGUCAAAGUGCCAAAGUUCCGAAGCAAAGUAUUGCCUAAGUACUAAUAUACUUACCCAGUGAAAGAAGAAGAAUGUUACAUUGUAUACAAUUUUAAAUAAAAAGUAUACAAACAUAGCCAGGAUUCAGCUGUAAGCAUUUGCAACACUUAGAACAAUCAAGUAACACACAUUCAUAUAAAAUGUAAGUUACUUGGCCAGUCAUGUAAUGACAGGAAUGAAUAGGUAGAUAACUCCCUAAUUCCCACGGUAUUAGGGAGCUAUCUACUAAAAGGAUGAAAGACCUGAAUUGGUCUUUCAGACAAAUUUACUAAUACUAAGUAAAGAUUACUUAGUAUUAGUAAAUUAUGCCCCUACUCGCUAUACCGCGAGUAGGGGCAUGUCUAGUAAACAGUGAGCAGCCUGUGGCUGCUCACUGUUUUAAAAAAAAAAAAAAGGGUGGAUUAAAUAACCAAUCAGAGUGCUAUGAGUCAAAUUACACAGAACUUUCCCACGCUGUGUAAAAUGACACAGAGCACUCUUAUUGGUGGAUUUCAAACCAACAAAUCAGAGUGCUGUGACAGGUAAAUGUAGAGUCUUACCUGUCAGUCUCUUCAUUUACCUGUCAGAGCACUCUGAGUGGAUGGCUUAAACCCACCAAUCAGAGUGCUUGGAGCCUAAUUGCAGGGCGGGGCAUGGCUUUAUAAGCCUUCCCCGCCCUGCAGAGCUCAGUCUGCGCAGAGCCCUUGCCGGGUGAAGAUGGAUUAUUUAGGUUCCCCCCCUAUUAGUAUUUAGGGCCCCCACCCACGGCUCAGAGGUGGGGGCCAGGGGGAGGACAUUAGGUCCCCCCUUAUUAGUGUUUAGGGCCCCCACCCACCGCUCAGGGGUCAGGGCCAGGGGGGAGGACAUUAGGUCCCCCCUCUUAUUCCAAUUUAGGGCCCUCACCCGCCGCUCAGGGGUGGGGGCCAGGGGGGAGGACAUUAGGUCCCCCCCUAAUUCCAAUUUAGGGCCGAAGUUGCCGAAUUUCCGAAGUGUCGAAGUUGCCGAAUUUCCGAAGUGUCGAAGUGCUGAAGUGCCGAAGUUCCGAAGUGUUGAAGUGCCGAAGUGCAUAAGUUGCCGAAGUUUCGAAGUGUUGAAGUGCCGACUUGCCGAAGUCCCGAAUUGCGAAAGUCGUGAAUUUCGGAGUGCCGAACCCAACCGAAAAUUUUCCCCAUGCACAUGCCUAACAAUCAUAUUAUAUUUAGGUAGUGCCAAAUUGAGCUGCCUAUGUUUGAAACGAUUAAUAAACCUGGUUCUAUGCUUCAUAAAUUUAGAUGCCUAUUUGUUAAAUCGUUCUAAACCUUGAGUAGGCAACCUUUGCACUCCAAAUGUUGUGGACAACAUCUCCCAUAAUGCACCUAGAGCCAUAAUGCUGGUAGGCUAUAACAUCUAGAGGGCAGAUUGUUGCCUAUCCCUGUUCUAAACUAUACUGACAGUACAAUGUCAGGACUCAGAUAUGACCAUAAAUAGUUAAAGAAUAGACCAACAUUCUCAGUUAACACUCUAUUGAACCUCCUUAAUAUUACUGCUUUAAGAAUGCAGACAUGGCUAAAAUGUUACCAUUAACCCCUUAAGGACCAAACUUCUGGAAUAAAAGGGAACCGUGGCAUGUCACACAUGUCAUGUGUCCUUAAGGGGUUAAAAAAAAUAUUUCUAAUCAAGUUGCGAACCGCAUGUCUGAUCAAUGAAUUAUUUACUUAAAGGAAGACUAUAGUGUCAGGAAUACAAACAUGUAUUUCUAACACUUUAGUUCUAAAAUAACAGUUUAAUCCCCAGCCCCGCUUACUUACAGUAAAAAAGGCGAUUUUACUCACUUUAUUUCCAGCGCUACGCAGGUCUAUCACAGCUGGCUCCGCCCACAAUCUGCCCCCUUAGCUAAUAUCAUUAAACUUGAUAAUCUUAUUCAAUCCAAUGCUUUCUCAUCACAGAGCAUUGGGAGGUUAUCUUGCACGCACUGCAAAACACCUUGCUGCACCAAUCAGCUUCUCUUCAUAGAGAUGCAUUGUAUCAUUAAGCUGUAUUUGUUCUGGUGACUAUAGUGUCCCUUUAACAUUUUCCUUACCCCAUGAGGUCCAUGAGAGGCUAUACCAUUUUACCAAUCUGGUCUUUGAGUUUCCUAUUCCAUAAAAAAAGUUUAUCACUUAUUUAACAACAGAGGAGCUAUGUAGAGCUGCUGCUGGAGAAUAACAAGGGCAUUUAAUUCUAACAUGCUUCAAAGGACCCUACUAUGGUAAUAUAAAAAAAAAAAAUUGUUCUUCAAAGGGGAUAAAAAAUAUCGUAGCCUUAUUGCACUUAUAUAUAAUGCACAUUAGUGAGAGAGAAUCAUAUCUGUCACUGGCAUUUCUAAAAGGCACAGAUAGUCCACUAGAGGAAAGUACCACGAUUAUCCCCACCCACAGACACAACUUAGAAGACAGAGUAAAGUUCUUUAAUGUUUUAUUUGCUUUUAGGGAAUAAUGCUAAGAGGGAGCAUAAAAUAAACCGGGUGAGUGAUUAAAGAAGAGAAAGUAAUGAAAGUGGGAGUGAGAAUCUUGGAAAGGUGUUAACCAAAAAUAAAAACCUUGCUUAAUUAUCAAUUCAACAUUGCCCACAGCGCAGAACGAAUGUGCGUAAUGUUCUAAAACUAAGAUUUCAAUUCUCUUUGUGAGUCAUACUAAUAGUUUAAAGAAACACAAAUAUAUACCACGUUGAGUGUUUCUGUUAUGUCAUUGAGAGGGAAAUUCUUGAGAUUUAGGGUUAAAUAUGAGUGUCAUGUCAGUUAUGUGAAGGAGUGGCAUUUAAAGACAUUUAGCAUGGCAAACAAUAACUCAAAAUCAGAGAUGUAAUCUCUAUUAGGUUUGUUUUUGAGCUAUAUUUGUACAAAGGUAUUGCAUUUUCUGGAGGUCAAAAUGUACAGAGAUGUUGAGAUAAUGUUACAUGUUUGAUGUUUGAUGACUCGUUGACUCGUUCAAUCUCCUAAAUCCUUACACAAAAAAAUAAAUAAAAAAUAUGACAUUUAAACUACUACAUAUUCCUAUGUCAGUCAUUUGGACAAUACACAGUGCAACACCCAAACCAGUUAUGCUAACCUUGGCCCCCCUCUGUUCCGCUCCAUCUGCAGUCAAACUUGUUUUACAAGUCCAACAAUUGCGAGAGUAGCUGUGUAGCACCUAAGCCAAUCUCUUUAUUGUCACUAAAGAAGGUGAGCAAAGUUGAAAGUGGUAAAGUGGUGUUGAUCUACUAUUACUUAGUCUGGCAUUCAAUACAUUACCAGCAGUCGGAGAAUUGUUAGUAUAUGUUUCACGUCCACCUUUAGUAAAAGAAACAGAUUUGGGGAUUUUGGCUCAGCUUGACCACCUCGAUCUAUAAUAUAAAAGCAAAACUUUUGGCUCAACUUCAUUAUCUCCACCUAUAGUAUGACUCAGACGUUGGCUCAACUUCCAUGUCUAUAUCUGUGUUAUAUGACCCAUAUAUAUUGGCGAGGUUUGCUUGCAGUAUAAGUAUCAGGCAACGGUCCCUUUAGAUUGCGCCUGUCUUGUAUUUAAUCAAAAUUAUGAGGAAAACGUUACUGCCUUUAUCUGUAGUAUAGAAGUCAGACUAUUGUCUGUAAUUGUAUGUGUGCAAACUUAUUGUCCCAGUAUGAUGGCUUCUACCCUGCUGUUUAUGAGUCAAUUUAUAGGCCUUGUGUUCGUAUUUGUUUUAGAGAUCUUGGAUUUCUACAAUUGGUCUAUGCAUAACACACUUAUAGUAGGUAAUACUGCCCUCAGCUGUUGGACUUUGAAAGUGCACUUAGUAAAAAAAAAGUUAGAAGAUGCAUAAAGCUUUUAUAUUCACUGUAGCUAUUACCCUGUGAUAGUGCUUGAAUAAGUAUGAGUAUGAAUGAAAAAAGUGUAAAUUUUUCAUCCUAUUUUAGCAUACACGAACAUAUGUCACAAUAUUCCACUCAGUCUAAAUUUGGCUAAAACUGAUAUUUUAAAAAUACAUGCAAAUCAUACCCUGUGACGCCUUCACACACACUGCACAAUAAAUGUUGUAUUGCUUUGGAAAUAUGUGAUGCACACAUAUGUGUGAUGAUACACACACACACACUCAAAAGUGAUUUUAAUUACUGCAGAGCUGUUAUUCACAUAUACCCAGAGAACAUUAUAUUUGUUGUUAAUAAUCCUUGUUAAUAUGCGAAUAAUUUCAUGUUAUUUAAAGUGUUACCAAAACCGUUUUUUAAAUUUAUUUUUAAGCAUUGGUCACUACUAACUAUUUCAAAUUCCUUUCCCCCACACCCCCCUCUGUGGUCCUGUCAAAAGCAUUUGAUUGGACCACUCUCACUGCACAUAGGUGGAAGUGGGUGUUGGACAAGUGACGAAGGAGGAAUAUUCUGAAAUGUAGGGAGGACAGGACAGAUUGGAAGGGCUCAGAUGAGGUACGGAGGGGGCUAUAGACUUUUCCCUGCAGGCACGUUCCCACAGCUACCUUUAAAGGUUACAUCUGAUUGUGUCUGACACAGGUGCGCUGACAACUGAUGUAAUAUUUCCACAAAUUUUACAGUUGCAUGUGCCAGGAGUGAAACUAGCCCUCAGCAUAAAAAUGCACAUUUCUCAUUUCUAUUUCAUUUCUAGGUGCAGCGUUUCAAGCAUUUGUCCUGCACAUACAGAUUCCUUCCUCUUGCUCUAAAAUUAGAAGUGGCCGAGGAGGUUGGAGAAACCCAUUAAACUAUUUGUAAUGGUUGGUAUUUUUCUCUCUGUUUUCUUGUAGGCCUCCCCAAUCUAUUUGGUUUAAUUGUAGAAGACUAUAACCAGAUAUAUUCAUCUAAAAUUGAAAUCACAAUGUAUACAAAGAAAAGGAGAGCUAAACUGGUAAGAAAAAAAUCUGAACUGGUGUCGAAUCCUAUCUGGGUCAUAUAUGCCACUAUAGGCACCCAUCUGUCUAUCUAUCUAUCUAUCUAUCUACCCCUCUCUCUAUCUAUCUAUCUAUCUACCUAUCCAUAUCUAUCUAUCUAUCUAUCUAUCUAUCUAUCUACCUGUCUAUCUAUCUAUCUAUCUAUCUAUCUAUCUAUCUAUCUAUCUAUCUAUCUAUCUACCUGUCUAUCUAUCUAUCUAUCUAUCUAUCUAUCUAUCUACCUGUCUAUCUAUCUAUCUAUCUAUCUAUCUAUCUAUCUAUCUAUCUACCUGUCUAUCUAUCUAUCUAUCUAUCUAUCUAUCUAUCUAUCUAUCUAUCUAUCUAUCUAUCUAUCUUCUCUCUAUCUAUCUACCCUCUAUCUAUCCCUCUCUCUAUCUAUCUAUCUAUCUAUCUAUCUAUCUGUCUACCUUCUCUCUAUCUAUCUAUCUAUCCAUCCAUCCAUCCAUCCAUCUCUUCCUCUAUCUGAUCUAAUUUUUGAAAUUCUGGUCACUACAAGGUUUACUACUCAGACCUCUUAAUGAUUCACUCUUUUCUUCAAUCUGUUUAGUGGAAAGCACAGUUUAGAUGCUGUUCGGUUACGAUUGGUAAGACAAUAACAAUAUCACUGGUUACUCUGCCUGGUUACAGUUUUGGAAUUACAAAGAAUUUUGUCAUACCAGAUCCAGAUGCACGUAAGUUGAAUUCUUGUAGCUUCUUUAGUAUAAGAUAUAUACUAAUUCAUAUAACUUUGUUAGAUCUAAAAAUUUUCCAUACUUAGCACUGAUUGUGAAAGAAUUGUUUGCAUUAUAGGGAAUAGCAAAAUUGAAAGCUUACAUUUCACCAUACCUGGAUAAACGUGCCUUCUUUGCAGUGGUUAAGUGGGAUUCAUAGUAAGCCAGUUUAUUAUCUGCACUACCCAGGCAACAUUGCUGGUCGGAGACCUCCACUGUAAAAGCUGGGCAAAUUAUUCUGCAUAGUAAAACAACAUGAAACUAGGGACACCAAAAUCUCCUUUUGUUGUUGGUCUCUACAUUCCUUUUGUUGCAAGUCUUGCCCUUUAGCAAUGUGAUUGUUAACAAUAUUUCACGAUUUUUUACUGUUAUUUUGUUAUGUCUGCCAACAUCAGUUUGAUUCGUAAAUUUUUUUAUAAAGAUCAACUGUUUUUUUUUUUUUUUAUGGAAUAAACACUCCCAAUUAAGGAUAUUUUAAAAUAUUUUGUUUUUAUCAUUAGAUUAUGUAAUGUUUUAUACAUUAUCAGUUAAUUAUGUAUAUAGAUCCAAUCUAUAGGUCCAAUAUCUUCACUGUCAGUUGUACCCCUACAUGUCUAAUGGCUGUGAUAAUGUUUUUGCAAUUAUUGUUUUGUCUGAAAUGUUGUUUUGUUUGAGCCAAAAAAAAAAAAUUGUUAUGUUUCAUGAUAUAAAAAUCAUUACAUUUAUUUAUGUUAGUUAAGAUAUGCUACAUUCCAACCACAAGUCUUUUGUUCUGUUUUUUGGUUUUUUUAUUCACAAUGUCAAAUAUGUGUCAACUUAUUUGUAAUUGUAACAUGUCUACCAAAAUGAGGAAGUUAUGGGUGAAAGGUAAAAUGUGGGUUUUGUGAAAAUAAAAUAAAAAUGUGGAUAGAAAAUAAAAAGGGAAAUCAAUUUAAGCAAAACAGAAAUGAUGCAAGAAAUAUGCAAAUGGGGAACAUUUUAAAUGAUUAGUUCUGUUCUAUCAGCUCCCUUCCUAACAUCCUAAAAUCCAGUCUUUACAGUAUUAUGAUUAUGGGAGUUAGAUAGGGUUAGCUUAUAUGGCAUUUUGCACAUCAUGUGGUUUGGAAACAAGUUAUUUGACCUAUCAGGUAUAAUAGUACAGUGGUGCCUCAGUUUACGAACGCCUCGGUUAUCAUAAUUUUCGGUUUACAAAUGAAAAUCUAUUAAAAAUAAUGUCUCGGUUUACAAUUAUUUUUUCGCAAUACAAAGCAAGUUUCCCCAGGAUGCAUAGCGCCUGAGAGGUUUAUAGCACCGCCCCCUGCGUACUGUAGUCUGUGGGUAGCACGUGGUGUCAAGUGUGGAGGUGUUGAAAAGGCUUUUGCAUCGAGUUUUGGAGCCAUUCUGGAAUUUUUUUGCAGUGGUUUUGGGACUUUUUGGAACUUUUUUGGUGCAGUUCUCAAGCGGUGGAAAGGUAGGGAGCUGAGCUAUAUCGUUUGCAUGCAUUUUAUUUUGUGUUCUGCAUUGUGGGUUGGUUUCCAUGUCAGCUCAUUUUGACUUUUUGCUGACCUCCAGAACGGAUUAAUUGCUUUUCAAUGCAUUCCUAAGGGAAACUGCAUUUCGGUUUACAAAUUUUUCGCGAUAAGAAACGUCCCGGAGAACGCAUUAAAUUCGUAAACCGAGGUACCACUGUAUUAGCAUAAAAGUCUGCAAUUGAGUAACAUACAAUGUAAUGUUUACAGAGUUUCUUGGUUAAUUUUAAGAAGGCAUGAAUUUGACGAGAGGUUGGUGCAAAAUAUGAAUCUUCUGCACUUGUUAGGAUUUAUAUGCUCUCUGCACUGAAAGAUACUGUACCCUAUGUCUUAGCUUUCUUUAUUGCUCUGUUAAAGAGGAUCACUAUAGGUCAGGACCCUAUAGUGCUAAACCCAACAUUUAGGUGGUUUGCCCCCCCCGUUACCCCCGUAUAAAAAUAUAAAACUAAGAUUAUUUCCAACGCUGCGCGGGUCCACCGGUGCUGGCUCCGCCCCCUUUGUGACAUCAUCAAAAUGGCAGAUUUUUUUCCCAUAGGGAAAGCAUUGGAUUGGCUAAAAUUGCCACUGGGGCGGGGCCAAAUGCCAUUUUGGCCAAUCAGGACCUCAUUGAAUCAAUGCAUCUCUAUGUGGAAAACUCAGCGUCUCCAUGCAGAGCGUGGGGACACUAAACUGCAGUGCUGCUUACUGUGCAUCCCUGAACCAGGAAGCCCCUCCAGUGGCCAUCUAAGGAGUGGCCACUUGGAGGUGUCCCUAGGGGCAAUGUAAACACUGCCUUUUCUCUGAAAAGGCAGUGUUUACAUGAAAAUGCCUGAAGGCAAUGAUUAUACUCACCAGAACAAUUACAUUAAGCUGUAGUUGUUCUGGUGACUAUAGUGUCCCUUUAAACAAACAAGAAAAAAAUUAUACAGAAAACACUAUCUUGUGUAGAGUGUGUAAUAAUACUGUACCCACUAGGUGGCACCCUUGCAUUACAAAUAUUGGCUUUUCAUAGGCGAGAAACGUUUGCAAAUGUUGGUUAUGAGACUCCUAGGAAUGAAUGUGAUUGCUUUAAUAAAACAGGUAACACCUCGAUUCUCCUUUUAUAUAAAUUUGGUAUCAUUAAUACAUUUUACGUUGAUAUAAGAUAAAUUUCUUUAUUUUUGGUUCAAGAAUACCACAUAGUGGUAAUGGAACCAAACCAAAACCAUUUGGCCCAAAAAGCAGAAACAGAAUACAAAAAGUGGAUAUUCCAGCUUGUCAUAUAGAUUUAAAUAUCCCCACUGUUUGUUCCAAUUUUAUAGUGGAUCCACAUAAGGAUUUCAUGAAAUCACAUGGAGUUAAUUUAUUAAACUGGUCAUUAUUGAGAAUUGAUCAUUGAACUGCAAAAUCUUUCAAACUAAGCUAAACAUUUGCAAUUUAUUUAUUAAUUAUCCACAAUUCCUAGCUUGGUGCCUACCUUAUAUCUCCACCCUCUCCCCCCCCCCCCCAAAAAAAAAAAAAAAAAAAAAAAAAAAACAACACACAAACAAACAGUGCCAUUGUGGAAUUGUGAACGUACAGGCUGUAUGAAGUGAAUUCAGAACAAAAUAUCCUCCUUUGAAGGAAUAACUCAUAGAAAUGGAAUUAUAUUUCCUGCUCAGCAAUUUUUGCAUACAUUUUGAACGUUAGCUGUUUAGUGAUUGAACAUCCCUUAAUAGUAUGUUUUUCCCCCAAAAUAGCACCUGAAUUCCAGUUCAAGCAUUCCCCAGAGCACCGUGAAAUUGAAGUAUCCUUAUCUGGAGACCGUGAUGCCAUUGCUAGAUUAUGUUACAAUAACGGAUUAUGCACAGAUCUGAAUUUAAACGAAAGUGAAGUCUUUAAGGUAAACCUAUUUCUGGCCUUUCACCUUGCAUUUCAAUUGUAAUUAUAUCAAUAUACAAUGAUGUACACAUCAAGUCACAAUAUUCCAUUUGGCACAGUGUGCUGUUUAUUAUUUAUAAAGGAAUAAUAUAGUGUCAGGAAUACACUAUAGUACCUGUGUGACUGGCAGCUUAGAGUCCACUGCCCCCUUACAUCACCCUGAAUAGGUGAUUUUACUCACAUUUUUUCACAGGCUAUGCAGUCUAGUCAUAGCUGGCCCCGCCUCCAUGGCUGGGAUCAUCAGUCUUGAUGAUCUCAGCCAAUCCAUUGUGUUCCCGUAGAAAAGCAUUGGGAGGCUAAUGCAAAUAGCAGGAUUUACUGGGUUAUUUAAACCCAAACCUGCAGUUGUUCAGUUCCCUGUCAUGGUUUCCAUCCUGUUGGUUAUCCGAGAGCACGUUCCUGAUUCUAUUUGGUUUUUGAUCUUGGCUUGACUCCCCGUAUUCCUGGUAUCCCUGACCCUUUGGCUUUGUUCUAUCCGUAUUUGUUCUUUUCUGUAUUCCUGGCCUCGGUUAGUUACUGUUUAUUCUAUUACGUUUCCGGUAAGGCCCGGUAAUAGGUUGUUACUGUUUGUAUUUGUUACGUGUUUUACUUAAUGCUGCGUGUUGGGCCACUGGCUCGUCCUGACACAAUGUGGGUGUAUUGACCUAGGGUAUCAACAGAUAACCAGCAUCAACAUUUAGAACAAAAAACGAAAUAUCCAACACGUAUAUAAAAAGAUAGAAAGCAUAGACUGUGGGCUCUCUUUAGGCCACAGGUAAGUACAGUCCUCAUUCGUUGUAGAGCAGGAUUGAAUAGAGCAACUUUAGCCAAUUUUACAAAAAUUACUCUGUUCCUGGCCCAGUUCUGGUCAAGCCUCUUGCUAUGAGUGGCUAAGGCCUACCUGUGUCAGAGCCAUGUCUAUCUCUAUAGCGUUUCUGAACCAGAUAGCCAAAGAAUUCUGUUACGUCAUUAGACACAGAGUAGUAGAAUUUUCAAUUACUUUUUAAUACAUAUGUGUUGUUGAAACAUAUAUAUAUUUUCUUAUCUAAAAAUACAUUUACAGGAAUAACAGAAACUGUAAACUUUGACACUUGUACCACAUCCAGACUGGUUUAAGAGCAGAUCCGGCAAAUGCCCUGUUGGCCCGGUUCCAGAGAUCCUUUAGUAAUUGAGAUGAUGGACCUUCUAAAAUAAACACUUUCAUUGGCACUGAGUACAGUCUCUCGCAUUUACAUUCAACUUGAUGGGUUACGAUAUCAUAUUCCAACAUAGUCUGCUUCAGUCUGGCAAUCAUUGAGAGACAUGUGACAUCUCUCAGCAAAAGGAUAAUAGGAUUGUUGUGUUUUCUUUUAGUCAUAUUGUCACCUUGACUUUCUGGUUGUGCCUUCCGUACACAUUUUCUGUAGGCAAACAGACUCAGCAGGGGGAGGGCUCUAAAUACCCACAAUCACAUAUGAUUUAGUCUAGUAAUAGAGUUUGGUACGCAAACAAAACUGUCAAGCCUACUUCUCGCUAAUGUCUUAAAUCUUUAUAGUAGUUUACAUAGUACUGGUUUGGUAUAUUGAAGCAAGCGACUCUUACCCACUUUCUUUUUUACAGGUAUCUGCAUCCAAAAACCUCACUUUGAAGUAUGAACAUCUGCUCCCUUGCCUGUGCAUUGAGGUAUUAAUUAUUGUUUAAUGUUCACGGUCUAUUUUUGUGAAUUGUGUUGGCAUUUUAUAAAUAAAAACAAAAUGGUAAUUGUGGUUAGUGAAGUUAAAAAUAUUUUAAUAAUUACUUAUCCUUGCAUAGCUUAUGGUGCUGGGUGCUCCCAAUUCUACAAAUUCACCCACAUAGCUUUUCCUUGUCUGUAUGCAUAAACAUACAAAUAAUUACAUAGUAUACUUAAACUAUGGAAGUCCCCCCAACCCUGCCUUUGACAGGCUCUCUCAAAUAUGUUAAUUAGAGUCUGUGCUUAAAGAAAGCGCUAGCUUUAGAAAUACAAACCUAAUGCUAUAGUGCCCUUAUAACCAGGGCCACGAUUUAAUGUUGUUGGAUAGGCGUUCCAAGUGUUAUUUUUUUGGAUAAACUUUUCAGAUAAUUUUUUUCAGCAUGUUAAAAUAUCAUUACAUAUCUCAUAUAUAUAAAAAAUAAUCAAAAUGUAAAGGACGAUUCCUUCUUUUUCCCUGCCUAUUUACCUCAAAAUAUAGAGUUCUAUUAAAAAAAAGUAAAAUUCAAGGCUAAUACCAGUGAUUAUAAUAUGAUAUAUAUGUCCGCUAACAAGAUUGAGGGUAAUUUGCGAUGAGAAAAAUAUUUCCAUGAACCAUCUUGGGUGAUAGCUAACCCACUCUUUCUACUAUCUUUACUAUUGUUUAUGUAUAUAUAGUAUCUACUCCAUUAUUUCCACACUUAGGAGUGAUACCCCCUUUUUAUAUACCUCCCACUCUAGGCUGUUACAAGCUGCUUCUUUAUAUUUGAUACUGUAGCAAUACAAUGUUGGGACCUCUCAAUACAUUUUUGUUCAUUGUUGGAAUUUUAGUCCUGCAUUUUUUAUAUUUACCAUUAUCAUAUUUAGUGUACUAUUACACCGAAUUGUCAUUUUUUUUUUAUCUGUGGAGCGCACAUACAUAUUCCAGUAUUUAUCUUUACUAUCUGUACUAUCAUUAUGGAAAACCACAAAGGUAACAGUGCUAAUUGCUCAUAAUGUUGCAAACGCCUAUUAAUGUAACUAUAAACUAUCUUUUUACUCCAUAGGUUUUUUAUGAUGGACCUAACAGCAGAAGGAAGCAGAUUUGCCCAUUUAAAGAUGAAGACAAUGCCUGUAAGAAAUACAAAUAAAUUGAACCCCUUUAGUUCCAUGAUUUUCAGGACCGUAGGGCCUCGUUAUAAUACUUUCAUAAAAUUCUUUAACUUGCCUCAUCUCUCGCCAGUUUAUCCACAGUCGCUCAUCCGUUACGGCUGAGAUAAUCAAUGAUGAUCUCAGCCAAGCCCAUAGGGAAGCAUUGAGGGGGCUACUGUGGCAAAAUUUUAAUUUAACAAUUGCAUGUAUUUUUAAAAGUUAGGAUUCUGCUAUUUUACAAGAUUAGCUGCUAUUCAGUGAAUAUUUCUCUGAGUGUUUUUUUACCUGUCUCUCUUACAGACAACCAAUAUUUCUGGGAUAUUUCUUUGCUGAACAUGCAUGAUCAUUCCAGUAUCAUCAUGAGCAUGGUUAAGAAAUGCAUUGACGAUCCAAGAGUUUCUGUGUGUCAAAAAAAUAGUUCUCACUGCACCACACUGCACAAUGCUGUAAUCAAGACACAAGACAUUGUCACAGAUGAACAGUGUUUAAUGGUAAUAUAAAUAAUCACACCUUUAUUUUAUCCUCUGAUAUAGUUUUUAUAGCUCUUUAUUCUACAAAUGGAACGGAAACCUGUAAUGUGAAAUCUUCCUCUCUCUCAACAGGAGUAUACGCUUGACAGUGCCGAUGUGGAUCCUCACCUUUGUUUUAAGGUAAGUUCAAGGUAUUUCAGGAUCAGUUGUAAAUGUGAAAGAGCUGACAAGUGAUUGGCAAAUACCAGGCCACUGUGGUUGAGCUGGAUUUAGAUUUGUUUCCAGCUAAACUAUUUUGGUCAAAGUAUUGCAAGUUAAUUGUCAACUUACCAAAAAUGUACUGUUUAGGGAGAAAUGUACUAAAAGUGCAUAAAAAUACAUAAAUGCUACAGUGCUGCACACUGACCCAGGAAGCACUGCUAGUGGUCACCUAAGGAUUGGCCACUGAAAUUGUCCCUAGGGAGCAAGCUAAACACUGCCAUUUCUUUGAAAAGACAUUGUUUACAUUAAAAAGGCCUGCAGGGACAUGGUAUAGACACCAGAACAAGUACAUCCUUUUUUUUGUCAAUCUUUGUUCAUUAGUAUUAAGUGGUACAGAAAGUAGAAAUAGAAUAGCAUUUAAACAACACAUUAAGGUACCUAAGUUUGAAUGAAUACAUCCUUCAGGCUGCUACUACCCUCAUCAAGCAUACACAUCAGGGGUUAGGCAGCUGGGUAUUUACGUGCGUUGGUGGUUGGACUUCGGUUUGCAUGACCCCUAGUUGUCUAAUUCGCUAAAGUUUACUGCGCCUCCUUUGGAGGGUCUAGGGGGUAUGGAGGUGUUACAGUCCUAUAUUUCAGCCUCUGUAUCUCUGUCCUACAUCCAAGGGCUCCCCUGCCUUUUCCCUGUGUUUGUUUGUAUCGUGUGUCAGGUGUCCCGGUGUAGUGCGGGUCAUGUGGGUAGCCCGUUGUAACGGAUAACCUGGCACCCCGACUGGGUACCUCCGUUGAAGGAUGCUCCUAGCGCUUCCUGAGGGCUCCAAGCACUCCAGCCAACACUAUAACCACCGUAGACUCCUCCAGAGAGCAAGGCAGGAACAAGCUCUUACAAGAGCUUAGAAGUGAUUAUAGCAAGGGAAUAUGCAGAGCAUAGCAAUCCCUUGUAGCAGAUUCACCCAAUAAGAGACGGCACUCCAAAUUGAGGGUGAAGUAUAACUCAAGCUUUUAAUCAAACACUCUUCUUUUAUGCCCAUUUUACAAACAUAGUACUGCCCACAGGGUUUUGAAGUACAACCAGUCAAUAUGUACAAUACACUCAGACACUCCCACACAAAAUCAUCCCCUCUGCCUGUGAUAUAAUUACUGAACACAAUGGGCUAACUUAAUUAUCACAGGCAGGAAAAUACACAGUUUUACACAAUAUUCAUAACUCUAAAAGAAUACAUCACAUUCACAUAAAACUUAAAUUUUCAGAAUCAACAUACUCCAAAUACAAACAUACGUCAAAAUCAUACAAAUUGGUCCAGUGGGUCAAAAGUUAGUUGGAAGUCCCUUUGUGACCAUCUGCAAGCAUGGCUUGUGUGUGGUAAGCCAAUUAUCUCCAGCAUACAGAAAAUAUCUCUAUUCACAACAACAAUAAAAACAUAUAAAAAUACAUCAUUCCUAUCAUACUGAACAGAACCCCCACAUUAAUUCAGAACCCCCAGAUGGCUUGGAUCUGAACGCUCAAUCUAUCCAAACAGCGCCAAGAUCCCACAAAUCGCCAUGGGGUUUAAGUCUAGCAUCAAGUUCCAACUGGUCUGGCAGUGUAUUUUUAUAUGUUUUUAUUGUUGACAACGCCCUGCUGGAGAACAAUAGACAUGAAAAACGGGGGAGGGGCACACCUUCUCAUGUAUUCAAAGGGGCAGAAACCGUCUUUUAGAAGCCAAUAAGCCCCAAAUAGUCUUUUUAAAUGGCAAUACACCCCAGGGCCAUAGUCAUGAGGGAGGAGGCUGGCAAUCAGGCUCCUCCAACAGCCAGGGCAGUCACGAUACAAAGGGCAGUUGAUCAUAUAAAAAUCCAGUGAUAAAAGGCAUUUUGUCACACCCGUCUUCUUCCGUAUCAACUUGUCUGUUCUCUCUACCUAUUGUCUGUCAUAUGGGGGGGUGUUAUGGAUCUGUUUAACCCGUUCGUGCAUUGUAUGUUUGCCUCCAGUUUGCACACCCAGAGAUAGAGUCCCCACUAUGUGUCCGAGGCGUACCUCGCCCCCUGUACUUUAGGCGCCUGAAGGAGGAGUGAGAUGCAGUGCUGGUACCAUUGGUCGGAUUGUCACUAUCAUAGUGUCAGCCAUGGAUUGAGAUAUCGAAAAGGCGGAUGUACCCUAUUAGGUAGGUUAGGUUAGUUCCGUCCAGAACAACUACAUUAAGCUAUUCUGUCCCUUUAAAGUUAUCUGGAUGCAAAUUGUGAGCUUAGCAAACAAUGUGCGAGGUAGUCUCAUCUUACAUGUGCAGAUACGGGGUGGCAUUUCCCAUUACUUUUAACAGGAGAACAAGGAUUGCCUAGGAUACCCAAGAUUUAGAGAAACAUUUGAAAUUAUGCAUUUUUUAUUAUUACUUAUACAAUAUAUAAAACAGGAAAACUAGCAGUGCAGUCCACCAUGAAUUAUCUUCUAAUUUAUUCAUUGCUCAUGUGGUCUCCUUUUAUCUUCAUGUUUUUUGUCUGUUUUGUUUUCAGUUUGAAGUAUCAAACAGAAGUUACAUAAAAUGCCCUAACAAGACGAAAGGUAAGAUAUCUGGAAACGCAACAUUAACAGACUUUUAUAUCUUUAAGGACAACGUUCAUCAUAUGUUCACUUAUCUUCUUUUAAAUGUAAGUUAGUUUGAGCAGGGAUCUCAGCAUCAUCUGUUCCUUCCCAUCUUGGUUUUUAGUCCACCUAUUUUACAGCACUGUGGAAUUUGUUGGUGCUUUACGUUUAAAUAAUAAUAAAACAAAAGAGUACAUUUUAUGUUUUUUAAAGUGGAUUUGUUGCUGGAAAAGAAUAAAUUUCCAUUAAAGGAACAUUCUAGGUAUCACAACAACUAAACUGGGAUGCUAUGCAUUGUACAGCAUGUAAGUUGAGCUGACUUAAGACUCGACUUUAAAAAUUCACAUAAAAGCAAAAAAAAAACCAAAGUUAACUCAAAGUCACCUGUUUAAACAUAUUUACAACAGCUGCCCAACGAAUCUGAAAGAGGAAGUGUCAUGUUUGCGAUAAGAUCAUUUUUUUUUUAAUACUCUAUAGGAUGUAGGAAAACAAACGUGUGUGCCAUAUAUCAUAUACUGGUUGAUUACAUCUCUCAAACUUCUUUGCAUGCUAAAGACAUAAAGAGAAUUAUGAGAGUAGCAAUCCAACAAAACCUAGGGAGACAGAGUUUGAAAGCCUGGACCUAAGGGAACAUUCAAUGCACCAUAACCACUACACCACGCUCCCAGUUUUAGUAUUCAAACACUUUGAAAACAGCUUGACAGUUUAUCUGGGGUCGAUUUGACUGCUUUUUCUUCUGGAUCCAUUAGCUCCACUAAAUUCAGCCUAAUGACUAAGGAGUGUCAGCUGAGUACUCUGAGCCAAUGGGCUAUGUCCUACAGAGUCCUUUAACGGGUUUUACUACACUAACUGGAAGAGUACCAGGGCUGUCAUGGUGCUUGGAAGGUUCCUUUUCAUACAGUUUUCUAGGUUUAUGGGCAUAAGCUGCACCUAACAUUUGAAGCCCACAAAAAGCUAAUAUGCAUGUUUUCAUUCAAUACACCCAGUUCCAACAGGUUAAGAAAAAUUAGUGUAGAAAAACAAAGGACCAGUUGGUAAAAUACUGUCAGUGAAAAACUGAAAGAAAAAAAUGCAAAUAUCCUGUUGAUGGGCAUUGUAUGGAAUCCAUAUAUAUAUUACCUGGGUUCAUCAGAACGUAAACAUUAUCACAAAGUAUGGAUAUAAUGUUUACAUUUAAUAACAAUUCAAUGGGAAUUGCAGGCCGCUAUUAUAGCAGACACUCAAGGACUUUAUGUCUAUGCACAGAAAUUUAUAUAGACCACUGAUUCGUGGUUACAAAUCUUCAUUACAAUCCAUAUUAAAAUAAAACCAAAUAAGGUAUAGUCGUUUAACAUGUUCGUAGGCUGUAGCAGUUUAACUCCGAGACCAUUAGUAUGCCGGCAGAUGUUGAGAGUUCCGAGCCCUACUUAAUUUCUUGUUUGUUCUGAGUGCUAUUCAGCAUCACUGAGCCAUGUAGACUUGUACAAUGUGGGAUGGAUUACAUCAUUAGUAGUUUGAAAUGACAUAGGAAGAGAUACUGCCCCAUAGCCUGAGUUUAAUUGUAGAAACUCACACUCUUGAUGACUGUCUAGCUUCUAUAUGGUUACCUUUGCCUUUUUUAACAUGGUUAACCUCCGUCCCAUCCUUUGUAUAUUCUUUCCCCGUUCUCCAUACCUUGGUCAGUCAACAUUCUCACUAUAUGUCCAUUAACAGCUACUACUGCAUGCUGAAUUGAAAACUAUUCUUAUCUCAAACAAGUCAGUUACUCUUUUAUACCCUAUAUAUCUGGUAUGAUAACUGUUAGAUGGCACAUUCAAACAGAAACCUCGUGGACCAGUUAAUUCCCACUAUAUUUUGGGUCUGUAAUUGCAACAAUUUAAUCCUUGUGUGGCAGUUCCUCCUUUUCCUUGAGAUUGUAAUCUACACACAGCUGACCUCUUCCCACCAUAACUCUUUCAUUAUGUGACACAUUGUGAUAUGGGCCUUGCUGCAGAGUGCCACAUUAUCCGAUUUUGCUUCAUAAAUCUGUUCUGCAUGUGUCUCAAUAUUUUAUAAUAACACUUUUCAAAUUAGUAAAAUCAAACUAAAACAACAUUUUCCAAUUCAUCUUAAUAACGUGAUUUGGGGGCAUACAUGGUGCCCCUUGCAGUCGUGCAAAUUAAACAAUACAGGAUUUUGCUAUUUCCAUACCUACUAGUGACUGUCAAACAAUCAUUAGGGGGCUUCAAAAACAAUAAUUGUUUCUAUUUGGCAACUGGUGCCUAACAUUGUUAACAUCUACUGCUUUUCUAUCAACUUAAGUAAGAGCAAAGUGUUGACAUUUAUCUGCCUUUCCUGUUUACAUGCUUUAUCAUGGACUAAUUAGAUUAAAUUUUCCUGUUUCAGCUGUGUGGGGCUUUUAUUUGCUCUACUUUUCCCAUUUUGUGGUCCCUCUCAGUUUCUAUCCCUCUUGGUCCAUCUUACUCCAUGUUAUAUCUGCACCCAGCCAGUCUCUAUCCAUCUCACUCCAUGUUAUAUCUGCACCCAGCCAGUCUCUAUCCAUCUUACUCCAUGUUAUAUCUGCACCCAGCCAGUCUCUAUCCAUCUCACUCCAUGUUAUAUCUGCACCCAGCCAGUCUCUAUCCAUCUUACUCCAUGUUAUAUCUGCACCCAGCCAGUCUCUAUCCAUCUUACUCCAUGUUAUAUCUGCACCCAGCCAGUCUCUAUCCAUCUCACUCCAUGUUAUAUCUGCACCCAGCCAGUCUCUAUCCAUCUUACUCCAUGUUAUAUCUGCACCCAGCCAGUCUCUAUCCAUCUUACUCCAUGUUAUAUCUGCACCCAGCCAGUCUCUAUCCAUCUCACUCCAUGUUAUAUCUGCACCCAGCCAGUCUCUAUCCAUCUUACUCCAUGUUAUAUCUACACCCAGCCAGUCUCUAUCCAUCUCACUCCAUGUUAUAUCUACACCCAGCCAGUCUCUAUCCAUGUUAUAUCUACACCCAGCCAGUGUCUAUCCAUCUUACUCCAUGUUAUAUCUACACCCAGCCAGUCUCUAUCCAUCUUACUCCAUGUUAUAUCUACACCCUGCCAGUCUCUAUCCAUCUUACUCCAUGUUAUAUCUACACCCUGCCAGUGUCUAUCCAUCUUACUCCAUGUUAUAUCUACAACCAGCCAGUCUCUAUCCAUCUUACUCCAUGCUAUAUCUACACCCAGCCAGUCUCUAUCCAUCUCACUCCAUGUUAUAUCUGCACCCAGCCAGUCUCUAUCCAUCUUACUCCAUGUUAUAUCUGCACCCAGCCAGUGUCUAUCCAUCUUACUCCAUGUUAUAUCUACACCCUGCCAGUCUCUAUCCAUCUUACUCCAUGUUAUAUCUACACCCAGCCAGUCUCUAUCCAUCUUACUCCAUGUUAUAUCUACACCAGGCCAGUGUCUAUCCAUCUUACUCCAUGUUAUAACUGCACCCUGACAGUGUCUAUCCAUCUCACUCCAUGUUAUAUCUACACCCAGCCUGUGUCUAUCCAUCUUACUCCAUGUUAUAUCUGCACCCUGCCAGUGUCUAUCCAUCUUACUCCAUGUUAUAUCUACACCCAGCCAGUCUCUAUCCAUCUUACUCCAUGUUAUAUCUACACCCUGUCAGUCUCUAUCCAUCUUACUCCAUGUUAUAUCUACACCCAGCCAGUCUCUAUCCAUCUUACUCCAUGUUAUAUCUGCACCCAGCCAGUCUCUAUCCAUCUUACUCCAUGUUAUAUCUACACCCAGCCAGUCUCUAUCCAUCUCACUCCGUGUUAUAUCUACACCCAGCCAGUCUCUAUCCAUCUCACUCCGUGUUAUAUCUACACCCAGCCAGUCUCUAUCCAUCUUACUCCAUGUUAUAUCUACACCCUGCCAGUCUCUAUCCAUCUUACUCCAUGCUAUAUCUACACCCUGCCAGUCUCUAUCCAUCUUACUCCAUGUUAUAUCUGCACCCAGCCAGUCUCUAUCCAUCUCACUCCGUGUUAUAUCUACACCCAGCCAGUCUCUAUCCAUCUUACUCCAUGUUAUAUCUACACCCUGCCAGUCUCUAUCCAUCUUACUCCAUGUUAUAUCUACACCCUGCCAGUGUCUAUCCAUCUUACUCCAUGUUAUAUCUACAACCAGCCAGUCUCUAUCCAUCUUACUCCAUGCUAUAUCUACACCCAGCCAGUCUCUAUCCAUCUCACUCCAUGUUAUAUCUGCACCCAGCCAGUCUCUAUCCAUCUUACUCCAUGUUAUAUCUGCACCCAGCCAGUGUCUAUCCAUCUUACUCCAUGUUAUAUCUGCACCCAGCCAGUCUCUAUCCAUCUUACUCCAUGUUAUAUCUGCACCCAGCCAGUCUCUAUCCAUCUCACUCCAUGUUAUAUCUGCACCCAGCCAGUCUCUAUCCAUCUUACUCCAUGUUAUAUCUGCACCCAGCCAGUCUCUAUCCAUCUUACUCCAUGUUAUAUCUGCACCCAGCCAGUCUCUAUCCAUCUCACUCCAUGUUAUAUCUGCACCCAGCCAGUCUCUAUCCAUCUUACUCCAUGUUAUAUCUACACCCAGCCAGUCUCUAUCCAUCUCACUCCAUGUUAUAUCUACACCCAGCCAGUCUCUAUCCAUCUUACUCCAUGUUAUAUCUACACCCAGCCAGUCUCUAUCCAUCUUACUCCAUGUUAUAUCUACACCCAGCCAGUCUCUAUCCAUCUUACUCCAUGUUAUAUCUACACCCAGCCAGUCUCUAUCCAUCUCACUCCAUGUUAUAUCUACACCCAGCCAGUCUCUAUCCAUCUUACUCCAUGUUAUAUCUGCAUCCAGCCAGUCUCUAUCCAUCUUACUCCAUGUUAUAUCUACACCCUGCCAGUCUCUAUCCAUCUUACUCCAUGUUAUAUCUACACCCAGCCAGUGUCUAUCCAUCUUACUCCAUGUUAUAUCUACACCCAGCCAGUGUCUAUCCAUCUUACUCCAUGUUAUAUCUACAACCAGCCAGUCUCUAUCCAUCUCACUCCAUGUUAUAUCUGCACCCAACCAGUCUCUAUCCAUCUUACUCCAUGUUAUAUCUGCACCCAGCCUGUCUCUAUCCAUCUUACUCCAUGUUAUAUCUACACCCUGCCAGUCUCUAUCCAUCUUACUCCAUGUUAUAUCUACACCCAGCCAGUCUCUAACCAUCUUACUCCAUGUUAUAUCUACACCCAGCCAGUGUCUAUCCAUCUUACUCCAUGUUAUAUCUGCACCCUGCCAGUGUCUAUCCAUCUCACUCCAUGUUAUAUCUACACCCAGCCAGUCUCUAUCCAUCUUACUCCAUGUUAUAGCUGCACCCCUGCCAGUGUCUAUCCAUCUUUUACUUCCAUGCUUGCUAUACCCACACCCAGCCAGUGUCUAUCCAUCUUACUCCAUGUUGGCAUCUGCACCCAGCUAGUCUCUAUCCAUCUCUUACCUAUGUUAUAUCUGCACCCAGCUAAGUCUUCUAUCCAUCUUACUCCAUGUUAUAUCUGCACUCCAGCCGCCCUAUCCAUCUCUACCUAUGUUAUAUCUGCACCUGCCAGUCUCUAUCCAUCUUACUCCAUGUUAUAUAUCUACACCCAGCCAGUUCUCAGCCCAUCUCACUCAUGUUAUAUCUACACCCAGCCAGUCUCUAUCCAUCUCACUCCGUUAUAUAUCUACACCCAGCCAGUCUCUAUCCAUCUUACUCCAUGUUAUAUCUGCAUCCAGCCAGUCUCUAUCCAUCUUACUCCAUGUUAUAUCUACACCCUGCCAGUCUCUAUCCAUCUUACUCCAUGUUAUAUCUACACCCAGCCAGUGUCUAUCCAUCUUACUCCAUGUUAUAUCUACACCCAGCCAGUGUCUAUCCAUCUUACUCCAUGUUAUAUCUACACCCAGCCAGUCUCUAUCCAUCUUACUCCAUGUUAUAUCUACACCCUGCCAGUCUCUAUCCAUCUUACUCCAUGUUAUAUCUACACCCUGCCAGUGUCUAUCCAUCUUACUCCAUGUUAUAUCUACAACCAGCCAGUCUCUAUCCAUCUUACUCCAUGCUAUAUCUACACCCAGCCAGUCUCUAUCCAUCUCACUCCAUGUUAUAUCUGCACCCAGCCAGUCUCUAUCCAUCUUACUCCAUGUUAUAUCUGCACCCAGCCAGUGUCUAUCCAUCUUACUCCAUGUUAUAUCUACACCCUGCCAGUCUCUAUCCAUCUUACUCCAUGUUAUAUCUACACCCAGCCAGUCUCUAUCCAUCUUACUCCAUGUUAUAUCUACACCAGGCCAGUGUCUAUCCAUCUUACUCCAUGUUAUAACUGCACCCUGACAGUGUCUAUCCAUCUCACUCCAUGUUAUAUCUACACCCAGCCUGUGUCUAUCCAUCUUACUCCAUGUUAUAUCUGCACCCUGCCAGUGUCUAUCCAUCUUACUCCAUGUUAUAUCUACACCCAGCCAGUGUCUAUCCAUCUUACUCCAUGUUAUAUCUGCACCCUGCCAGUCUCUAUCCAUUUCACUCCAUGUUAUAUCUGCACCCAGCCAGUCUCUAUCCAUCUUACUCCAUGUUAUAUCUGCACCCAGCCAGUGUCUAUCCAUCUUACUCCAUGUUAUAUCUACACCCUGCCAGUCUCUAUCCAUCUUACUCCAUGUUAUAUCUACACCCAGCCAGUCUCUAUCCAUCUUACUCCAUGUUAUAUCUACACCCAGCCAGUCUCUACCCAUCUUACUCCAUGUUAUAUCUACACCCAGCCAGUCUCUAUCCGUCUUACUCCAUGUUAUAUCUACACCCUGCCAGUCUCUAUCCGUCUUACUCCAUGUUAUAUCUGCACCCAGCCAGUCUCUAUCCAUCUUACUCCAUGUUAUAUCUACACCCAGCCAGUGUCUAUCCAUCUUACUCCAUGUUAUAUCUACACCCAGCCAGUGUCUAUCCAUCUUACUCCAUGUUAUAUCUGCACCCUGCCAGUCUCUAUCCAUCUUACUCCAUGUUAUAUCUACACCCAGCCAGUCUCUAUCCAUCUUACUCCAUGUUAUAUCUACACCCAGCCAGUGUCUAUCCAUCUUACUCCAUGUUAUAUCUACACCCUGCCAGUCUCUAUCCAUCUUACUCCAUGUAUCUACACCCAGCCAGUCUCUAACCAUCUUACUCCAUGUUAUAUCUACACACCCAGCCAGUCUCUAUCAUCUUACUCCAUGUUAUAUCUACACCCACCAUCGGUCUAUCCAUCUUACUCCAUGUUAUAUCUACGCGAGUCUCUAUCCAUGGUACUCCAUGUUAUAUCUACACCCUGUCAGUCUCUAUCAUCUUACUCCAUGUUAUAUCUACCAGCCAGUCUCUAUCCAUCUUACUCCAUGUUAUAUCUACACCCUGUCUCUAUCCAUCUUACUCCAUGUUAUAUCUACACCCAGCCAGUCUCUAUCCAUCUUACUCCAUGUUAUAUCUACACCCAGCCAGUCUAUCCAUCUUACUCCAUGUUAUAUCUACACCCAGCCAGUCUCUAUCCAUCUUACUCCAUGUUAUAUCUGCACCCAGCCAGUCUCUAUCCAUCUUACUCCAUGUUAUAUCUACACCCAGCCAGUCUCUAUCCAUCUUACUCCAUGUUAUAUCUACACCCUGCCAGUCUCUAUCCAUCUUACUCCAUGUUAUAUCUACACCCUGCCAGUCUCUAUCCAUCUUACUCCAUGUUAUAUCUACACCCAGCCAGUCUCCUAUCCAUCUCACUCCAUGUUAUAUCUGCACCCAGCCAGUCUCUAUCCAUCUUACUCCAUGUUAUAUCUGCACCCAGCCAGUGUCUAUCCAUCUUACUCCAUGUUAUAUCUGCACCCAGCCAGUCUCUAUCCAUCUUACUCCAUGUUAUAUCUACACCCAGCCAGUCUCUAUCCAUCUCACUCCAUGUUAUAUCUACACCCAGCCAGUCUCUAUCCAUCUUACUCCAUGUUAUAUCUGCACCCAGCCAGUCUCUAUCCAUCUUACUCCAUGUUAUAUCUACACCCUGCCAGUCUCUAUCCAUCUUACUCCAUGUUAUAUCUACACCCUGCCAGUCUCUAUCCAUCUUACUCCAUGUUAUAUCUACACCCAGCCAGUCUCUAUCCAUCUUACUCCAUGUUAUAUCUACACCCAGCCAGUGUCUAUCCAUCUUACUCCAUGUUAUAUCUACACCCAGCCAGUCUCUAUCCAUCUUACUCCAUGUUAUAUCUACAUCCAGCCAGUGUCUAUCCAUCUUACUCCAUGUUAUAUCUACACCCAGCCAGUCUCUAUCCAUCUUACUCCAUGUUAUAUCUACACCCAGCCAGUGUCUAUCCAUCUUACUCCAUGUUAUAUCUACACCCAGCCAGUCUCUAUCCAUCUUACUCCAUGUUAUAUCUACACCCAGCCAGUCUCUAUCCAUCUUACUCCAUGUUAUAUCUACACCCAGCCAGUGUCUAUCCAUCUUACUCCAUGUUAUAUCUACACCCUGCCAGUCUCUAUCCAUCUUACUCCAUGGUAAAUCUGCACCCUGCCAGUCUCUAUCCACGUGUACCUGGCCGGGCAGCACUUGUUCAGGUAUUGCUCAUGGUGGGCGGGUUUGCAGCGCUGUAGCCCGUGACGUCACGCCCCUAUAGCCCAGGCUUGCCUAUGCGCUCCAGCGCCCCCCAGCGGCCGGUGUGAGGAGCACACCCUCAGUGAGCAGGUCGGCCGCUGGCUGAGCCCCGCAGGAGGAGCCGGUCCCAGUACGGUCUGACAGAGCUGGGCUCCGGUCUGUGGGCUCCCAUGGAAGCUGAUGAGGGCGGGUCUCGGGAGGAGAUGGAGGGGAGCUCCGCAGGUGGGGACCGGUCACGGCUCUGGGACCAUGGCGGCCAUGAAGACGGAUUCUGGUCUUCAGACUCCGAGAGAGACUCCAAGGAGGAGAGAGAGGCCGAGGAGCUGUGGGCCUCCUUCUGCCAGGACCCCUACCACCCGCUGGCCUUCUCCAUGCCGACAGAGAGGAGCAGAGCGCCCCCCCUGCUCGCACAUGGACUCUCCCAGGGCCACAGGAAACAACAGGAGACAGGCAAAACCAACAGGCAUGGACUGCGGCCCCGGGGGGGGGAGGACCCUGAGAUGGAGAGCGGUGAGGAGGAGCACGUGGCCGGCCAGGCCAGGAGAGUCUGCUUCUCCCCAGUUAUCCGCGUGCGCCGCAUGGUCACCUGGAGUUAUGCUCACAAAAUGGCGCGCAAAGGCGUCUGGGAGGAGUUCACCCGGGAUCACAGCCGCUUCCGGAAACGAAUUUGCGAGACCGAGGCUGCGAUUGGCCGCUGCCUGGACCCCCAGCACAGGCAGAGAGUGUGGGACGGCCUCUAUGGGAAACACGUGGAGUCAGCGUGUGACCAUGAGUGGGUGUCAGACACUGGGAGUGAGAGCCAAUAAUACUACUGCCAGCCAGACUGCCGAAUUGAAGCAAUAUACUGUAUACAUUUUUAUUAUUAUUAUUAUUAUUAUUACUGUUAUAUUUAUAGAGCGCCGUCACAUUCCGCAGCGCUUUACAAUGGGUGGAUGAAUUGUAACCAGACAAGUUGGAUGCACAGGAACAGAGGGGUUGAGGGCCCUGCUCAAUGAGCUUACAUGCUAGAGGGAGUGGGGUAAAAUGACACAAAAAGGUAAGGAUAGUAUUAGACUAAUGACAGAUGCUCGCCUUCAAGAUUUCUCGAGGGCUGCACCGUUCCUGUGGGACUCUCUUCCCUCCUCCGUUAGAUGCUCACCCAGUCUCCACUCCUUCAAAAAAUCGUUAAAAAACCCACUUCUUCAUAAAAGCGUAUCAAUUAAACUGUUAAUAACUCCUGACUGAUUCCUCUUCUGCAACUGUCACUAGUCUAAUUCUAUCCUUACCAUAUUAUUAUUCAUUAAAUCAAUACAUGGGCUGUAUAUAUGCCAAUUACAUUUAUUGGUUCUUUAAAUAGGCUUGGUCUCCUCAAAGUAUAUGAUGACUUGAUUCUCCAGCCAUACCUGUACAUCUUGGGUCAGACAGUGUUUGAAAACCGACAAUUAGUCUCUAUGGGAGUGAAGUUGGGAAGACCAUAGAGACUAACUGUUGGUUUACAAACACUGCCUAACCCAAAGUGCAUGUAUAUGGCUUAAUAAUCUUGAUUUAUACUGAAGGAAGUGUUGAGGUUUUCUAAUUAUUUUUUUGCGUAUAGUUAAUUGAAGAAUAUCUGUUUUCUUUGAAAAUUGAAAUUCUUUUUAUAUAUUGAAAAAUAGUUGAUGACAUUUGUCCUUCAGGCUCCACCUUUUGUCGUGGUUUUCAAGCGUAGGAAAAAUACAUACGGCAAAGUAGUCCCUACUUUGUCAUAUGUUAUAAAGAGAAAUAGAUCAGAAUAGAAGAACCGAUAAUGGAAGAGAAGAGGAAACAAUAGGAGAAAUGUACUUUUAAGGUGACAAAGCCAUUUUAAUUUUGUUUCUAUUAUUUAGUAAUGGCAUUUGUUACAGGUCAGUGGCAUUUCCUGUUGUUGACAUGUCUCACGGUAAAUAUGUUUCUUUAAGAAAUGUCAUUUAUUUGCUAAAUAGCAUUUAAUAUUCUGAGUAAUACCCAGGCAUGACAUUUCUGUUGUUUAUGUGCAGGCAACUAUUUAAGGGUUAGUCACUAAGCAGUGUGUUGACAGCCCACUUGUAGGUUUUAGAAAACAAAUUGCAAAUAAGUUUCAUUUUCUAACACAGCUAUUUUAUAGCUCAUUUAUAGUCAACUCUGUGUUGUUUCUCCCAACUGUACACGUCUUUUAUAGGUUACAGAAUUUUUUUAAAACAAACACUAGCAGUCUGCAACUUGAAAUGCUUUGCGAUCCUAUAAAACGGACUUCUAACAAAGCUGUACAUUCAUUUACUUUUACUCAUGAACGGAACAAAACAAAUGUCACUUAGAACUACUAUUUUACAAUAUAAAAGACAUAGUAAUGUUGCAUAUAGUAACUAUGAUACAUGUGUAUCUUACUCUAAAGAAAUAAAAGUAUAUGCAUAUACAGUAAAUCUGUCAAGAAAAACUGUAUGGCUAUGCUAAGAUAUUCUGCUUGUUGACAGUCGUUAUAUUAAAUCACUAAGGAUUUGUAUAAAAAAUAACACAAAAUCAUGACAGCUGAUUACUAAGAAAAUUGAACUAAUAGGAUCAGAGAACAUGCACAUUUAAGCAUACAUAAAUAAAAUGAUAUCUUUAUAGUUCAAAUUUACAAAGUAGCUUAGAAAAACAAACCAGUUUAAUUGACUUUAAACAAUAGCACUAAAAUUACUUCCUACAUAUUUUUAAAAACAAACGGUUUUGUCUGAUUAUUUUAUACACACAUUUUACGACAGCUAUAUGUAUAGUUUCAGUUGUUUAAUGUGCAUUGUAUGUUAUUAAAAUUAAACUUAAACUAAAAUAAUAUUUUUUGGACUUAAUUUGCGGAUCCAGUCCUGAUGAUAUAAUGAGAAUUCUAUCUCGUUAUACCACCAGCAUGUGACAAGUCUCUUGUGACUCCAAAGUAACAAUGACUGACUGUGCCAGCAGUUAUGCUAGACCUUUACUGGCUAGGCAAUCCAGGAAAAGGGAAGCAGACACGUUGUAUGAUUUCUUUUGUUUCUAUUGGACACUAAUUUUGUGGAUGACACUUUUUAAUUUUUUAAAACUGUCUGGUUGAAAGUGACAGUGGUUUGCUUGUGAGUGAGAUUUGUAUAAGGCAUUGCAUUCCCUGUAUACACUAAUUGAUGGAUAGUUUUUUGUUGGAGCCAAAAUCCUCCCCUUCCUGACUGUCCAUCUUUGUAGCAGCUCAGAUGGUGUGGUACGUAUGUUUGGUAUCACAGAGCACCAUGGCAAUAAAACCCACAGUAAAACGUGGUGUGAUUACAAUAAAACUUAUGGUUAUGGUGAAAUGUGCUUAAACCGCAAUCAUUUAGUGCAAACAAUAACCUUUAUUCCAGUAUUAAAUAAGAAAUGUAAUUACACAAAUGACCUACAACUUACAUGAAAGUAUUUGGUUCCUAUAAACUGAAUUUUACUUUCUUUUUUAAUUACAGAUCGAGUGUGGGAUGUACAUGUGGAAAGGCAACUUUUUAACACACUCAUCACUGUCUACACUCCAGUACCAAUGACAUUUGAUGUAGUAAUAUGCAAGCCAAAUAAUACCAACAAACAAUGUGAUCCACAUUCAUCUGUAUAUCAUGUAAGUCAUUGCAUUAGAGGAUUUGUGUCCUGAGCAGUCAACAAAUUCUAAUAGUUUUUUAAAGGACUAUAAAUGAUUACUGAAUCACUUGUCAAAUACUUUCACUCCCUUUCUUCUUUUUUUUUUACUUUUCUUUUUUCCCCCCUUUCGUUUCCAUUCCUUUUGCCGCUAUUAUUACUUGGCUGCCUCUUAUAUCCAGCAGCAUUCCCCAACCAUAAUGCCCUGCUUUACUUUUUUACCAUAUAAGACAAGGGAGGGUAGUUCAAUUAUUCGUAUAAGACAAUGUAUGAUACGCAUGCACACAGUAUCAUGAGUCUUUUGAAACAUUCCUUUGGUUAGAACAGGGGUUCCCAAUGAAUUUUUCCCGUACAACCCUUUGAUACAUUAUACCAACAUCGAGGAACCCCUGGGGAAAAAAAUUGCGCCGUACCACAACCCUUUUAAUAAGUGGCUUUUUUAUUAUCAUUUUAAAAUAUUUUGCUCAUAAACUGUUUAGUCUUACGAUACUCCUGAAGCUUUCUCUUUAAAAAGGCAAUGUCUUUAUCUUUGUACUCUGUGUGGUUCUACUCAAAAUGACAAUGUAUUUUAGCAGAUGUUAACGAACUGUUUGGAAAUAUUUUCUUGCAAAGUAAGCGUUGUGCCUGAGGAAUAUUUUUAUUUCUGGCACCUGUGAAUCCAAAUGAUAAGUAUCUUUCAUUAUAUUUUCUUUUCUUUGUUUGAGAAGAAGAUUGGGUAGCAUUGUGUGCUUUUCUUUUUUAACUUUGACUUGUCACUUGUCUCUGCUAUUUGAGAAACAGUAGAUUCAACAUAUUGGGACCUAUUUUCUCGAUUUCUUGUUGUAUCUUUUUUCUCAGUUUCUAUAAGUGACGAACAGUUAGAAGUAGUAAUAAUGUUUCUCUUGAUAGUUCCUUGUUUUAACCAGAUAUCUAAAUUCAUGGUGGUUGGUUGGUAAAAUGAAAAAAAAUCAUAUUUCCCUACCUGACUGCUAUGGAUGCUAUUUGUUAUAGAGCUCUUACAAAGAACUUAAUGUGAGCAGGAGUUUGAGUCAGUCUUGGAGCAAAAAGAUUAGCACACUUUAAACCAGGUCUCACUACCUGACUGCAAAGGAUGUUUUAUAAAGCAUGUAGAACUUAACCAUAAGAAGGACUUUGAGUCAGUCUUGGAGUGUAAAAAACACUUUAGUACAGAUUUCACUACCUGACUGCAAAGUAUGCUGUUUUAACAGAUAGUAAGCAGAAAAAAAUAUAUGUAAAUAAGUUUAACCAACAAAAAUAUGAGAAGUCCAACCCAAGUAACUUGUUUUCAGCUGCAGACUUUUAACACAAUCUCUACAAAAAGUUAAAAUAAAUAAACCUAUCCCCAUAUGCCUCAGUGGGCACUACUCUAAAGGCAGUUAUCUAUAAAGGCAGUAAAAUAAAUCCUUUCUGCUGUGGCCAAUAAUGUGAGCUGAGCAUCUGUCUGAAUGCUUCCACUCUCUUUCACUGAGUGGAUAUGAAAUGGCUGACGGAGGGCGGGCUGACAGCAGGCAUGCAUAAUCGCACAGUCUAGCGACCUCUUAAUAAGAUCGCGGUCCCGUGAUCUCUGCUGUUUCCGACCUUCCGGGAACAGCAGGAAGCAGCGGCCAUCUUGGAUGUGGCAGUUCUCAGCGGAACCCCAAUUUUGUUCUUGCAGGACCCUAGGGUUCCAUGAAACACCAAUUGGUAAACGCUGGUUUAGAGCAAUUCAAAAAAAAUGGGUGAAGUUCAGCUUACAUUAAAGAAUAAUGAAACAAAGAACAACAGGGGUGAGGAUACGAAACUAACUAAUUGAUAUGUAGGCAGAUCAGGGGCAGAGCCAGCACAAGUCAAACACAGACCUGGCCAAUCAGCAUCUCCUCAGAGAUGUAUUGAAUGAAUCUCUAUGAGGAAAGUUCAGUGUCUGCAUGCAGAGGGAGGAGACACUGAAUGUUUGGAUGCAUUUUAGGCAGCCAUGACCCAGGAAGGAUCUCUUAACAGCCAUCUGAGGAGUGGCCACUGAAGUUAUCACUGUAAUGUAAUCACUGCAUUUUCUCUGAAAAGACAGUGCUUACAGCACAAAGCCUGAAGGUAAUGAUUCUACUCACCAGAAUAAAUUCAAUAAGCUGUAGUUGUUCUGGUGACUAUAGUGUCCCUUUAAGUAAAUAAAUACAAUUAAUCAAAUUAUACAUUUAUGUGUGACAGACAGAUGAUUGAUAUGACAUGCAAACUUGGCAGUGGACAGAUCAAUGUUGUGCUGUAGUCCAUGCCCCUCUGGAAGAUCAGUCUGCAGGUGCAGAGGGCACCACCUAUCGCUAUUCUAUCAGCAUGAAUAAAAAGCUGAAGCUACCACAAAGUCAGAUCAUUAGGGACUAGCUAUAUAUGGAGCAAAUGCUGCUCUUUAUACCCCACCUCAUUGAAAACUUCCUUUGGGAAAAAUAAUUCUGAGAUACAUACACACCAAUCAGUACAUUAUUUUAUUUCUUACAGGGGAACGCAACCAAGGGAGGCCAGAUGUACAUUACUAUUCCCAAGCUAAGUUUUGGCAACUGCGUGCAGGUAACAUAUUUCAGAUUUCACAGCUCUAUUAAAUAAUUUUGUGCUAUAUAAAUUACUUAUAUUAUUUAUCUUAGGAUUACUCAGUAAUGUGAAUUCUCAGGAAUUUGAACUGUUACUCCAAGCACCAUGACCACUUCCUCAGCCAGCCCGGAAGUAGAGUUCUAGGAUGAAUAAUAGCAAUUCUGUGUAACUUUUGUUACUUUUGCCUUAGCUUCUGCAUCACCGCAGAAGCUGGGAGCACGUCUGGACCACCAGGGUGCAUCGGCUCCUGGUAGAGAACCAGGUAGGUGGGAAAACCAUUGCUAAAUGCUUUUCCCCAUCACAGAGCAUCUGGGUCAGCGGUCUUUAGUGGUUAUGAUGUUUGGGGUAACCCUUUAAAGUGAAUUUAACAUUUUAAGCCAGAAUGCUCAUUUGGAGAUUUUGACUUCAAUUUUGAAAUUCACUUUGAGUUCUGAACAGUUCACACUUAAGUAAAUAAUCAUGUCAAUAAUGCAGCAAGGCCAAAAUCUGUAUGUUGCUUCAUGUGGCAAAUGUGUACUUAAGUUGAUCUGUACUAAAGUGGAAUGGGAGGAGACAAAUGAGGAACUUGUAUGUAAAUAACUGUCAUCAUAGCAUAGUUGUUUUGGUUCUUUUUACUACAAGCAGAAACUUCACCACAGUUAAGACGUAUAAUGCUACUCAUAAAAGGUUUGUUGUAAGUCAUUAGCACUUUAAGUGCACUUUAUAUACAAUAAGCAAAUUUAAAAAAAACAGCUAGUUGCAGAGGUUUGCCUAUUCACGAGAGGGGCGCACUAAUCAUCAUUACCACUGCAGCCCAAUGUAGUGGAUAUGGCGCUAUAAGUUUAUGACUGCUGUUCCCUGUUUAUUUUCUUUGUUAAACCAUUUUGAAGUGGGUUGACAAUAAUGAGAAUCUCCCCAGCACCCACAGACUGUCUGUCUGUUGUCUUAAACAUCUGCAUCACAAGUAUGAGUCCAUCCAACCUGAACACCAAUGAACAAUGGAUGCCAUCUGCAGACUGAUAGUAACAUACCCAGUAAAUUCAGCAGUUACACAGCAGUUAUAGUGCUUUGCGUGUGUUGUCAACUUUGCAAUUCAUGGUUCUGUUUCCUACCACGUCUGAUUUAAUUGUUAAAUGACGCAGAGAUCCGUACACUAUUUUGUAAGUUAGAAAAAAAGGAAUAAUCAUUUUUAAAAAACAACAAUAAACAGAAAUAAUGUUUAUAUGUUGCCAUUAUAGGUAAAAAUAUGAACUUUUCCCCCCAGAAAAUUCUAUACAUUAACAGCCAGAUAUAUAAUUCUGCUCUGAUAUCUCCAUUAAUGCCUGUUUCAUGAUAUUUCAGGUGUGGCGUUCUGAUGUCCAGUUUUCACACAAAUAUCUGUUUUGCCCAGACUGUAAGUGUUUCUCACUGUCCUUGUAUUAGUGUUAUUAUAUUUUAAUAUUGACAUGAUUUAUAAUUUGGAGGGGGGGAGGGCAUUUUCUAUUUACCUUUGUGAGGAUUUAUGAAAACCCUCCCCUUAACUGAUUGAAUGUAAUCAUAUAGAUUAGAGAUACAGAAAAUAAGGAUAUAUAGAUAUAUGGGAGGGGGGGAUGGUGCAAAUGAGUAAAUGAAAAAGAUCCCCCACCUGAUAUCAUCUGCGGUAAAGAUAGCCAUUAUACCCCCAGCUGCUGUAGACUUCAAAUCCCAUUAUUCUUUGAUAAGAGUUGUAGCAUGUGUUUCCCAUAGUGUGUGCCUGGCCAGGUACCAGUUUUGAUUGAUUGGUUGAAGAAGGAAGUGGUAUAAACAAAACACUGGUUUGCCUAGUAAAAAGUGGGCCAUAUAUUUGUAAUGUAUUAUAUCAAUAUUGUAAUGAAUAAAUAUCGGCAAGACAAAUGAAAAAAAGCUGAAAGAAAUUACUCACUGCAGGCACACCCUUCCAACAUUAAGGAGUGUCUAGUUUAGUUUUUUUGGUGACAUUUUUUGAGCAAAGGAUUAUGAGAUAAGUAGUUAAGUAGUAAAGAUAAGUAUCCUCAAAGUGCACUUUCAGUUAUCAGGAAGGAUGACUGGAAUUGCUCAGUAAACUGAUAACAGCUGUGCUGAGGCUGAUAGCACUUUAUUAAGAUGCCAGUAUCAACUGAGAUGCAGACUGUGGUGUGUGCAUGCUGCAUGCACAAUGAGAAUGAAAGUGACACUGGCAAGUGAGCUGGCAGUCUGAGCAGUCUUAUAACGGCAGUGAUUUUUACAAAUAAUGGUUGCUAUAGCCCUCUUUCAGAAAAGGAGUGGGUUCCGGGUGCUUUAAACAUCAUACACUUUGCAAUGAUGCAGCGUGCUGAUAAUACGUAGGCUGACCUUUUAAUUCCAAUAUUCCUAGACCAUUUAACCCUCCUUACAAUGUUAACCUCAUAGAAUUCAUCUUGUCAGCGGCUGUGUUCAGUUUACACCAGAAGAAAGUGGGCAGCUGUCUUCUAAAAUAUGGAUUGUAACAAGUGCGGUUAGAACUACAAUAUACCCUUCUGCAAUGCCUUCCAUGGAUGAUUCAGUGCGAGAUAAUAGCGAGAUCAUCCUUUCCUCUUCCUGUUAGCUGCAUUAUUAGUGAAUGCAUGUGGAUAUAACCUCAUACAUGUCUCCAUUUACUUCUACACUUUAUACCAUGUAAGAGGAGGGGGAAUUUGGUCUGUGCUUACUCAUUCUAUACCAUUGCAUGCCUCAUUCUAUGCAGGUCAGGGGCCACAUAUGGCAAUGAGGAGCCUGAUGAUUAGUAUGGACUCAUAAAUGUAUUUCUGUUAAGGCCAAAUACUGGGAUGGGUGUAUUCAGCUUUCAGUAACAUUUGAGUUUGUCCUGGGAUCUGGAUGUUAUUAUUACCUAACUCAGUGGUUGUCAUUUUAUGAAUCGCAGAAAAAUGGAAAAGGGGAAAUUGCCAGAAAUCAAAUUUUCUAUAACACAGCUGGAGUACUUACCCCUGAGUGAAUCACUUCUCUGAUGCUAGGCCCACAUUAUUACAAACCAGUUUAUACAUACAUGGUGUAUUACAUGCCUAUAGCUUUAUUUCUAUGUAUUUGUUUCUUGCAGUUUCCCACAAACAUCUGGGCCUGGUGUCUAUUGGCGCGAUGCUGGCGAUUUCCAUAUUGAUCGUACUUCUAUUCCUGGCCUACCAAAGGAUCUGGAAAAUAUUUACAGGUGAGAAAAAAUAUCUAGUGAUUCUAUCACACUCAUCUUCACCUCGUGCAAGCUGGUUACUAAAAACAAACCUAGAUAGAUAUUUCCAAAAGGUAACAAGGUGUGAGCCAUUUACUGCAGGGUGGCGAUGUCACCUGUCAUUUGAAAUACUUUAUUGCAGACAUUCCCUGUGCAGGUAUUUGAUUUAUGUCACUCAAUUUUUUGCAGAUGUCUCCAAACAACAUUGUUGUUGAUAGCAAGUUCCCCGUCUGCCUGGGGCAUGGAUUUAUAGCUCUGCAACAGCCACAGUUAAUAAUCAUAAACAGAUUUUCAAAGAAUCUUUGCAUUCAGAUAACAAAACAGUAUUAUCCUUGUUGUAUUGCAAUGACAUAUGCAUAGCUUAGGACCAUUAAAUUGACUGUUCCUGCAGCAAUCAGUGAUUGAGAAUGGAUGGAUAUCUCUAUAUGUGAUUCUUGUAAAGAUCUCCAUCUAGUGGUCUGCAAUAGAAGCAAUGCUGAGACUAAUUUGUUCAAAUUUUAUCCACUCACUUUGACAAAGACACUCUGGAGUCAAAGCAUUGCCAGUUCACUUGUAUAAUAACUGAAUAACACUCUGCACACACAGCGCAUAGAGUUAUGAGCUGCUAAUUCUUAACGCUUUCCCAUUUUCCAGUUAUAGUAGCAAUUGCACGUGUCAAUUUGACAAUAAAAAGCACAAACUCUGCCUAUUUCAUAGUGAAUCAAGCACCUCCCUUUAUCCAGUAUGGGUACAAUUAGACUGCACCUCCGGGGGCAACCACAUUGACAAACAUGCAAAUAUCCCAGCUUCAAAAGCAGCACAAUUGCAACAAACUUAAAAUACAAUAAAUAAACAUAGUUGUUUACUAUAGUGAGACUUCAAAGUGAAUUGCAAAUUCAAGGCCAAAGUAGACAAACAAAGUAUAGAUGGCUAAGAAAAUGUUUCCGGGUCGAAAAAUUCUGCAAAUAAUUUAGUGACAUAAAUCAAAUACCUACGUAGGGAAUGUCUUCAAUAAAGCAUUAAAAAUGACAGGUGACAUUGUGAUCCUGCAAUACAUGGCUCACACCUUGUUACCUUUUGGAAAAAUAUAAUACUUAUAUUUGUUUUAUUUUGACCCCAGAUUUGUAAUUCUCUCUGCAUUCACUUGAACUCUCACCUUAGUGAAUAACCCUGAAAGGUAUCUCCUCCACCCAAACAAUGAUUCUUAUAUUUAAAAAGUACAAUAAAAGUUGGUGUAAGAAAAAUUGCAUAAAUUUGUUGUUAUUGAUUGGUAACCUGUCUGUGUGUAUUCAUGAUGGUACAUCUUGAUACAUUGAUUUUGAGUUGCAAUUAUAAUCAUUAUUUGUAUAACUUCCCCAUUUGUGGAAAAGGGGGGCAGUAUCAAUCUUGUAGAAGAGUGCGUUUGAAUUAAAGGUAGGCAAAAGCUGUACGAGUGAAGAUGUGUUGGUUGAUUAGAGAUUGACUGAGAUUUACAGAAAGCAAACACUGUAGCAUCCUCUAUUUGCAGUACCCCUUGCAGUUACAUAGGAUUAACUCCAUAAAAAGGUGGCCAUGCAUAGUACAAAAGGAUAAAUCAUGUCAUUGUGAUUAUAAACAUCUGUAGCUACGAUUGAUUAUUCUAUCAAUACUGAAACGGUUUACGCUGGUUAAUAGAUACGAAAAAAAAAAUGAAUACUAACUAAUUUGAAGGAUACAUUUACAGAGUUAUUUACUAAGGUAAGAAUUUAAAGUGAAAGACCGGAGUAACUGAAUAGAAAGCAAAACUGACUUAGAGAUUUUUUCCAGUUUGCCUGUUUUAACCUUAAAUUUGAAAUUCGAUUUAAAUUCUCAAUUUACUCAAAAACCCUGUGUGUUUUACUUGCUUAAAAGUAUCUCAUGGAGAAUACAUGCGGUUUCAUAAUCAUGUCUUACUGCUUAUAAAAACAAUAUGUAUAUAGUGUGCGCAUAAAGUGUAAUGUAAACAUUUCAAACAAUGAAAUACUAUCAUGGUAGGUUCUUAUAAUAUAGUAUUAUAUUCAGUAUAAUUAUAUUGUUUGUUAGCACCUUGGAUAUACUUGAAAACAAGGCCGAUUUGAAUGUUUUCUUGGCAAAACAUUUUUAAAAUCAAAUCAGGUUAAAACAUUUUUUAUUGUAUUAAGUCAGAAUCGGAAAACUGAGGUAAAAAUGAUCUUAGCUGAAAUAAUUCUCCAAUACAGCCAUAGCCACAACUUUAGUGAAUCAUCCUCACAGAUUGAAGAGCAAUAAAUGGGCUCUGAAAUCCAUCUAAUUUGGUUUAUUGUUUUAUUUCCAGAAUCUAUUUUAUAUUAUUUACUUAAAUAACUUCAAUGUUUUCCAUUUCUUCUCUCCUUAUAGCUCCACUUUGGAGAAGAACCGUGCUACUGGUGUAUUCUCCAGAUUCUCCCGAGUACAAAAUUCUAAUUUGUGCCUUUGCCGAUUUCCUGCAAAGUGUCCUUGGCUGCGAAGUCAUCUUGGACCUGUGGGACAUGAAUACAGUCAGUCAAAUUGGAAUGGUGCCAUGGUUUUAUCAAAAAAGGAAACUGGUGAGCCAAAGGAAAGGGAGUGUCAUCCUUGUUUGGACGAAAAGAAGCAAGUCUAUGUAUGAACAAUGGAGAAACAGAGGUUUUGCAGCCUAUGGGUGGACAGAUCCAACAAACCUGUUUGGUGCAGCUAUGGCGUGCCUGCAGCAUGACUUGGAGAAAGAGGAGAAGAAGGAAAUUCUAAAUAAUUACAAUGUGGUUUACUUUGAAGGACUUUGCGAAAAACAGGAUAUUCCCAUUAAUUUAAAGAAGCUCUCCAGGUUUCGCCUAUUGAAGGACUUUUACAGGCUGGUUAGCAAAUUGCAGGACAUCACCUGCCUGUCACCACAUUGUCUGAUAAAGGCAGUGGCCAAGUACUUAAUGAAGAAGGUAAUAAGCUCAGAGAACACCAUGAAACUCAAGAAACACGUGGAACUUUGCAGGCAGAAACUUCACGAAGGAGUUGGUUAAUAGGGAACACACUUUUUACUAGAUUUGUUGUACACAGUAAUAGAGUAUUACAUGGCUGGGCUCCUGUAACAUAUACUGUCUACAUGUUUAGAGUGCCACAAGAGAGGAGUCCAUGUCCAAGUCCGUUCCAGUUCUACACAUGCCUACCUACAAAGUCAUUAAUAUAAUUUCUUUGAUUUCAGGGAUGACAGAGAAAUCUCCUGGGAUGUAGUCCACCACUUUAGCUCUGCUUCAAACAGCCUAUUCACACUGUCCUCCUAGGUUACAUAUUAUGCCGAUACUUGGGCACGUGGUGCAUUCUCCUCCAGCAUUUUGGAAAAUCCUGCUGCUGAAUUUUUAUUUUAUAAAACUAGUACACAGGGAUAUUUUAUCAUCAGAAGAGGAAAAACUGCAGUGGGAUGUAGUCCACCACUUUAGCUCUGCUCCAAACAGCCUAUCCACACUGUCCUCCUAGGUUACAUAUUAUGCCGAUACUUGGGCACGUGGUGCGUUCUCCUCCAGCAUUUUGGAAAAUCCUGCUGCUGAAUUUUUAUUUUAUAAAACUAGUACACAGGGAUAUUUUAUCAUCAGAAGAGGAAAAACUGCAGUGGGAUGUAGUCCACCACUUUAGCUCUGCUCCAAACAGCCUAUCCACACUGUCCUCCUAGGUUACAUAUUAUGCCGAUACUUGGGCACGUGGUGCGUUCUCCUCCAGCAUUUUGGAAAAUCCUGCUGCUGAAUUUUUAUUUUAUAAAACUAGUACACAGGGAUAUUUUAUCAUCAGAAGAGGAAAAACUGCAGUGGGAUGUAGUCCACCACUUUAGCUCUGCUCCAAACAGCCUAUCCACACUGUCCUUCUAGGUUACAUAUUAUGCCGAUACUUGGGCACGUGGUGCGUUCUCCUCCAGCAUUUUGGAAAAUCCUGCUGCUGAAUUUUUAUUUUAUAAAACUAGUACACAGGGAUAUUUUAUCAUCAGAAGAGGAAAAACUGCAGUGGGAUGUAGUCCACCACUUUAGCUCUGCUCCAAACAGCCUAUCCACACUGUCCUUCUAGGUUACAUAUUAUGCCGAUACUUGGGCAUGUGGUGCGUUCUCCUCCAGCAUUUUGGAAAAUCCUGCUGCUGAAUUUUUAUUUUAUAAAACUAGUACACAGGGAUAUUUUAUCAUCAGAAGAGGAAAAACUGCAGUGGGGCGCUUUCCCUCCGUUUUACUGUUGUCAUGCAGUUUGGUUUAUCCAGUCGAAAGUUUGUGUUGUUGGUUUUGAGUUUAAAUUAUGUGGGAUAUGGAGUGUUGGUAUGAAGAAUAUUUAGACAUUUUAGCGUUGAAUUGGAAAUGAAUCAUGUGCUAGCCACAGAUAAUGAAAGGUUUAACUUCAGAGUCAAUUGAUAUAGUCAAAUGGUUAAGAAGAUUUAGGAAUUUCAGAUAUUGGAUAUAUUUGGAAACAAUAUAUUGCCCAAGAAAUAUGAAGGUUUGACUCUGUGUUUUCAUUGUGCUUUUGUUGCAACACAGUUUAACUUCGGUUCUCUUUUUUUAUUUUUCAUAACAAGAUCAUUGUGUUACAUCUUAAUUUAAAUAAAUGAUGCACAGUAAGUUAUGAGCAACUUCUCUUUUCAUUAAACAAUGUAUUCUGUUGCAUAAAGCAUAAAGAGGGAAAAUGGCAACAUACGUAUGAAUAAGGCAGACAAUGGUGUUGCCAGUCUAUGGUAAACCCACCUGUAAAACUUUCACAAUAUAAAGAGUGUGUCAUUGAGUGCAAAUGAAUUAAAGCUCCAUAAAUGGAAAAUAGGGAGGGAAGAAACUGGAGCGUGGAGAAAAUGAGAAACCUAAGAAACAAAUACUGGCAAAUGCCUAAGAGGCAAAAUUCGUGAAAAGAAAGGGGGGGUAGGGGGGUUGAAUUAAAUAAGGGAGGGUGUGCAGAAAUCAGAAGAAGAAAUCAGACCUUUCCCUCCACUUUAUUGAAAACCAUCCAUUCAUGCUGGAUUUAAAGUACAUGGGGAGCACACUAUAACAAACCAAUGGAGAAUAAAAAACUUUGUAAGACCUUUAAAGUCUAUAAAACUGUAAUGUCUUUUUUUACAACUGUUGACAAUAUAUACAAAGGAACUCUUGUAUUUCUGUUGGUGACGGUUCCUGUUUUACUCAUUAUAUAAAUUCUACUGAAGUAUUUGCUGUGAGAUAUACAAGGGAAGUGAGUAAAACAGUAAUCCCUUAAGGACACAACUGAAAUAAAAAGGAAUCAUGACGGAAUAUUUCCGUCAUGUGUCCUUAAGGGGUGUUUAAAAAAAAACAAAAACUGUUAGUGCAAUUGAUGUCAUUUUGCCUUUUUUCAAUUUUAUUUUGUAUUGGAUGAUUCAACUUUUUUAUUUAUUUAAAAAAAUAAAAUAAAAUCCUGACCAAG